CAUUAAAGGCAGGGAGCUGUCCAUCCGAGGCCCGGUGGAGCUCUCGAAUCAGCUCGAUCGCCUUCUCACAGAACAUCUCACACAGCCUCAAUCCCCGGUGAUCGCGGACAGCAAACUUGGCGCCACAACCACAGGCUGCCAGGAGAGGAGGGAAAACAUGUCUGAAGCCAGGGACGCCAUCUUGAAUCCUGGCACUGUCUCGCCUUCCCGGUUUAUAACACAGAAAGAUUCAUAACGAGACCGCGCUAUCAUACAGAUAUCAGAGUGAUUUAUAGAAACGUACAGUUUGUGUCAGUCUAAUCCCAGCGCUGCACUCUGACACAUACUGUAACUCCCCCUGACCGGCGUGGUUCAGGGUGUGCAGGUCAAGUCGGAGAAUAAAGCCGUGAAUACAAUGAAUAAAGCACAAUAACAUAGCUGUGACAGAAUGAAGGAGCCAUGUUGGUGGAGUCUGGAGCCCAUCGUAUUGUUUUGGUCUCCAGUAAAAUGGCGGCGCUCAUUUCAUUCUAGAUUGACAGCCAGCGAGACCUGCUCUCCACGGAGCCGCCAGCGCAGUCUAACGCACGGACAAGCCCUGGCCAUGGAACCUGGCGCCCAAUAUUAGCCGCCUGUGAGGGAGCUCCUGGUCACGUGGUACGGUAGCCGCGGGAGCCCAGUAUUUUAAUGUGGUGCGUGAUUGCCAUGGAGGACCUGGUGCGGGGCUGCUGUCCGCGGGGUCGGAGGUAAGUCCUGGACAGGUAAUAAACUCUGUACGGUGAGUGCCCCUCUCACUGAACCCAGGUAGAUAUAUUAUUAACUUGUUUUAAUGGCUAAUAUAUUUUAUCCUCCAUGGUGUUAGAGCAGCACUGCCACACACACCCCUGAAACAUUAAUAUUUCACAAAGCUAGAUUAUUUAUUAAAUAAUCACAUUUACUGUUUUAUUUUUACUGGAAUUCCAACCCAGUCAAGAGAUCUAGUAAAACAAAGUAGGGAUAACUUUGUCUCUGUAUAUUUCCAAUGCCUGACACCUCCAGACACUGGAUGGUGCCACCUCGUCUAGAAGUUGCGUGCCUCCUUGCACCUCCUGGUACUCCACUGUCCAGACACGGCCAUUGCAACACUGACCGACACACUCACUGAGUCACUGACAGGCAGACAGACACACACAGAAAGACACUGACAGACACACACACACUGACAGACACACACACUGACAGACACACACACUGACAGACACAAACUAACCGACGCACAGAAAGACACUGACAGACACACUCACUGACAGACACACACACUAACCGACGCACAGAAAGACACUGACACACACACACACUCACUGACAGACACACACACACAUUCUUGCACACACUCACAUCAUUCUCUGGUGUCCAGUGGGGAUCUUCUCUCAGGAGAUCUCCCUGCUCCUCACUGCUCUCUCGUGCGCAGUUUAGUGGUGCCGGCAUGACGUCAUAUUCCGGCACCCGGCAUCACUACAGACGGCAAGCGAGGGAACAGUGAGGAGCAGUAAGACUGAGCUCCCUCGCUGCCGCCAGCUUCCUGCUUCUUCUCCAGCCGGGUGAAUUUUAGCAGAGUAGGCACCUGCAAUGUACCCGUGAGGUACAGGUUCAGAUAUGUAGCUCAAACUAGAAGUAUGCACAUCUCUCUAGUAAAACUCCAAUGAAAUGCUGUGCGCCUAUCCUCGCCUCCAAGCAGCCAACAGAGAGUCGAAAUUAGUGCAGGGCUUAGGUCAUUAGCGGAGGGCGAUGAGUUAAUGCUUUCAACCAAUGAGCUAGCAGGGUGUCACUUACCGUUUCCUGGGUGGUCUGCUUAGGUGGUCUCUCCUCUGAACAGUAUCUGCGGGUAGCUCAAUCACUCUGUAUUUCGAUCUUUUAUUCUUUGGAUGCUGUGUUAUUUUACACGCUUGAUAAUUUUUUGUACAUAUGAUACUGGAACUAUCUCAGCAUACACAAGUAUUUCUACAAAUUUUUUUUAAAUAAUGUGCUACUUUUUCCAUUACCUUUUUUUCAUUUGUGGAGUGUUUGUAUUUACCCAUGAGUUUUGGAGGGGGGCCAUGGUGGAUUAAUGGGGGACUCCCUUUCUAAGCUUCAAAGUCUCCUCUUAUGUUUAAAUCACUCUGUGCUUAUUCCGGGGACAGGAUGACAGGAAACACCAGGCUGGCCUGCCCAGAUCAGACUUCCACCACAGAAUGAUUGUCUGUGAGGGCUCCAUGCGCCUGACCAGGACAUACCUGCAAACUUUGUGGAACUGCCAAGCGGAUAAGAACUUUCAAACAGCCCGCUGAAACUUUAAUCUUAGGUAGCUCGGACCCCCUGUGAUGGAUAACAGCUCAAUCUUGCCUGUUCGUGCGCUCAGGGAUACCACAUAUGUGGUGUUUUUUGAUGUUUAUAUGUGUGUUUUGGGGAUAUUCUGUUAAGGAAAGGUGUCUGAGUGGGAUUUCCAUUGUUUCAGUUAACGACCAACUACCGGGGGUCUGUGUAUAAAUAUGUACAUUUGAACCAAAUAAAGUGUCGUUAUUUUUCACCCUUUAUUAAGUCUAUGCUGAUGUCUGGGAUGAGUAUUGAGCUCUGUUACACGCAACCUAAAGUAAAGGGAAUAAAGCUGGGGUAAUAUUAGCAUGUAAAUAAAAAAAACUAAAUAUACGCAAACUUAAAUUCCAUAUGUACUAGCUACUGACAGCACGAAAAUAGCAAACCCUAUAGUUCUAGCCAACAAAUGUUCUUAUUUUUACGAGUCUUUGUACACUAUCAAAAGAUCAAACUGCUGCUCCACAUACACAAGCUUAUAUAGAUAAGUUGCUUUAUGAGUUUAGACCCCCAAAUCUUUACCUGGAACAGAUUCGCGACAUAGACCAACCAUUUACUCCUAUCUACAAUUAAAAUACUUCUUCCCUAAUACCUCAAAAAGAUUCUCAAAUGUUUAAUAUUUUAAAUAUUCAUGCAUUCUAACCCAGCAUUUAAUUAAUAUUUUUAACCACAUAAUGGAAACAGGACUUAUCCAUCCUGAGAUGUUCGAAGCUAAUGUAGUUACACAACACAAACCUUGCAAACUGACAACUUGCUGCUCAAAUUUCUGCUCUAUUUCACUACUGGACUCAGAUACAAAGUUAUGUGCCAAAGUGCUAGCUAAUAGACUAAAGCCUAUGCUUUAAUUAUUAGUUUCUGAAGAACAAGUGGGCUUUGUAUCAGGAUGCCAAGCAGGAGACUACACCGGGCACUUUAUAGAUUUAAUUGAACUCCUGAGAAGGGAAUGAGAACCAGAGCUUUUAUUGGCGCUUGAUGCUGAAAAGGCCUUUGAUUGUCUGAAUUGGCUUUAUAUAUGUAAUCUGCACUGCGCAGGUUCAGUUUCCCAUUGCUAUUCCUUCUCAACACUUCCAUAUAACAACUAGAACUAGGCAGGGGUGCCCCCUUUCUCUAUUGAUCUUUAAUUUAGCAUUAGAAUCUCUCAACAUGUUACAAAUAACCAAGGAAUUAGAGGCCUAACAUAGGAGAACAAAUAUUAUAACUGCCUUCAGACGGUGUGGUGAUCUUACAGACGAAUCCACAGAAGUCUUUACCAAAAUUGAGACAAUACAGUAGUAUUGGCUGGUCUAAUUUUAUAAAAACAAUGUUUCAAAACCUCAAGCUUUACCAAUAGGCUUAUCUAAAGAACUCAAACGAUCUAUGUCACAUACCUUUCAAUUUGAAUGGAGGGGAAAAUCUCUAACUUAUCUGGGAAUUCAAUUAGCUACUUAGAGGCAGAGCAUGUUAGCUGAAAAUCACUGUAAAUUUUUAUCCAAAAUUCAAGGGAUGGUGGACUAGUGGAUUGCUGAAGCAAUGUCGUGGCUGGGCCGCAUCAAUUCAAUUAAAAUGAUUCUGCAGUUGACCCAAUAUAUCCAGAACCAUUCCCAUCGUUAUUCCCAAAACCAUUCUGUCCAAAUUUAAAAAAAUACUUAAUGCUCAUAUUUGGAAACGUAAACCUGCAAGGAUAUCCUGUAACUCUUUAGUAUUCAAAACCCUGUAGAUCAAAGGAUAUCCCACAGUUCUUUAGGAUUGAACAUUUAUGAGGGUGGCUUGGAAGUUCCAGUGGUGCAAAAAUAUUUGACUCCCACAAUAUUGGCACAGACUCACACACUUCCCAGUAUGCAGUAAGCUCCUCUUUGGCUUAAGCUGGAGGACUCUCUUAUAUGUCCCCACUCUCUUGCACUUGUUCUGGAUACCACAACAACUACUGCCCCCGAUGCUUCAUCCUCUUGCCACAACGAAUCUCUUAUUGAAUGUAUGGCAUAAAUAGACUCACAAGUUAGUCAUGUUGCACUGCCGAUGUUGACGUCUCCUUAGCCUGAGAUAGUACACACCCGACCUAAGAUUAGAUGCGCAGGUUAAGGCUGGCAUCCCGUAGGUGUCACAGGUAGUGGAAGUGGAGGGAAUUAUAGAGUUCCCUGACCUACAAAGUAGUUUUAAGCUCCGCCAUAGAGAACCUUUUAAAUUACCUCUGUUUAAAAAAUAUUAUGAGAAAGGAAUUGGUUCUCUCAGAUACUACAGAGUUGACUGCAUUUGGACAUGUGUGUAUUGCAAUUAAGUGUACUUUUAAACCUCUAUCAUUAUGUUAUGCUAUCCCAACAGACCUUUCCAGACUCGCUAAACCCACUUAUAGAAAUAUAGAAUGUGACGGCAGAUGAGAGCCAUUCGGCCCAUCUAGUCUGCUCAGUUUCCCCAAAAAUAUGCUCUAGUUUGAGAAAGACUUAAACACUUUUCACCGUAACAGUGGGAUUUAGCGGCAUCCCAAAGGAAAGGAACCACACAUUGCCUAAAUCGUAUUAAAUCCACUAAAAAAAGGCACAUAUUUAUUCCAAUGCCUUGUCUCUUUUGUUGGAGGUGCUGUAAGGCUACCUAUUUUGGUAUUGUUCAAACUUUGAUAUUUAUUCUAUUGGGAGAAAACAUUUCAUUACAACUGGAAGUUUAUUUUCUGGAUAUGCUGUCCACUUCUUUGGCAAAAGUGGAAAGGGCCAUUAUUUUGCAAAUACUAAUAGCGGUCAGAUGCUCAUUAGCAGGAGCUUGAAAAUCUUCCCAGCCUCCAUCUGAGUUUUUGGUUCUGUAGAAGUUGGCUUGUAACAAAAUGUAUGAAGAAAUGUCACAGAAAAUGGAGGGGUACAAUGCAUAAAUUUGUGCAGACAUGGGCCCAGUGGCACAUGGUUCUUGUGUAUAACAAGGGUGUCUGAUAGAAAACUUUACUUAUAGGAUGUAAACCCUUUACUAUAUUUGUGUGCUGCACAUGCCUGUUUACGGUGUAAAGCCCAUGUGUUGAUUUCUACAUGUAUAAUGAAAAAUCAACUAAUAAAAAUUUAAACACGUAAAACAAAAAACCAAAGGGUGGAAUUGUGGUAGAAUGAAUGCAUGACAAAAGUGCAAAAAGUGCUUUACAUCUAAAAAUAGCCUUGGCCCUUAAAGGACCACUAUAGUGCCCUGAGGGUGCCCCCACCCUCAGGGUCCCCCUCCCGCCCGGCUCUGGAAGGGGGAAAGGGGUAAAAACUUACCUUUUUCCAACGCUGGGCGGGGAGCUCUCUGCCACCUCUCCUCCUCCGAUCCGCCCUGUCGGCUGAAUGCGCACGCGUGGCAAGAGCUGCGCGCGCAUUCAGCCGGUCGCAUAGGAAAGCAUUCAUAAUGCUUUCCUAUGGACGCUGGCGUGCUCUCACUGUGAUUUUCACAGUGAGAAUCACGCAAGCGCCUCUAGCGGCUGUCAAUGAGACAGCCACUAGAGGAUUUGGAGGAAGGCUUAACCCAUUGAUAAACAUAGCAGUUUCUCUGAAACUGCUAUGUUUAUAAAAAAAAUGGGUUAACCCUAGAAGGACCUGGCACCCAGACCACUUCAUUAAGCUGAAGUGGUCUGGGUGCCUAGAGUGGUCCUUCAAGGGAUUCAUCCAUAUUUUGAAUAUUUUUGGGGUUUUUACAGCGGCACAUGUAUGAUGAAAAUUUGACAGGUGAGGGGCUAUACUUUUACAUUUGAAAUAUUUCAGUCUUUACAUUUGCAAGGUAUAAAUUAUUUGAUAAAAUUUCUUUCUGUAGAAAGUAAUACAUCAGUGUACCAAUGACAGAUGCACAUUAAACAAUUUUGUAUGUGGGGAGCCAUUUAAUAUUGUACAUGCCAAUAGGGCAUUAUAAAUCGGAUUAUCAGAUCCACCAUGUUUUCAGGGACAAAACCCAUAUUUAUAUUGAUUGGCAGCACAUGAAAAGGGUUGCCAUAUAGUAUGUAGAAAAUUUAUAAGAAGGUGUAUAACAUUAAUUCAGCAAUGAGAAAUCCUGCAGAAUAUGCAUUAUUCAUACUGCAGGGCAACCCAUUUAAUGCAUUUCAUAAAUAUGACAAUUAUGUGUCCCUGAAAACAUGGUAAAUCUGGUAAAUCUUAAUUAUAAAGUUUAAAAAAAAAAAAAAAAGAUUGUGAGAAGGGUUAUUUUAACCCCUUAAGGACGGAGGGCGUGCUAUGUCAUCCUUGGGGACCCGGCUCUAAACGCUGGAUGGCAGCAUAGUACGUCCACGCCGUCCUUUGUACUUACCCGCUCGCCAGGGAUCGCGGUGGGAGGACUUAUGUGUCAUGUCAGGGAGUCCUCUUGCUGCCGUUCCGGCCCUCCUGGGCCAUGUGAUCGCGAGGUCCUUGCGAGGACCUAACGAUCACAUGGACGGCAUAACUGUCCACAGCAGUGCCAGCAGGGGGAGUGCCUGCAAUGACAGGUAGUCCCCCUGCUGCCUGUAAAAAGUAAAAUAAAAGUAUUAAAAACAGUUUAAAAUAAAAUAUAUACUAUAUAUUAAAUCAUAUUAUUUAUAUAUAUAUAUAUAUAUAUAUAUAUAUUUAUGAUCUAAGUGAUAUAUAUAUACACAUACACUAAGUGUAUUUUAAUAUUAAAAUAUAUAUAUAUAUAUAUAUAUAUAUAUUAAUAUCAAAAUAAACAUAGAAUGAUAUUGAUUAAAUAUAUAUCAUAAUAUAUAUAUAUAUAUAUAUAUAUAUAUAAAAUAAAUAUGUAAAUACGUUAAAUAAAAAUUAAAAAAAUAUAUAUGUGUAAUUUCGUUCUAACUGUAUUUUGAUAUUAAAGGGACACUAUAGUCACCCAGACCACUUAAGCUCAAUGAAGUGGUCUGGGUGCCAGGUCCCUCAGAUUUUAACCCUUCAGAUGUAAACAUAGCAGUUUCAGAGAAAAUAGCUUGAUGCGCGCUUCGGCUUGUGAGCACGCCGUUGUCAGGAGAAAUGUCAGUGAGUUGGCCCCAGUGUCUGUUUUAUAAGUCCUCAAUUGUUAAUCAAUCACUAAGUGUGAAUUGCUGAGCCAAGGGGGUGUGUAGAGCACAUCCUAUCAUGAUCAUUAUAUUUCUAUACUAUUCAUUGGUCUCGUCCGAUAGGAGGCGGUACUAGGUACACCCCUCCCGCCCCCCCACCCCGAUUUUAUGUUAACUCUCCGAUUAGGACACUUCAGUCAAUUUCUGUCUACUUUGUAUGUUAUUUCCCAAUCUUAGGGAGAGUAACAUUGGGCAUUUUUUGGUACUGACCCACUAGCCCCCUCCAUGCUCACAGGAUGGGUGAAGACAGUGGAAGAGGACCUCAAAAGUGUUGGGGUUGACUAAACUGCCACAGAUGCAGCCCUGGAUCACUGCAAAAGCAAUGCAGCACCCUGACUACACAACUAGCUACUAUGGAGGAUAAGGCAAAGGCACGGAACGUGAGGAACCGAGGGGUGCCUGAAUCGGUCACUGGCUGAUAGCCACACUGCUACUACCCAAACAAGUAAAACAAAUAGGGGUGGACUCUUGUUUUUGGCUCCCCAAAGCAACUUAAGCUCCUCAGAGGGCUCCCAGGGAUGUACUUGUCAAAUUUAUUCGAGACUCUGACCGGGGGGUUUUCAUGGGAGCCACAAGAGGCCCGCCCACGGUUCCCUUUGAAGGGGUGCACCUAACUUUUUACAGAGACAUUUCCAGGCACGCUCUGACGUGGAGAAGGUCUCUCAGACAAAUUACUCAGCAGCUUCGAGAGCACUCCAUCACAUAUAAAUGGGGGCAGCACCGACUGAUGGCAGAGUAAGCAGGCGAGAUGCACCUCCUAACGCACAAAUCAGAAGCACCGGCUUUUCUUCGGGCACUGGGCCUACCAAUGGAGGCGACGCCAGCGGGUACCCGCCCUUCAUGGACUGUCGCAAGCAUCAACUCAUUUGUGCCCAGAGGAACAAGAACGGGCACACCUGACUCACCUACUUGAAACCAGCAACGUCUGCUGCCCGUGCUACCGCUCGUAGUUUUGUUUAACAAUGUUUGAUACUGUAAUAUUUUUAUAUAAGUUCACUAAUAUUUUAUUUCCUCUUGUAUAUACAUAUGAAUGUUACCUCUAUCUGGCUCUGCAAUCUAACAGCCAGUCAUCAUGCCCUGUUAUUUACCCCCACCCCUUCCUCCUAUCUUAACAUGCUCCUUCCCCUAAUAAGUGAGCAAGCGCUCUACGGCACGUUUAUCAUCCGACCUAGCUGGCACAACUACCCAUUGGGUAACCGCCAAGAAAGAACUAGGUUCUUACAUACUUCAAUUAGAAAAAAGAGAGAAAAGAGAAAAGAUGGAGCCUUUAAUGACUGGUACCUCCAUGUGGGGGAUAACCCCUAAUUAAAGUAGAAUAAAGAAUUGGAGGUUACCAUACUAAAUAAUUUUAAAAAAGCAGGGAAUCACUUUAAUGGUAUACAGGAUGAAAUAAUGUGUAAAAUAAAAUGUCACUUUUAAUCUGAUAGCUAAAAAGACCCUUAAAUAUAAGGGCUAGAUAUAUAUCAAUUUUCACACGGACACACAAACUCUAAAUAACGAGAAUGAAUAAAAUCAAAAUAAUGUAAAUUGUAAUCUCCAGAAACCGUCCUAUGUCAAGAUUUUGCAAUAGUAUCUGCAGUUUAAUACUGACAGGUAAAACUGGAGUGUAGUUAUGGUAAAGGUUCUCAAAUGUAACCUAAGUGGACAAAAAUUAACCACUAAAAACAGGGCUGUGCUAUGAUAACUUAAUAGUUGACCAUGCUAUCUAAGUAUUUUAUGUGUGAAGCCCACGUUAUUCCAAGCAAGAAAAUACUUUUAGCGAGGAGCCACAUCCACAACUUUAUAACUCUACUAUCGAUCUGCUAAAGUGGCAACCAGUUAAACGAUUUCGGCAAAAUGUCUACUAAACAGUGAGCUAACAAAUGGCCCCAUGGUGGGGCAUCUAUUAACUAGUGGGGGUGACGACAUAGUGUCCCCCCUCCUGAGCCCCGCGAGUGGGGUCUAUAAAAGUAAAUGGGGGACAUAGGGUCCACCUUGGCCCCCACCCAUGAGCGGCAGGUGGGGGCCCUAAAUUACAAUAGGGGGGGACCUAUUGUCCUCCCCCACCCAUGAGCUGCGGGUGGGGGCCCUAAAUUUAAAAUGGGGGACACGUAUUGUCCUCCCCCCGGCCCCCACCCAUGAGCUGCGGGUGGGGACUAAGUGUAAAUAACCCCCCCACAGAUGACUAAGGGUCUAUUCACCCCCCCACCCAAAAAAAAAAAUUGAUAAAUUGCUACCUAUCCCCUCACCCUAAAAAUAGCGAGGAGGGGGGGAACGAGAAAACUAAAUCCCUGUAAAUAAAACAUAACUUAUCAUUUAAUGUCUUCUUUUUUCUAAAAUCCUCUUUUUUUCAGCCCCAAAAAAGGGCAAAUAAAAAUCCAUAAUACCCGUCGAACUUUGAAAAUAAAAUAAAAAACCAGAGCGCAAAAAAAAAAAGACGAAAAAAAACCAUGCGCUAAAAAAGGUAAUCCAUCUUGAUCCAAGGAGGGCACGGCGCAGACUGGAGGGCACGGCGCAGAGCUCUGCAGGGUGGGGAAAGUCUUAUAAAGCCUCUCCACGCCCUGCAAUUAGGCUCAGAGAUCUCUGAUUGGUUGGUUUAAGCCAACCAAUCAGAGUGCUCUGACAGGUAGAAGAAGAGACUGACAUUCUUUGGAAUUUUCCCAUGCUGUGUAAUUUGACUCAUAACAAAACUCUGGUUGCUUUCAAUCAACCAAUCAGAGAGUUAUGAGUCAAAUUACACAGCAUGGGCCCCCACUCGCAGCUCAUGGAUGGGGCGGGGGGGAGGACAAUAGGUCCCCUCCCUGUUGUAAUUUAGGGCCCCCACCCGCCGCUCAUGGGUGGGGGUCUGGGCGGUACUUGGUAUUCUAAUUUAGGGCCCCAACCCUAAUUUAGGGCCCCAACCCUCCGCUCAGGGGUGUGGGCCAGGGGCGAGAACCAUAGGACCCCGUCCCCCAUUUUCAUUUAGGGCCCCCACCCGCAGCUCAUGGGUGGGGGCUGGGGGGAGGAUACUUGUUUCCUCCCUCCCUUAUUGUAAUUUAGGGCCCCCACCCGCUGUUCAGGGGUUGGGGCCUGGUGGGAGGACAAAACCCCCAUUUUCAUUUAGGGCCUCCACCCUCCUCACGGGUGGGGGCUGGGGGGGGGGCAGGAGGACAAUAGGUCCCCCCCCUUAUUGUAAUUUAGGGCCCCCACCCACCACUAUGAUCCCCCCAGGCUAGUUAAAGGAUGCCCCACCAUGGGUCCAUUUUUUCAGGGGGGUUAUUUAUUUAAAAAAAGAUAUGGCAAGUAGGAGCAGAUUAAUUACGAAUACCAAGUGAUUUUCACUUAGUAUUAGUAAAGUUGGCUUAAAGACCAAUUUAGGUCUUUCAGCCUUUUGGUAGAUGGCUCCCUAAUACCGUGGGCUGCAAGAUGCAGGCGCGGUCGGAUCUGAAUUUCAUUCAUUCUAAUGAAAUUUCGAACCGAACAAAAGUCCUGAAUUUUGUCCUAACACGAAUAGAUGAACUGCUUUCAUUCUGUCAGGACAAAAUUCUGUAGUUUUGCUGGUGUUUGGAAAUACGCAAAGGAGGCAUCGCGACAACACAGAGGAAAGGUGAGAAUUGUGGAAAAAUUGCUUUGACCACAGGAAACGGAGCACACUUUGUUUCUCCGCUGGUCAAAGCUGGUCAAUCGUUGGAAACCUCCAAAAGACAAAGUAGUCCCUACUUUGUCUUAUGUUUUAAACAAAACUAGAUCAGAUAGGAAGAAACGGAGAACAGAUCCUGACAGAGGGAGAGAAGAGGAAGUGAUUGAAGAAAGGUAAGUUCAGCAUGACAGUGCCGCUUUAAUAUUUCAAUAUUUUUCCAAGGUGCCUCAAGUUAAAAUAAUCUCCUAGGAUGUAUACAUGUACAGCCCAGCAGCAUAUACUGGGCCCCUGUUCGGCAGAAAUGCUUGCCGUUCAAGCGCAGAUCCAGAACCUAAUCUCGGGGGGGGGGGGGAUGGGCACUGAUAUAUUAUGUAAAGAAACAAUCCAGGCACAAUAACCACUACAGCACUUUGUAUUGGUUAUGGUGCCGGUAGUGCCCUCCUAGAGUAAGGAGUCAAACUGUUUAAGAACAGUUUGACAACUUACCUGGGAUCUGUCAGGAUAGGGGCUAUAGUAGAGGAUAGGGGCAGUAGUGUGUCUGUGGGGUGCAAUAUGUGUGUGUGUUAGGGGUACAGUGUGCGUGGGUGUACGGGGGUGCAUUGUGUGUGUGAAGGAUGCAGUAUGUGUGUGUGAGGGGUGCAGUGUGUGUAUAUGAGGCAGUUUUUGUGCGUGAGGGGUACAGUAUGUGUGAGUGGUACAGUGUGGGGUCAGAUUGUGUGAGGGGUACAGUGUGUGUGUGGGGGGGCAGUGUGUGAGGGCUACUGUUUGUGUGUAUGGAGGGGCAGUGUGUAUGUAUGGGGGGUAAUUGUGGGUCUUAGGGGGUAGGAGGGUAGAUAAAAAUAUACUGUAAAUUUUUUUUCUGUUAAUAAAAAAAUCUAAUAAUUAUUUUAAUAUCCCCCCCCUCCCCCCUGCUUACCUUUGCCUGGGAGGGGGGACAGUACUAAUCCCUAGUGUUCCGAUGGAUAAGCCCUGGUGGUCCCAGUCAUGAGAGUAAACUCUAUCAGCCUCAGUGGUAACCAUGGCAAUGCUCCGAGCUCGCUAGUGUAGAACUCGGCGGAGCUGCGAGUUAGAGCCCCCCAAGGUCCUCUCUCCUCCCCUCCCGGCUGCCAGCAGAACAUUGCUAUCAGGCCAGAGAGGGAGAUCUCAGCUCUCCCUUCCGGUCCUGCAGAGCCGGCAGGGGAGAGGGAGGCACAAUUUCCUGGUGCUAUGAUCAUAGCACUGGGAAAAUAUCUUGUUACUCCCCUGUGUACUAAUAAUCUUAAUUUUAGUAAUGACAGGAGGUGAGUAUUUUGCCUAAUCUCUCUUUACUAGCUCCACAGCAGCAAAGAAACACAUAGAAAAAAAGAACCAAUCACAAGAGUGUAGGAUGUACAUGUAAUGACCUAAUCACUUCUUCUUUCAGAAAACGACAUCAAGCAGAAGCAAACUUCCCCGUGAAGUCCACACAAACAACCAAAAUGUUUUCAGGGACGAAUCAAAAUCCGAAGGGGCAAACUUCCAGAGAAUUUCACAUGAACAACCAAAUGUCUUCAGUGACGAAUCAUACUGAAAAGAGAAUGUGUGACAGGUUUAGAUACAGUCAUGAACGUGGAAAUCCAAGUAAUGUACCGUAUACAUCAUCCCAUAGCAGUAAAUUGAAAUUACAAUCUGAUAACUGAAUAACUAUUAUGUAACUCCAAUGACAAUUCCUUACUAAUGUAAAUAAAAGCAUCAAUGCAAACACAAAAUAAUAGGAGCCCAAUCUACCUUAGACCAGUGACACCUUAAAAGAAAACGAACAGAAAGGGGGAGGGGGGAUUGUGAAGCAGGGAGGGAAAAUACUCGCCUCCUGUCAUUACUAAAAUUAAGAUUAUUAGUACACUAAAGCUAGCAUAAUCUUUAAUUUUACAAUAUGACAGGAAGCUUCAUAUUUUGCAUUUUCAACGCAGAGAAAGGAAUAGAAAACUAAAGAAGAAGCCGAAAGUACAAUGAGAUACCUAGCACAUCUGGGCUACAGGGGAAACCUCCCCGUCAUACCCCCGAACAUCCGGUACCUGACGGAAAGCCACCAGACCAAGUAUAAAAGUCUCUCAAUAGAUGCACAGUCCCAUAGAAAAAACGGAGAACGACCUCCACAGUUAGUUGGUACAUAAGAGGAUCCUUGUCGAUUGGGAGUCCCCAGACCGGGACAUGGGCCGUUGAGCCGUCCAAACCACCACAUAAUGGAUCAAGGUACUGUUCCAAACACCAAUCAGAACGGGAACGCCCAGAUGGAAUGGUAGCAUCGUCACAUCCCUAGGGCCCAAGAGACUCCUAAGAGGUCCCUAGCAGCCUGUGAUAGUCCGCUGUUCUGCCAAGAACCCCAUGAAGAGUCCAGGCCACCAGGGUCAGCCGACCCUCCAGGAAUAGAAGAUAUGGUUUCCCUUCGGGUCCAUGAGAAUAGUAGGAUAUGAAUGUAGGAGGUGGAGAUGCUCACCAGUCAGUCCCGUAAGGUCCUGGGAACAAGGUUAACUCUGUCACAGCGGGACGGCCAAGGCGGUGUUAUCCGCUGAACAACGAGAUGAUGCAGAAUUUUUGCCAUCAUUGCAGAGGAGGGAAAAAGCAUACGUCCCCCGGGGAGACCCAGUUGGCUGGAAUGCGAACACCAUUGUGCACCAUCGUGCAUUCUGGCAGUCCCUCUUAUAUGUGUCUCCCCCGGGAGAUAGGCCAACCUUGUGGUUCUGCGAGGUAGGCAGGAAUUGAAGAUGCCUUUCGUGAUGUCUGAUAAAAGACGGGAGUUAGUUCAGUCCUGGUGAUUGUUAUACCUGAUUGUCGAUGCAACUGAAGGAGUACUCUUUUACAAGUCUGGUGUCACGGUGUUGCAGUGGAGGACCGUGUGAAUAUUUCUUGAGGAUAGAGUGGACCUAUGAAGGGGAAAGCUUCCUUAUGUAAGGCGUGGAGUCGCUUAUGAAUCCUAAGAAGCGGAUCAUCCACUAUGAAACACGACGAUUCCAGCUGGACCACAGAGAAACUCGAGUGUAGACGCAGUAUUGAGUUCCCUGAAUCUACCCGCAGGAGAUUGUCCAGGAAGAUAACGCCACAUCAUCCCCAUACGUAACGUGGUUUCAUGAAGUCCUCAAGGAUCCAAGCUGAGGGGUCAGGUGAAGAGCCGAGGUUGAUUGUGUCACAGGAGACCUAGAUAACGUCAAGAGGGUUGGAAAAAGAUCACCAUGACAUGUCUUCAUAUCCAGUUUUGUGUGUUUCUUGCUGCUGUGGAGCUAGUAAAGAGAGAUUAUGCAAAAUACUCACCUCCUGUCAUUACUAAAAUUAAGAUUAUUAGUACACAGGGGAGCCGCAAGAUAUUUUCCAGGUGCUAUGAUCAUAGCACCGGGAACUGUGCCUCUGAGAUCUCACUCUCUGACCUGCUAGCAAUGUACUGCUGGCAGCUGGGAGGGGAGGAGAGAGGACCUGGGGGGGGCUCUAAUUUGCAGCUCUGCCGAGUUCUACUCUAGCGAGCUCGAAGCGUUGCCAUGGUUAUCACUGAGGCUGCUAGAGUUUACUCUCAUCACUGGGACCACCAGGGCUUAUCCACUGGAACACCAGGGAUUAGUACUGUCCCCCCUCCCAGGCAACGGUAAGCAGGGAGGGGGAUAUUAAAAUAAUUAUUAUAUUUUGUUAAUUAACAGAAAAAAAAAAUUAAAUAUAUUUAUCUACCCUCCUAACCUCUAAGACCCACAAUUACCCCCCAUACACACACACACACUGCCCCUACGUACACACACACAGUAGCCCUCACACACUGCCACCACACACACACUGUACCCCUCACACUAUCUGACCCCCACACUGUACCCCUCACACACACACACACUGUACCCUUAACGCACAAACUGCCUCAUAUACACACAGACUGCAUCCUUCACACACACAAUGCACCCCCGUACACUCACUGCACCGCACGCACACUGCACCCCUCACACACACACAAAUUGCACCCCUCAGACACAGUACUGCCCCUAUCCUCUACUAUAGCCCCUAUCCUGACAGAUCCCAGGUAAGUUGUCAAACUGUUCUUAAAUACCCCUCAGGAAGGUUAGGGUCUUAAUGAGGGCAGCGGGACCAUAAAUGUGUGUAAGAAGUUCCUUCAGGAAAAAGUGUGCCUUGUGCCUGGGGUCCCAAGCGUAUACGGACAUCCUCUAUAGAGGCAACAAAGCCGCCGGUGCAUAAAGUAGCCAGGCGAUCGAGAAGGGAACCAGUCUCUCGAACAUGGUUGAAGGAUGUGUAGGUUACACAACCAUUGACCAGUAAGGUUCAGGGUCGCUACCAUGUCUUCUCGGUCAGUAACGUGCAAGGCACCGUCAUCUUGGUAGGUACCUGCGGAUCCCCCAGAAAGAAGUAGGCAGGUAGGCUUAUCGUGAUAUGGGAUACCCCUGUAGAAGGCACAAGCCAGUAAGCAGUCUCAGGAUGCAAGGCAAACAGAUCAGCCUACCAUAGUAGAAGGCAGUGUUCACAGAAACCACUGCAGGUUUGUACUCUGAACAAUGGCCAAAUAAAAUAGACUGGGACUCACCCAGUAAAUAGAAGUUGCAACAGCAUGCCUCCACUCAGCAGCACACACAUAGUAGGGCCUCACCCUAGGAGCACAGAGUAUGAACCCUUAAGUGCUGGCCACAGCCAUGAUCGAGAGCGUCAAUCAGUUCUCCCACAAUUAAUUCGCUGUCAAGGGAGAUAUGCCUUGAGGCAGGCAGUGUUUAAAUCCUGUCCAGCAGUUAGCCAAGGCUGCAAAUGCAUGCCUCCAUUCAGCAUUGCAGUGCAGCGCACAUAUAGUAGGGACUUCAUCCCGGGUGCACAGGUUAUGACCCCUAAGUGUUGGCCACAGCCCUGAUAUAGAGCAUAAAGCCGUUCUCCAACCAUAACUCACUGUCGAAGGAGAUAUCCUGUCAAGCAGGAAGUGUUGAAAAUCCUGUCCAGCGGUUAACAGAGGUUGUCACAUUAUGUCUUCCCUCAGCAGAAUAGUGUGGCGCACAUAUAGUGGGGGCCUAACCCCAGGUGCAAAGGGUAUGAACUCUUAAGUGCUGGCCACAGCUCCGAUAGAGAGCAUAAAUCAGUUUUCCAACAAUUAAAUUCGCUGUCAAGGGAGAUAUUCCUUAAAGCAGGGAAAUCCUGUCUAGCAGUUAAGUGUUUGUAAUGGCAUGUCUAUACAGUAGUGCAGAUCUAGUAGGUGCACAGGGUAUAAACCCUUAAGCUCUAUUCUAUGAAGCCAGAAGUGCUGAAAAUUGUGUCCAGUAGCUAACAGGCUGACAUUCAGCAAAAUAGAGUAGCGUAUACACAGCGGGGGUUCACCCUAGGUACACAGGGUAUGAACCCUUCAAGUGUGGGUCACGGCCGUAUAGAGUGCAUCAAUCUGUGUUUAAACAGACGUUUUAAGGUUGUGGUUAUUUCUCUUUAACCAGAACCAAAGGGUAUAUCUCUUUAGCCAUAUCUCCUGGGAAUUCUGUUCAGCAGCUGUAAUAGCCUGACUCCAUUCCUUGAGACCCUCAGAGAAGAGAAGAUAAGGAGGGGAGAGGGCCAAGGACCCAUAACAAGAUAAAAGUAUAAACACAAUAUAGAAACCCAGAUGCCCAUAGCAUAGAAGCACAGUAAAACAAAUUGCAGCCUAUUGAAAGACAAUCCCAAAACAGUCCAAAAAGGCAAUAGAAAUACAAAUUAAUGGAGAAGAGUAAUACUCUGACCUGUCUGCUUGAUGGAGCAGCAAAGAAAGAGGAAGUGAUUAGGUAAUUACAGCUCAUGUACAUCAUACCCUCUUGUGAUUGGUUCUUUUUUUUUUAUGUGUUUCUUUGCUGCGGUGGAGCUAGUAAAGAGAGAUUAUGCAAAAUACAAAGCCUCCUGUCAUGUUGUAAAAUGUAUAAAGCGCCAGCAAAUUCCGCAGAGCUGUGCAAUAGUUGGACCAACAGACAAGUAUUUGCAACAAGACAAGUUGGACGUACAGGAACAGAGGGUGUUGAGGGCCCUGCUCAAACAAGCUUACAUUCUAGUGUUUGCGUUCCUUUAAUGGAAAUAAAUAUCAGAAAUGCAUAAUUAUCGUAUUAGGCUGUAUGAAAAAGGUAUUUUAAAAAUUAUUUUCUAUUUCAUUGUGCCAUGUUCUGUUUUGCUGUUUCCUUUACCAUGAUAGCUCUGAAUUAUAGGUUGAGGGGGUUUUGCUUGUGCAGGCUUGUACUUUCAAGUAUACAAAAAAAAACAGAGAAAAGGCUGCGCCAAAAUAUUGUACAGAUAAAAAAGAGUCCCAGUAUUAAAUGUUGUCCGAACUGGUAUGGUGUCUUCUUUGUUAAUAGUCGUCCGUCUCACGAUAUGAAAGACACAAUGGGAAAGAACCAGUCGUGCAGAUUGUAUAAAUAAGUGAUAGUGAAGUUAAAAUAUAAAUUGCGCACUCACAUUUCCAUGAGCUAGGACCAGCUCUAGUAUGUUGGGCAUACAGCGGAUAACCCUCCGCUUAUGGGGGUGCUUGUCCUCCUGGAGAGUGCUGGUGUCCAAUUCUCAGGAAAAGAAAAAAACACAGUCCUUUCUGCACUCUAUUAUUCGCGUGGGUGGUACAAUCCCCACCUUAGGAUAUGCCAGGAACAGUAAAUGAAGAUAAAAUAGUAAAAAGGAUAAAUUAUAUAAAGUAGUUUAUUAAUAUAGUCUAUUAUAGUCUUUAUAUAAUUUAUCCUUUUUACUAUUUUAUCUUCAUUUACUGUUCCUGGCAUAUCCUAAGGUGGGGAUUGUACCACCCACGCGAAUAAUAGAGUGCAGAAACGACUCACUCUACUUGUGAGUAUAUUUUAUUUAUUUUUAAUUCCUUUGCUAACUACCUCACCAGAGAGCACUAUUGGCUGUGUUUUUCUUUUCCUGAGAAUUGGACACCAGCACUCUCCAGGAGGACAAGCACCCCCAUAAGCGGAGGGUUAUCCGCUGAAUGCCCAACAUACUAGAGCUGGUCCUAGCUCAUGGAAAUGUGAGUGCGCAAUUUAUAUUUUAACUUCACUAUCACUUAUUUAUACAAUCUGCACGACUGGUUCUUUCCCAUUGUGUCUUUCAUAUCGUGAGACGGACGACUAUUAACAAAGAAGACACCAUACCAGUUCGGACAACAUUUAAUACUGGGACUCUUUUUUUGGCCCAGCCUUUUCUCUGUUUUUUUUGUAUACUCUUUACUGUAGAGGGUUAGAGGGUGACCCCCUAUUAGGCUGCUGCCUUUUUAUUCAUUUUAUUAUUAGCGCUAACCUUUUUUACAUUUUUUCUUGUACUUUCAAGUGUAUCUGGUGUCUCUUUGUUUCUGUUUACCUGUCACUCAGUCGUUCAAAGCUAGGAGCCGCAGCAUCCAUAUGUUGCUAGUCAGCGCCUGCUGGAAAAACACCACUACACAACACAAUAACCUCUGUAGUAUGGUCACUGCAUUGCACCAAGAUAAUUAAUUUUAAAGUGAAUUGUACUGAUUUAUUUUAUCUUUCAAAUACUGACACUAAAAAAAGCGUGUGUCAUAAGAGACUCUGUAAUGCUGCCGUAUUAAAUUUUUUUUGGCAAACAUGUGAUUAAGAGUAAAUGAAGGUGUGUGUGGGUAUCUCCUGCCAGGUUGAUGUGGACUGUAACUUUAAUCACUCUCAACCAGCUACUGUCCUUUUAACACUAAACAUACCCCUGUAGUUUUCCUUUUAUGGUGCUAUGAACUGUAAUAAUGCCACAUAAAGUCAGUGUAAGAAUAAAAUGCUCUUUCAGCAGCAAUGUUUUAAAUAAUAAAAUGCUGUGUAACGGAGCGGCAAUAUUAAAUCCCACGAUCUCCGGCAAUUAACAUUAAAAUAGACAACUUUUCGAAAAUUAGGUCUAUUUGCACGAAUGGACGUUCGGUAGAUAGCUGGGGUCUGAGCGCAUCAUUCGUGAGAUUACCGCUCAGAUCCCAGCUAAAACAACCGAACGUCGUACGAAAAACACAUUCACCAAAACAUGCAUUGAAAAGACCGAUUGAUAUAUGGGGAAUAAAAUACCGAACUGCCCGGAACUCCCGAACAUCCUGGAAGUCCAGUGGUGUUCGCGCCGUCGAGUAGCCGUUUUUAGUACCACCCACUCGACGACCAAACACUGCUGGAGGAACAAAGGAUCCAAGAUGGCCGACCGCCGCGUGGUCGGUAGUCGAACGACUGCCACCUAGGAGAGCCUCUAAUUACCGAUUGCAACAUUGUUGCAAUCGGUUAACAAGCGCCACACGUCUCUUAAUGUGUGGGCUAUUACAGGGUGGUUUAUUCGGUUCACGAACGGCCCGCAAAGGUGCCGUUCGUGAAACGAAAUGACAUACAGCUAUCUGCUUUCGGCAGAUAGGCAAUACAACACUAUACAGUCAGCAUACAUUACACCCAGGAACAUACAUAUCCCCCCAACCAUACAGGCAACCCUUAAAGCCACAGUCUAUGUAUAAUGUCCAAGUGGCUAGGUUUGCCACAUGCUGCUAGACAUAUUAAGCUAAAAAGAUACAAUACCUUCCUCUCCAGACAGAUUGGGUUCAUUUGUGUAUUGAUGUGCAAUGGUACUGUAUUGAUUUGUUUUAUUUUACGCUAUAUUUUUUUUUCCUUGCUCAAUAUUUGAAUGUAAUGCUUAGUGAGAUGCCAUAUUCAAAUAUAUGCUACCACGUUUGCCUGUCAUCUGGGCAACGUGCAUAGUAAAACAAAAAGACAACUUACCGGUUCUUAAUAUGCAGGCAGAGAGUUAUUUUGUUUUUAGACUAUAGUAUGACAGUACAUAUUAACUAGUGAAUGCUAAUAUGUGUUUUGGCAGCGUGCUUUGCUAAGAAGCAGUAACAUAAUUAUGUUAUACUGCAAUAGAGUUGUAAGACUUGCUGGUCAAGUUCUGUGUUGGAUUUUAUGCCAUUUCAUUCUGCUUCUACAACAAAGUGUAACCUACCACUUUCAACCAAACAAAAACACAUUAUCAACCGAUCUAGAUUCCAAAAGCUAGCAGGAUCAGAAAGUACACAUUCCUGAGUGGGGAGGAAAAUGCUUUACUUAACUAGCCCUAUAACAAUAUUGCUAUUGGUCCUUUCAGACAGUUCUGAGUUCUGUUCAAUAUCUUUUAUCUCCAGCAAGUGUUUAUCCUUUCUGAUCCUGCAUCCACCCAAGCAUUCUUUUCUCUUAUUCUAUGUGAGCAGGCCAUGGCUGGAACCAUAACUGCAUAGUAGAUGGAGCAAAAUUGUGGGCACCUGGCAAAACAUUAAAAUGGCUUCCUAUAACUCUUAUAAGUUCCUGCGUACUGAUCUAAGAGAGCUUCUUUUCCUUCCUUCCAUUCUUUUACAAAUGUUUUUCUCUCUGAAAUAAUGUGAAAGACCAUUUCUUUGUUUCGUUCUUCCCUUAUCUGGCAUAAGAAAAUAAACUGUCGGGUAUUAACAAAAUUGAGAAUUAUGGGUAAUUGUCAAGAGAAAUGCAGUUUCAGGUGAAACUGUAAAACCUAUUCUAACAUAGUGUAACUUUACACCAGCCAUACCGGCUCGUAACAGUAAUGGGCAGCAAAGAUAAGCUGAAAUCACUCGGAUGACACCAUCAUUGUCGUCCUUUGCUGCAGGUGCCUGAACACCCCUCAGUGUUCAAGAAUGACUCAACGCUAAACAGUAGGAAAGGGAACUCCUUGUCACCAUAACCACGUCAGCGAGACAAAGUGGUUAUGGUACGUUGAGUGUUCAUGUAAUAAACAGCUUGCGGUUUGUUGCAUCUCUUAAAUAAUGGAAACCUUACAGGGCCUAUUUUUUUUUUUUUUGGAACUCUCCAGCAGUACACAAUCUCUUUGCUGUGUUUUGGGGAGCUCUCCAGCACUCAUAUUGCUUUGCUAGAUAUUUUUCACCAUUAUUUGUAAUACUGGUCAAUUGUUUAUAAAUGCAGAGGACUGCCAGAUUAAACUGACUUUGGUUUUGGAGUCAAAACUUGUUACAGUAUUUCCAUUGUUCACACACCGUGUAAUAGAACAUGGAAAAUAGUUUUGUUGUACAAAGCCAGAGAUUUGAUUUUUAGUUGAUGAAGUUAAUGAAACAAUAUACUAUGUUAUUCAAGAUUUGCUAAGCAUUUCACUUUUAAAGUAUAAGAAAAACAUGUAAUUACUACAUAGCUGAAAAGAGACGUGUCCAUCAAGUUCCGCCUUCCUGACAUAUGUUUUUGCUGUUGAUCCAAAAUAAGACAAAAAACCUAGUCUGAAGAAAAAAUUCAUUCUUGACCCCAAAAUAGCAGUCAGAUGUCUCCUUGGAUCAAGCAGCUAUUACCCCACUAACUAGAAAUUAUAUCCCUGUAUGUUAUGUUUUUGCAAGUAUUUUUCCAAUUGCUGUUUAAACAUCUGUAUGGUCUCUGAUAAAAUUACCUCUUCAGGCAGAGAAUUCCAUAUCCUUAUUGCUCUUACUGUAAAAAAACAUUUUCUUUGCCUUAGAUGAAAUCUCCUUUCAUCUAGCCUACAUGCGUGACCUCGAGUCCUAUGUAUAGCCCUGUUUUUAAUAGAUUUCCAGAUAAUGGUUUGUACUGGCCCCGAAUAUAUUUGUAUUAUGUUAUCAUAUCCCCUCUGAGGCGCCGUUUUUCCAAACUAAAGAUAUUUAACUUUUUUAACCUUUCUUCGUAACUAAAAUGCUCCAUUCCUUUUAUCAAUUUUGUAGCUCGUCUCUGCACCAAGUAGAUCACAUCCACUGCAACACCCUGAUCUAUACUUCUACUUACGUCUUUGUAGAAUGCAAUUAAGUUAGUUUGAAAUGACCUAUUUUUUAUAAAACCAUGCUGAUUAAUGCUAAUAACAAAGUUCUUCCCAAUGAAUUAGAUUAUCCCUUAAUAGCCCUUAAAAUAUUUUCCCAGUCACAGAAGUUAAGUUCACAGGUAUAAUUAUAAUUUCCAGGCAAGGAUUUUGAACCCUUUUUAAAUAUAGGAACGACAUAUGCCUUCCUCCAGUCCUCCGGUGCAAUACAUGAAAUAAAAGAAUCUUGAAAGAUUAAAUACAGAGGUACACUUAUUUCCCCACUUAGUUCCUUAAGUACUCGUGGGUGAAUACCGUCAGGCCCCAGAGUUUUAUUUAUUUUCUUUAACUGCGGUAGCACCUUGUCUCGAGUCCUCCAAUCACAAGUUUUCUGCAAGUUUUUUGCAGCAAUUAUUUGCUUACUCUUUAAAAUAAAGCUGUUGUUUAGUGCUUUACAGCAUAACAGCAUGUUCACUUUAGUUUCUCAAAGUACUGUUUUCAAACGAAAUCUGCGCUUUUAUAAACAAACCCCUAUUGGUACCACCUCGUUGCUAUGAACACUGGCUUCAUUGCGAUAAGCGGAUAGCAGAAGUUUCCACUCAUUUGCACUGUCCAACAAUGCUUUUCUCUAAAAAAACAUUGGAUUGGUUGCGAUACCAUCAUUAGCAUUAAUCUUCUGGGGGACAUGGUGGAGUGGGGAGUGUCUCUCUGCUAGAUUAGAGGGAACUUAUUUUCAGGACACGGUAGGGGCCCUAAAAUGUAUGUUGGAAUGUUCUUGUUACAUACAACAGUUUCCAGGCAGAAUAUACUGAACUUAUCAUAAUGAUACAUUAAGUAAAUGCUUUGAGAGCAGUUAUAUUGGUACUCACCUGUUAAUCCUUGCUCCAGCACUUUGUAGUGGUUAUGGUUUUUGGAGGAGUCUUCAUUUUAACAUACUUUAUAGGUGAUGUUAGUGUUUUAUGCAUUCCAGUAAAAAAAAAAGUAAUCUUACUCCCUUCCCCCCCCCUUUUUUUCUUCCAUAUGAAAGAGGUUAGCUGAACGUUAACUACCAUAAACCGUUUGUCAUAAUAAACAACCGUGUUAUUAGAGAAAACACAGCAGUAUAAUAGGGAGUGGCAGAAAGGAAGCCGUGACGUAUCAUGGUAAGGUACUCUAACCAGUGACUAGAAAGUAUUUUUUUGAACAUGAGAUGGGCUAGAGGAAGGCAGUGUUAAUUUGCCAAGUGCUGUGAAACAAUUAAUUUGCAAAAAAAAAUUACAAAAUUGAGCGUGCAAAAACAAAAAUACAUGCAUGAUGGUUAUAUUGGUGACUGGAGGUUCUCUUUUAAAGGAUCACUAUAGUGUCACGAAAACAAACCCGUUUUCCUGACGCUAUAGUUAAAACCCCUUCAGUAGUUUACCUUUAUCCAGCGCCGGGCAUGCAUUCAAACAGUGCCGCGCGCGCUUAAACAGUUUAUACGAAAGCAUUUCUCAAUUUGCACGCUGGAUGUGAAUUUCGCAUCCAGUGUCGCAGAUGCGCCUCUAGCGGCUGUCAGGAAGACAGCCACUAGAGAUUGGAUUAACCCUGCUAUGUAAACAUAGCAGUUACUCUGAAACUGCUAUGUUUACAUGUGAAGGGUUAAAACCUGAGGGACCUGGUGACUAUAGUGUCCCUUUAAAUACUUAAUCUGUUGCAAAUCCCAGGGGAUUGUAGCAUUCUGAGCAUAUUGCAUAUACUACUGUUUAGGAGGUGUUUGCGAUAUGUAGAUCUACAUUCAACCGUUCUGUUUAUCAGAAUAUAAUGCUUUCAGGAGCCUAUAAUAAGCAUGUCUAAACAGGUGUGGACUUGUAUGACAUGCACUCUCUAUUCACGUACACAAUGUGCAAAGGACUAGAUGCAGUCAUAUUUACAUUCUGUUAAACGUUUUAUAUGACUCUGUAAGACCUAUUGCAUUCCAAGGAGGACAAGUUAUACCUGUAGUACCACUGAGUAGCAAUCUUAUUAUGCUGCUGUUUUGCUUUAACUUUGUGUGCAAACUAUAUACUCCACAUUUUGAAAGAAAAUUGUAGUUUAUAUUUUUCCCCAGAAUACCUUCUAGUGAGGGGGUGAAACACUGCCAAUUAUAUCAUGGUUAAAUCACUAAAGUGAGAAAUCAAAAUGAAUUUCAAAAUUUAGUCCAUGGUAGCCGUACUGGAAGGUUAGCUGAGAAUAUUUUUUUAGUUCGGCUGUUUUGGUCAUAACUUUGGAAUUUACUUUUCAUUUCAAACAUUAGAGAAUUACUCUGUAAGGGCGCAAAUAAAACUGUGAUCUUAUUGUGUAUACAGAUAUAUCACCGUAUACUCCAAUCUUGUGGUAGCAUUGCCUUCUUGUCCUCUAAUAAGCGUUGUAUUGCUUCAUCAAGUAGUUUAUGGAAGAGGAUAUUGUCUUCAAAAGACAUAGAACAUAAACUGGACUUUGAAGAUAUAUCUGCAUCCCAUGUCAUGAAAUGCAACGUUACCUUAGCUACCAUAGAUAAUGCCAUACUUUUGAUCAGAACUAAUGUUACAUCUAAUAUAGUUUCUGCAAAAAAAUGCUGUCUCCAAUUUAAUAUCUGUAAUAUUAAUUAGCUUUAACUUUGCCCAUAUCUUCUAAGUGGCCAAUCCAUGCUUUUUGUGGUUAUCUGUGAGAUCUGCAAUACACCUGACAGUGGUCCUUUCUAUGAUUUUACUAGAUUGUCUAUAUAUUAUUUUCUUUUAAAUUCUUUGGUUCUCUCAAAGAAGCAGCACUGUCUCUAGUAGGUAUUGUUCUCUUAGCUAUUCAUAUUACUGCUGAAUCAAUAUUAGGUUUUUUUUUGUCCAAUUUAAAUUUUUUUAUUGACGUCUAAUUUUUCUCCUCUGGUUUUACCCAUUUGGAUUCCAUUUUGUUCUGCCAUUUGUAGGGAAUGCACCUCUUUUUGGUCUCAGGAAUCCACUUGGUUCUUUGAGGGGUUUGGCUAAAAAAUUAAGCACUAAACGGAACAAAAUGUACAGUUUGUUUUAUAUAUUCAUAGAUUCUAGCAACAAAUAAAACAGAUGCUGCCUUUAAUCAACUAACUACUUAAAAAUUGUGUACCUUCUGAUUGUAGCUUUUUUCAAGUGUGUGGUUUAUGCAGAUCCCUCUCCCAGCUGUUUUACAUAUGUAAGUUUUCAAAAACAUUUGUCUUGCUUUAGAUUUUCAUAUGCAAGGCAAUGUGUCUUAGGAUCAGUUUUACAUGUUUGUGUGACCUGAAUGUCUCCUAGAUACAGUAACAAGGCUCCAUUUUAUGUUUUCCUUUCUUGCAUGUUUAAACUAUUCCCUUGCUAUUUGCUGUAGUCCUGUGAGAAAUAUUUACUGCAGACCAACUCUAGCUUCUUUACCUGUAAAGUGAAUCUGAAAUCACGAGACAUGGUUUCUACAUUUAAUCAUAAAAUGCUUAAAGGGACAUCAAAGGCACCCGGGAAGUUGUCUGGCUGCAGUGCCUCUGUCCCCUUAACUCAUCAAUGAAAAACAUUGCAUUUUCAAACAUUGCAGGAUUAAGACAACCUCUAGUCAUGUGUCUGCACUAGAGGUGCUUCCUGGCUUCUCAUGGAGUGACUUUGGACAUACUCACACUUUGCAUGUUGUUCUCCAGCAGUGUUACGGGACAAAUACAAAAUAAGUCCUGCACUCACUCCCAUCACUCCUGGCAGCAGCAACGACCACAGUACACAUCAGCCCCAAUACAUACAGUAAAAACCAAAUGAAAAAGUUACCUGCGCUCUCUCCUAAAUCCCUAUGUAUAUUUAAACAAAUUGAGGUCAUUUAGUUACUCCAAUGGCCAUUGGAGGGAAUGCCCGCCUGCCAACGUCAAGGCAGACCCCCUAAGGUGGGUCCUACACUGACCUUUAACCUUGCUUCCUUGAGCUUCUGGCAAAUAUAUCUCUAAUGAGACAGAGAGGGGUAUUUUUUAUAUACACCUCUAUACAUUUAUUAACCCUUAAUAGGGAACACAUGGUGUAAAAACAAGCCCAGUAUGCCUACAAAAGGACAAAUAGAUUAUACAGCCUGUGACGAAGUGUCCUUCGUCACUUGGUCCUGGAGAGGCCUUCUUGCCAGUCUCCUCCCCUGUGACGGACUCUUUCAUCUAUCUGGCUUUAAAGCCCCUAGUCUACCUUCAGACAGACUAUUUAUGUGGGCUGCUUUAUUUAUCCUAUGUUUUAGUCACCCUGUACCCAUUAUAGGUGCAGGGUGUGUGUAAUGUAAUUGUUUAUAGUGUGUGUGUACUGUGUAAUGUAUUGCCUGCUCUCUUGUAUUGCUGAGGUUUGCUACCAACUAGGUGGGUUUGGCUAUGGAGCUGGUCUAGUGCCCUCUGUUGGUAGCAACAGGUCUCGCUGUAGAUCGCAAUGUCAUCCAGGUACGCACAUGCGAAAUCCUGGAAUCCAUCAAGGAGCCUGUCGACCAAGCGCUGAAAGGUAGCGGGAGCGUUCUUCAUCCCGAAUGGCAUGACUUUGAAUUGGUACAAGCCAAACGGGGUGACGAAGGCCGACUUGGGGACAGCCUCCUUGGCUAGGGGAAUCUGCCAGUAUCCCUUGCACAAAUCAAUGGUGGUCAGAUAUCUUCCCCUAGCAAUGCGAUCUAGGAGCUUGUCUACGCGUGGCAUGGGGUACGCAUCUGUCACUGUCCUAUCAUUGAGACGUCUAUAGUCGAUGCAGAACUUUGUGGUCCCAUCCUUUUUGGGUACCAGUACUACGGGUGAGGCCCACGGGCUGUCUGAGGGUUCUAUGACUAAUAACUUGAGCAUCUCCUGUAUCUCUUUCCUCAUCUCUUCCUUAACUGCCUCUGGGAUCCUGUAAGGGGUCUGCCUAAGUGGCGUCUGCCCUGGGGUUUCCACAUAAUGGGUAGCUAACGUCGUGUACCCUGGCUCUUGGGAGAAUGUCAGUUUCUUCUCUGUCAACAGCUGUCUGAGCUGCCCCUUUUCUGCCGGGUUCAAUCGCUCUAGAUGGAUAGUGUCAAGGAUAUGACUUGGUUCGGGACCUGCUAACAAGUCAGGGAUAGGCAGCCCGUCUGAGUCCUCUGCACUGGGACUGCAGAUGGAUGCAAUAUCCUCGGCCCUUUCCUGAUAUUCUUUUAGUAGGUUCACAUGGAAGGAUUUCCGAACCCGGUCGUCCUUGCUACUGGCUAUUACGUAAGUGGUAUCACAUAUUUGUGCUACCACCUUGUAAGGGCCUUGCCACGAGGUCUGGAGCUUGUUCCCUUUUACUGGUCUGAGCACAAGCACUUUCUGCCCCACCUGGAAGGUUCUCUGGCGGGCACCCCUAUCAUACCAUCUCUUCUGUCGACCCUGGGCCGCAUGUAGGUGGUCUCUAGCCAUCCGAGCUAACUGUUCCAUGCGGUCUCUCAUCUCCAGAACAUAUGGUACAAUCGGGACACCCUCAUGUUCCGUCUCUCCUUCCCAGUGCUCUCGGAUGAGGUCGAGGGGGCCUCGCACCCGUCGUCCAUAGAGCAACUCGAACGGAGAGAACCCCGUGGAUUCCUGCGGCACUUCUCGGUAGGCAAACAAGAGGUGCGGCAGGAAUCGCUCCCAGUCUCUGUAUUCCGCCGUAAAGGUCCGUAAUAAUUGUUUUAGGGUACCAUUAAAGCGUUCACAGAGCCCGUUAGUCUGGGGGUGGUAUGGCGAGCUGAACAGGGUCUUGAUACCACAGACCUUCCAUAACUGUUGGGUCAGAUCUGCGGUAAAUUGCGUCCCUCGGUCAGACAAAAUUUCUUUCAUUUGCAUAUUCGGGUAGAUUUGCAUAUUGCUAAUUCUGCAGGCAGGUGAGAUAUUUACUGUUAAAUAUUGUCUCCCCCCACCCCUUUAAAAAUGUGCCAUUGUGUUGUGUGUUUCUUGAUAUGGUUUGACUGUUUGUGAUUUUAUUGAGGUUUCACAACAAUGUUAUUGUGGUGACUGUAUUGGCUGGUCCCAAGGGAAUAAAGGUUUUGACAGUUCUUCUUGACCCUUCAAAACGUAGCCUUGUCUCGUUCUUGUCUCGUUCUUGAAAGGGGAAUCUCUGCAGCUUAAUCACUUAGCUCUUUUCAGAGCUGCACCUGGUUUCCACUCCUGAUCCAGCAGAAGGGAAUAGGCGACUCCAUCACUACACAGCGACUGCCAGGAAGAAAAGGACGUCCCUAACGGCUGGUACCCUCUCUACACCAGGUUAGCCGUUACACAUGGGAUGGGUGGCAGCAUUGUAACAUAGCUGUGUGAUCCAAAAAGUGAAUACAAAUACAAAAAGAUAAGGUCUGCACUCACUCCCAUCACUCCUGGGCAGCAGCAAUGACCACAGUACACAUCAGCCACCACACAUACAGUAAAAACCAAAGAAAAAGUUACCUGUUGCUGCUGCCCAGGAGUGAUGGGAGUUGAGCCAUCAAACAUGUCUUAAAGGAACUAGACUGGUGGAUCCACUCAAAGUUUCUACCUCAAGCCCUGCGCUUCAGACAAAAAACAAAACAAAAAAACCUGGCUUUAAAUUACUACAGAUGCAUGCUGAAUCAUUUGGGGUGCGCAAGUAGAUCUCUUCAUGCACCAGGGUUUCUGGAGUCACCAAGACCCAAAGCAAUCUUAAAAUUUCAGAGAAAUUAAUGCAGUAUACAAAGCAUUUCUAGCCUUUUAGGAUUACAUCAGAGAUGAUGCAGUAGGAAUUCAAUCAGUCAACCUUACCACAGUAACACAAUAUAAGGAGGCUCAAGAGUGAGAAGGUUGUCAGUUCUCUACUCUCUAAUUUUGAAAUGGGCAGCAGAGAAUUUUGACGACCUAUCUGCACCAUACAUCAGAGGUAUAGACAACAGAAUUUUAAACUAUCUAACCCAAUAACAAUGGAAGCAAAUAGAUUGGUUCUUAAGCAAAUAAAUAUUCAGAGAAAUUACUGCAAGAUUCAGGAACCCUUCAAUGGAUCUGAUUGCUACAAAAACAAACAAGAAAGCUCGGACUUUCGCUUCCAUGAACAGAAAAGACUACCCAUAUUUUUUCCCAUGGACUCUCAACCCCAUGGAAAUUUCGGCUGGCAUAUGUAUUUUUCCUGGUUUUUCUAGUUCCAAGAAUCUUGCAUAAGAACAGGAAGGACAAAAUGUCCACCAUUCCCUGAUGGCCCAGUUGGUAGUGGUUCUCAGAACUUGAGGCACGGUCAUAGAGCACACCAUGGGAACUUCCAAUUUCUGCUCAAAUACUGGAGAACAAAGGGAUAUCAGACAUUUGUAGGGAUGCCACAUAGUCUUCCUUCAACACUUUCAAUGGCCAUUACAGGCUAUACAUCUUUUCUUUGGCAGAAGCAUUUUUCGGGCAUAAGUUGUUGCAAGUUGUUGUUCCUUGAUCUGACCCACCAUGUUUGGAUUUUGCUAUAUCCAUAAUGUACUGCCACUCUAGGACAGGGAAAAACAGAAACUCUACUUAUCUUAAAUUCUUUUUACCUUAUAUAGCGGCAGUACACAAUUUUGUAAUAAAUCUGUACUUUGGCAUACAUUUCGGUCUAGUGUGGUUUUAAUUUUUGAAUUAACUUUUUUUUUUUAUAUAUAUAUAUAAUUCUUUAUUUUUGUUGUGCUUGACAUAUCAAAGAGUACUUAAUACACAUUGGGUAGUCUAGAAGUAAGCUGUCACAGCAUAGCAUGUCAAGUGUACAGAAAAAACAGCACAUUUUUUGUAUAAGAAAGAAACAUGACAAAUGACAAGAGGAAUACAGUGCAGAUUGAUAAGAUCAGUAGGGUAGUACGUAUGCAGGCUAUAUGCACUGGAAAUAAGCUUUAUGGGGUAGGCCGCGACUAGCUGUAUAGGCAGACAAGCUUAGAGUAAAGACCCCUCAGAGGCCCCCCAAUGAGAGCCUAACAAAAGAUAUGAGAAGCAAAUAAAUAAAAAAUAAGCACAAUAGCGGUUUCGUUGGCAAGAUGCAUUGCAAGGGUGUCCUGUCAGAAAGAGGUAGUCCCUGAUCCAGCCCUGGACUCAUAGACCCUCCACAGAAGUCCCUGCACGAGGCUCAGCGGCCCACUUGCGUGGUAAUGUUGGGGUGCUGUGUGGCAUUCAGGUAAGUCCCGUGUGGGUAACGGGGAUCCCCUUGAUGGUCCAGUGAUCCAGCAGGCUGUGCAUCUCGAGGUGAGUCUCGGUCUAUUUCUUUGUACCCUGAUGUGGCAGGAGCCUCUCUCCUCACGGUUAGCCUCAGUAUGCAGGCUCAUUGCGCUUGUCUGGCUCUUCGGAGCAGCAGGCCAUGAGCCCAUUUGGAUUUUUCAUUCACGUUGUGCAGGAUAUGGUUAUAAUUAUGGCUUGAAGGAGCACACGGCACUCGCCAUCUUGUGGUCGUGAGUGCCAGUUGCUUGUUCAACGGGGAAGCCGCGUGUCCAUUUGUUAAAUCUCAUCUGUUCGUGAUUUUCUUCAUUGCUUCCGCAUUCAGUGUGUUCCAAGCCUCGUUAUGAUCUUGAUGCAACAUGAGGAUCCUGCCCAUUCCGCUGAGAGCGCAUGUGCAACCCUUGUGUGUUUCCACCAUCGUUCUGUACAUUAAGAACAAACUUAGGAAUCUACUUUCUAACCAGUAUAUUUUAUGGUAAUUUUUUCACCUGUUUAUACUGGUGUUAACUUUAUCAGGUAUUGUUAAUUAUCUCUGGCAAGUGUAAUGCCUGGCUCUCUGGCACGGCUUAUAGAGGAUGCUACAAAGUCUGCUUUAAUGUUCUGUCUUAUUAGUGUACAAAGUAAUUGGAAUGAAAGAUUGGAUUACUUAGCACCAUUCUGAUUCAAAAACCUGAAGAGCUUAUGGUGCCAUUGAUCCACAACAUGGAAAAGCUAUGUUUUGAGACUCAGUGCAAUUCAGGUUUUUAACAGAGCCCUGUAAUAAGACACCUGUGAAUUGAAGGUGUGUUAUGACAUUUGGUAAAAAUUUGGUGCAAGGUGAAAAUAUCUUGCUGCAUAAGUAGUGAGAGUGGUUCCAAAACACCCUUUUAAUUGGUCAAAACGUGUUCAGUAUCCACAUCUAAGGCAUGCACGAUAUGCAGUAUCUGAGAGGUUUGUUUUUGUUUUGAAUGCCACGCAUGAUAUAAAUUGGAGCACACACGGUCAAUGGUUAAUGCUCAUAUUGCUUCAUCACUAGCAUGUAUUUAAAACACAAUAGUCAUCCAUUGAGGUGAACUAAAAUGAGUCAUAUUAAAGUGUCUCAAAGCACCACAACAACUCUAAUUUAUUAAUCAGCAUAUGUAGCCUAACAUGUAACGUUAGGAACACUAGUUUGUAUCCCGGCCUAUAGUGAUCCUUUAAACUUGUUAGUAAAUGGGAAAAUCCUGUUGGAGAACACAGCAUCUCUUUGUUACUAUUUUUAAUUUGGUUAAUUUACAAAGUACUCUUUAUUUUGUAGCACACUUCAACGUUGGCCAAAAAUGAUCAAACUUGGGUCAAAGUGUGUAUUAACCAGUAACCUUUUGACGAGUUGUUCAUGUUAAUUCCCACCCCUUUUCCUCAUGCCAUUACUGUAUUCUAAUGUGCUUCUAGAAGAAUGAUUUAUCUGUGGCAUUCUGUAAACAUCUUCAGGUCUUUUAUAAUAUUAUCUUGACUAGUAUGUGGGCUUUGUGUUACCUUGUUGUAACUUUACCUUAGUGGAUGGUCACUCGCCUUGUUUGAUAUUUGGUUACGGCUGAAGAAUACUUAAUGCAGUUUUGCUUGAUUGUAAUCAAAUCCCUGGUGCCCUCAUUGAAUUUUUAAACUGGAAUGGAAUGCGUGCAUUGCACAAAAUCUAUUUUAGUUCUCUUCUUAGCACUGGUAUCUUACCAGAUGCAUUUGUUCCGAUUCUUUUAAAAUCAAUGGUUUUUAAAUAUCCAGAUCCUAUAUUUUAAAUAGGAAGAAGUACUGUUAAAAAAAAAAAAAAAAAAUGAAUGUAUUCAAACAAAUUGUACAGAUUUGGUCAGGAGGACCAUGUUUUGAUUGCAUUUUGGCUUCAGUAAAUAUGAAAAUUGCCAAAUUGUUCAGAGUUGAACUAUUUUCACAGAAUUUUGUCUUGAGAAAUGUUUUUUAGUAAAACUAGAUACCGAUUUUAUUGACAUGCUGUCGUUCCCAGUAAGCUUACCAUAGCUUGCUAGAUGAAAAUAAUUAAAUCUGUUUAUUUGUCUAAUUGUUCUAAACUGGUUUAUGGAGAGACACCUUUUGGUGACAAUACCACUUUAAAUGAUAAAACUCCUUGAGUCAGGCAUUUCAGUGGAUUGAACGAUUUGACAUUGUGCUGAGAAUAUAUUUCAAAACGUUUAUGGAAGAAAAUUAGAUUUCCCAAUUAAAGAGAAUGAGAUAUUGCCCUGUGGUAAACGAUUGCCGGUGAAACUGUCUCUUUGCCGUUUCAGAGGGAUUGUUUUGUUCUAAAUUUGGCACAUUCUGAAUACUGUGAUUUAAAACCUAGGUGAAAAUGGGCCACCUUAAAAAAUAAAUGUAUUUUUUACUACAAAAAGCAUUCUGUGUUCUUCUAGUAAGAUAUUGGGUUGAAGUAUGAUACCUGUUUACUGGCCCUCUCCCUCAUUCCUUUUUUUUUAUAGUUUAUUUGCACACCUGAUAGAUAAUGUGUGUUUGUUUUAUUAACACUAUGCAGACAAGUUUGUCAAACUCUAGUGUUUAGUUCCAUCAAACUGGUUGCUGUUCUUCAAAUAUCGAAUAAAUAGAUUAGCAUGUUGAUAGAGGAGAAAUUCUGUACUUCAUAUGUAGUAUUCACAUUUAUGUUAGAAGCUAGUCAUAAUCAAGUUCCAUUUAAAGGGACACUGUAGUCACCUAAACAACUUUAGCUUAAUGAUGCAGUUUUAGUGUAUAGAUCAUGCCUCUCAGGUUUCACUGCUCAAUUCACUGCCAUUUAGGAGUUAAAUCACUUUGUUUCUGUUUAUGCAGCCAUUGCCACACCUGGUUUCACUUUCAAUCAGAUGUAAUUUACCUUAAACAAUUUGAUGUCUUGCUCUGUAAAUUGAACUUUAAUCAGGAGGCUCUUGCAGGGUCUAGCAAGCUAUUAACAUCGGAGGGGAUAAGAAACUCUAAAUUAAACAGAACUUGAAAUAAAGGCAGGAUAAAUAUUACAUGAUUCUUUACAGGAAGUGUUUAUGAAGGCUGUGCAAGUCACAUGCAGGGAGGUGUGACUAUGGUUCAUAAACAACAUGAUUUAACUCCUAAAUGGCAGUGAGACUACAUGAUCUAUACACCAAAACUGUUUCAUUAAGCCAAAGUUGUUUUGGUGACUUAAGUGUCUCUUUAAAGAGCAGAAUUGAGAGGGUUUGACUGCUUGGAAUGACAUUUGAAAAGACAGUGAAAUGUUAGAAAACUCUGGCCACGCCAAAAACACACCCUUCGCUCAUCUUUCUCUCACAAGCUGCAGCCACUGAAUGCACAAUGGAAUUAGCAGGAUGGCUGAGGUUUUUGUAAAUACCACCUGAAAUUUAAAACCUACUGCUAUGUUCCUUUUGUGUUCUCGCUUUAAACCAGAAGUACACGGGGAGGGACAGUAACGCAUAUGAUCUUGAUAGAUUAUUUUUUUUGAGUGGAUUCAAUCUCCUUCCCCUCAACUAUGCACUGAUGUGAGAAUUCAAAGUGAAUAUUUUUUUUUAUUUUUUAUUUUUUUUAAUUCUUUAUUUUUGUUUGUGCAUAGAAUGACAGUUAGGUCUGUUACGCCACAACAGCGAUAAGAGCCCGAUAUACAACAGCUGGCAUAGGAAAUACUGUGCACAAUUAUUAGUUUUUGCGGUUGGAUACAUGUUGGAACGAUAUGCAGUUAUGAUUAAGUUUGCUUAGAGGUUAAUAAGGUUACACUGUGUAGUCUAACAUUGGAACAGCUAAAAAUAAUUAUACAACAUUCUAAGAUUAAUGCAUAUUGUCUUUUAUACAUAACACAGCCGUAGUGGUGAGAGAUGUAUGCACUGUGUGUUUAUGGUGGGUUAUCGGAGGCUGGGUUGUAUUAGUGCAGGUAGGGUGGUGUGUUCUUCUGGGCGGGACUGUUAUAGGUUAUGUCUAUGUGUUUAGUUGUGUCUACCGUGUGAUUACAUUGCUUGGGGGUGCGUGCAGUGUCUGCUAGUUGGUAGGUUAAUAGGGACCUUCAUGGUCCUGUGCGCGAAAGUCAGCGCUCUCAAGAGGGGAGCCAGAUAGAGGCUAAAUGUCAGCUCCUGGUUACUGGGCGGGUAUGUUAGUUUGGGGUGCCUGUGUGGCGUCAGGAAUGCGAGGGGUUAGCUCGGCAUCUUCCCAGUGAUACCACCCAUAGUGGGUCCUAGUGUUAUCAGGUGAUGUGCAUAUGUCGGUGGGUAAAGGAGUGCGGCCAUCCGCAAAGCAGGGUGUUAGCUCACCCGGGAGCAGCUGUCCAAGGUGAGUUCAUUAUGUUAGGGUAGAGUCCCGGCAAGGUAAGUUAUAGUCCUGAUAUUUCAAUAUUGUCAGGUGGUGGCUGCUUCUUUAGGUACACCAGUGUGUCUUCUAGGGAUGAAUUCUGCAGCGCCGGCCAUGCUCCAAGUCGGUGGGUUCGCGUGCCUACCCUUUGUUGUCGGUAGGGCCGGUAAGUCUGGAGGGAGAUUCAGCUGUCUUAGUGUCGCCGGUGCCUCCUGCAUGCUGCGCACUGUGAGUGUGGUGUCGCCCUUGGUGACCAGUAGAGUAUGAGCCGGGCCCCAGCGGUACCUGAUGUGUUGUGCUCGCAGGAGGGAAGUUAUUUGUUGCAGGGACCUCCUCCAGGCCAAUGUUGCCCCCGAGAGAUCAGGGUAGAAGGUGAGAGCCAUAUCUUCAAAGUGGUAGGCUGGUUGAUCUCUGGUGGCUGCUAAGACUGCGGCUCUAUCCUUGUAGGUUUGGAACUGCAGGACGACAUCUCUCGAGCUGUGGCUAGGGCCCCAGUGGGCUUUGGAAUGCGAAAAAUUCCGUCUAUUGACACCGCUUUGGCAACUCUCUGGGUUAGUAGAGCCGUAAGGAGCCGCCUAGUAACGUGGGGUAGUUCAGCAUCAGGGAUAUUGUCGGUGAUGCCCCUAACCUUAAGGUGCUUUAGGCGGCGUUUGUCUUCAAGUGCGGCAAAUCGGAGGUCGUUCCGCCCAGCUAGCUGUUUCAACUCCUGAACCUCCUGUUGCAGCGUUUGUAUUUGGCCGGUUUGGGUGGUCAUGGUGUUUUCCACGGUCCCGAUCCGUCCGGUAAGACCCUGUAAUGUGUCUCUAAUCGAGGCGACAUCCGCCGCAAUCUUUUUGUGAUGUUCCGCCAUAAGAUCUCUAAUGGCUUCCAUGCUCACCGGCGUGGGAGCCAUAGCAGUCGGCAGGGGUUGCGUUGGGGGUUGCGUUCGAGCUGGUAAUGGCUGAAGCUCCCCUUCACCCUCAUCCGACGUCUCUUCAUAGAAAUCAGAGCACCCGCCAUGUAGGGACGCCAUAUUGGAGCCUGUGGCGCCUCGGGCUUGCCGCCAUAACUCAGCGAUAUCCAUGCCCCUUGUGGGUCUUUCGGGUUUUGAGUUUUUUGGUUUUUCGCCCCAUUGGGCUCGGCUGUGCGCUGGGCUCACCCUGGGGUGAGUGUGGCACAUGUUAAGGGGGUUAGAAGUGGGUUCUUCCUCGUGUCGCGGCCUGGAGCUCAGAGAGCAUGCGACCGUUCUCUUCAAUCGUUAAGCACAGCCCCUCUAUUGCCCAAAGUGAAUUUUUUAAAUUAAGGUCAGAGUAGCCAAACUGAAACCAUAGCUAGCUUAGAGAAUUUUUCCAGUGCAGCUAUUUUCACCUUGAACUUGAAAUUCACUCUCACUUAAAAUAACUCUGUGUGUGAAAAGUGUACUCUUUCUAGAAAAGUGCAAAUUGUGGGUUUUAGGCCUAAAUAAACUAUAGGAUUUGGUGAUUUAUUCCGACUGGCUUCUUUGACCCCUCCCCUCAGUUUAUGCUUAAAUUUUGCAAUUUGUUUUUCAAUUCCCAACAUUUCACGGUUUAGUAAAGUAAUUUCUCAGUUGAAUAAACCUGAAAUUGAGUUUCACAUUUGGACCAAAGUAACCAAACUGAAAACAAAGUAGUGUACUAUUAUUAUUUAUAUUUGCAUUGGAAUUUGGGAUAGUGCGCAAGUAACUUUUUAUUUUUAUUGCAUGUAUUGGGGCUGAUGUGUACUAUGGUCACUGCUGUCGCCCUGGAUUAGUGGGAGUUUAAAUGCAGGGCUUAAUUUUGUAUGUUUAAAAACAAAGUAGACUGAAAAAUGUUACCAAAUUGGCUGUGUUUAACAUACAAUUUUAAAUCUUUAUUCCCUACUAUUCUCUAUUUGGCAAGUAACUGACAGUUGCCCACUAUGGUAAACAAAGGGUUAAUGUUUAUACCUUGCUAUGAGCAGCUAAAGGUUACAUUUGAGUUUCUUGGUAGAUUUAUAUAAGGUACAGGUGUUCUGAGACAAGCUGAGUGCGGAUUGGCUUGGUCAGGGAUGAGGCAAGUGAUUGAAAUUAAAGGAUUGCAGUGCUGGAUGUUACAAACAAGCUCAAUUGUAGAUGCACUCCUCUGCAAGUGAGGACUUGAUAUUUCAGGAAGGUUUUAGAGCACAUUUAAUCUGUCCGACGUGAGGUUCUGAAGUAGCUGGGUUGUUGCGCAAGAUGGCUGUUUGUUCUGAACGGAACUAUUGUUAAAUCCAGACACAGGACUCCUAACUACAGUGCACAAUACAAUUGCCUGUUGUGGGCCAAAAUUGUAAAUACAAUUUUGGAAAUCAGGCUAUGUUUCCAGUUGUGUUCCUAUUGUUGUGAAUUCCCUACAGUUCCCCUUUCAGUGAGUACUUGGUAAUAAUACUGUGCCAGACAUGAAACUGGAGUGACUGCUAAUGUCUGGUACUCCUAGUUGGGCUCUGUACUCGGUAAUAAUACUGUGCCAGACAUAGAGCUGGAGUUACUGCUAAUGUCUGGUACUCCUAGCUGGGCUCUGUAAUUAUACUGUGCCAGACAUAGAGCUGGAGUCACUGCUAAUGUCUGGUACUCCCAGCUGAGCUCUGUACUCGGUAAUAAUACUGUGCCAGACUGCUAAUGUCUGGUACUCCUAUCUGGGCUCUGUACUCGAUAAUAAUACUGUGCCAGACAUAGAGCUGGAGUGACUGCUAAUGUCUGGUACUCCUAGCUGGGCUCUGUACUCGGUAAUAAUACUGUGCCAGACAUAGAGCUGGAGUCACUGCUAAUGUCUGGUACUCGGUAAUAAUACUGUGCCAGACAUGAAACUGGAGUGACUGCUAAUGUCUGGUACUCCUAGCUGGGCUCUGUAAUUAUACUGUGCCCGACAUAGAACUGGAGUGACUGCUAAUGUCUGGUACUCCCAGCUGGGCUCUGUACUCGAUAAUAAUACUGUGCCAGACAUAGAGCUGGAGUGACUGCUAAUGUCUGGUACUCCUAGCUGGGCUCUGUACUCGGUAAUAAUACUGUGCCAGACAUAGAGCUGGAGUCACUGCUAAUGUCUGGUACUCCCAGCUGAGCUCUGUACUCGGUAAUAAUACUGUGCCAGACAUGAAACUGGAGUGACUGCUAAUGUCUGGUACUCCUAGCUGGGCUCUGUAAUUAUACUGUGCCCGACAUAGAACUGGAGUGACUGCUAAUGUCUGGUACUCCCAGCUGGGCUCUGUACUCGGUAAUAAUACUGUGCCAGACAUGAAACUGGAGUGACUGCUAAUGUCUGGUACUCCUAGCUGGGCUCGGUAAUAAUACUGUGCCAGACUGCUGUCUGGUACUCCUAGCUGGGCUCUGUACUCGGUAAUAAUACUGUGCCAGACAUAGAGCUGGAGUGACUGCUAAUGUCUGGUACUCCCAGCUGGGCUCUGUAAUUAUACUGUGCCAGACAUAGAGCUGGAGUCACUGCUAAUGUCUGGUACUCCCAGCUGAGCUCUGUACUCGGUAAUAAUACUGUGCCAGACUGCUAAUGUCUGGUACUCCUAUCUGGGCUCUGUACUCGAUAAUAAUACUGUGCCAGACAUAGAGCUGGAGUGACUGCUAAUGUCUGGUACUCCUAGCUGGGCUCUGUACUCGGUAAUAAUACUGUGCCAGACUGCUGUCUGGUACUCCUAGCUGGGCUCUGUACUCGAUAAUAAUACUGUGCCAGACAUAGAGCUGGAGUGACUGCUAAUGUCUGGUACUCCCAGCUGGGCUCUGUAAUUAUACUGAGCCAGGCAUAGAGUUGGAGUGACUGCUAAUGUCUGGUACUCCUAGUUGGGCUCUGUACUCUGUAAUAAUACUGUGCCAGACUGCUGUCUGGUACUCUUAGCUGGGCUCUGUACUCGGUAAUAAUACUGUGCCAGACAUAGAGCUGGAGUGACUGCUAAUGUCUGGUACUCCUAGUUGGGCUCUGUACUCGGUAAUAAUACUGUGCCAGACUGCUAAUGUCUGGUACUCCUAGUUGGGCUCUGUACUCGGUAAUAAUACUGUGCCAGACAUAGAGCUGGAGUCACUGCUAAUGUCUGGUACUCCCAGCUGGGCUCUGUACUCAGUAAUAAUUCUGUGCCAGACAUAGAGCUGGAGUGACUGCUAAUGUCUGGUACUCCCAGCUGGGCUCUGUAAUUAUACUGUGCCCGACAUAGAACUGGAGUGACUGCUAAUGUCUGGUACUCCCAGCUGGGCUCUGUACUCGGUAAUAAUACUGUGCCAGACAUGAAACUGGAGUGACUGCUAAUGUCUGGUACUCCUAGCUGGGCUCUGUAAUUAUACUGUGCCAGACAUAGAGCUGGAGUCACUGCUAAUGUCUGGUACUCCCAGCUGAGCUCUGUACUCGGUAAUAAUACUGUGCCAGACUGCUAAUGUCUGGUACUCCUAUCUGGGCUCUGUACUCGAUAAUAAUACUGUGCCAGACAUAGAGCUGGAGUGACUGCUAAUGUCUGGUACUCCUAGCUGGGCUCUGUACUCGGUAAUAAUACUGUGCCAGACUGCUGUCUGGUACUCCUAGCUGGGCUCUGUACUCGGUAAUAAUACUGUGCCAGACAUAGAGCUGGAGUGACUGCUAAUGUCUGGUACUCCCAGCUGGGCUCUGUAAUUAUACUGAGCCAGGCAUAGAGCUGGAGUGACUGCUAAUGUCUGGUACUCCUAGCUGGGCUCUGUACUCGGUAAUAAUACUGUGCCAGACUGCUGUCUGGUACUCCUAGCUGGGCUCUGUACUCGGUAAUAAUACUGUGCCAGACAUAGAGCUGGAGUGACUGCUAAUGUCUGGUACUCCUAGCUGGGCUCUGUACUCGGUAAUAAUACUGUGCCAGACUGCUAAUGUCUGGUACUCCUAGUUGGGCUCUGUACUCGAUAAUAAUACUGUGCCAGACAUAGAGCUGGAGUCACUGCUAAUGUCUGGUACUCCCAGCUGGGCUCUGUACUCAGUAAUAAUUCUGUGCCAGACAUAGAGCUGGAGUGACUGCUAAUGUCUGGUACUCCCAGCUGGGCUCUGUAAUUAUACUGUGCCCGACAUAGAACUGGAGUGACUGCUAAUGUCUGGUACUCCCAGCUGGGCUCUGUACUCGGUAAUAAUACUGUGCCAGACAUGAAACUGGAGUGACUGCUAAUGUCUGGUACUCCUAGCUGGGCUCGGUAAUAAUACUGUGCCAGACUGCUGUCUGGUACUCCUAGCUGGGCUCUGUACUCGGUAAUAAUACUGUGCCAGACAUAGAGCUGGAGUGACUGCUAAUGUCUGGUACUCCCAGCUGGGCUCUGUAAUUAUACUGAGCCAGGCAUAGAGCUGGAGUGACUGCUAAUGUCUGGUACUCCUAGCUGGGCUCUGUACUCGGUAAUAAUACUGUGCCAGACUGCUGUCUGGUACUCUUAGCUGGGCUCUGUACUCGGUAAUAAUACUGUGCCAGACAUAGAGCUGGAGUGACUGCUAAUGUCUGGUACUCCUAGUUGGGCUCUGUACUCGGUAAUAAUACUGUGCCAGACUGCUAAUGUCUGGUACUCCUAGUUGGGCUCUGUACUCGGUAAUAAUACUGUGCCAGACAUAGAGCUGGAGUCACUGCUAAUGUCUGGUACUCCCAGCUGGGCUCUGUACUCAGUAAUAAUUCUGUGCCAGACAUAGAGCUGGAGUGACUGCUAAUGUCUGGUACUCCCAGCUGGGCUCUGUAAUUAUACUGUGCCCGACAUAGAACUGGAGUGACUGCUAAUGUCUGGUACUCCCAGCUGGGCUCUGUACUCGGUAAUAAUACUGUGCCAGACAUGAAACUGGAGUGACUGCUAAUGUCUGGUACUCCUAGCUGGGCUCGGUAAUAAUACUGUGCCAGACUGCUGUCUGGUACUCCUAGCUGGGCUCUGUACUCGGUAAUAAUACUGUGCCAGACAUAGAGCUGGAGUGACUGCUAAUGUCUGGUACUCCCAGCUGGGCUCUGUAAUUAUACUGUGCCAGACAUAGAGCUGGAGUCACUGCUAAUGUCUGGUACUCCCAGCUGAGCUCUGUACUCGGUAAUAAUACUGUGCCAGACUGCUAAUGUCUGGUACUCCUAUCUGGGCUCUGUACUCGAUAAUAAUACUGUGCCAGACAUAGAGCUGGAGUGACUGCUAAUGUCUGGUACUCCUAGCUGGGCUCUGUACUCGGUAAUAAUACUGUGCCAGACUGCUGUCUGGUACUCCUAGCUGGGCUCUGUACUCGGUAAUAAUACUGUGCCAGACAUAGAGCUGGAGUGACUGCUAAUGUCUGGUACUCCUAGUUGGGCUCUCAAUUAUACUGAGCCAGGCAUAGAGUUGGAGUGACUGCUAAUGUCUGGUACUCCUAGUUGGGCUCUGUACUCUGUAAUAAUACUGUGCCAGACUGCUGUCUGGUACUCUUAGCUGGGCUCUGUACUCGGUAAUAAUACUGUGCCAGACAUAGAGCUGGAGUGACUGCUAAUGUCUGGUACUCCUAGUUGGGCUCUGUACUCGGUAAUAAUACUGUGCCAGACUGCUAAUGUCUGGUACUCCUAGUUGGGCUCUGUACUCGGUAAUAAUACUGUGCCAGACAUAGAGCUGGAGUCACUGCUAAUGUCUGGUACUCCCAGCUGGGCUCUGUACUCAGUAAUAAUUCUGUGCCAGACAUAGAGCUGGAGUGACUGCUAAUGUCUGGUACUCCCAGCUGGGCUCUGUAAUUAUACUGUGCCCGACAUAGAACUGGAGUGACUGCUAAUGUCUGGUACUCCCAGCUGGGCUCUGUACUCGGUAAUAAUACUGUGCCAGACAUGAAACUGGAGUGACUGCUAAUGUCUGGUACUCCUAGCUGGGCUCUGUAAUUAUACUGUGCCAGACAUAGAGCUGGAGUCACUGCUAAUGUCUGGUACUCCCAGCUGAGCUCUGUACUCGGUAAUAAUACUGUGCCAGACUGCUAAUGUCUGGUACUCCUAUCUGGGCUCUGUACUCGAUAAUAAUACUGUGCCAGACAUAGAGCUGGAGUGACUGCUAAUGUCUGGUACUCCUAGCUGGGCUCUGUACUCGGUAAUAAUACUGUGCCAGACUGCUGUCUGGUACUCCUAGCUGGGCUCUGUACUCGGUAAUAAUACUGUGCCAGACAUAGAGCUGGAGUGACUGCUAAUGUCUGGUACUCCCAGCUGGGCUCUGUAAUUAUACUGAGCCAGGCAUAGAGUUGGAGUGACUGCUAAUGUCUGGUACUCCUAGUUGGGCUCUGUACUCUGUAAUAAUACUGUGCCAGACUGCUGUCUGGUACUCUUAGCUGGGCUCUGUACUCGGUAAUAAUACUGUGCCAGACAUAGAGCUGGAGUGACUGCUAAUGUCUGGUACUCCUAGUUGGGCUCUGUACUCGGUAAUAAUACUGUGCCAGACUGCUAAUGUCUGGUACUCCUAGUUGGGCUCUGUACUCGGUAAUAAUACUGUGCCAGACAUAGAGCUGGAGUCACUGCUAAUGUCUGGUACUCCCAGCUGGGCUCUGUACUCAGUAAUAAUUCUGUGCCAGACAUAGAGCUGGAGUGACUGCUAAUGUCUGGUACUCCCAGCUGGGCUCUGUAAUUAUACUGUGCCCGACAUAGAACUGGAGUGACUGCUAAUGUCUGGUACUCCCAGCUGGGCUCUGUACUCGGUAAUAAUACUGUGCCAGACAUGAAACUGGAGUGACUGCUAAUGUCUGGUACUCCUAGCUGGGCUCGGUAAUAAUACUGUGCCAGACUGCUGUCUGGUACUCCUAGCUGGGCUCUGUACUCGGUAAUAAUACUGUGCCAGACAUAGAGCUGGAGUGACUGCUAAUGUCUGGUACUCCCAGCUGGGCUCUGUAAUUAUACUGAGCCAGGCAUAGAGCUGGAGUGACUGCUAAUGUCUGGUACUCCCAGCUGGGCUCUGUAAUUAUACUGAGCCAGGCAUAGAGCUGGAGUGACUGCUAAUGUCUGGUACUCCUAGCUGGGCUCGGUAAUAAUACUGUGCCAGACUGCUGUCUGGUACUCCCAGCUGGGCUCUGUACUCGGUAAUAAUACUGUGCCAGACAGAGCUGGAGUGACUGCUAAUGUCUGGUACUCCCAGCGGGGCUCUGUAAUUAUACUGUGCCAGACAUAGAGCUGGAGUCACUGCUAAUGUCUGGUACUCCCAGCUGGGCUCUGUACUCGGUAAUAAUACUGUGCCAGACAUAGAGCUGGAGUCACUGCUAAUGUCUAAUACUCUGGGCUCUGGAUUCGCCUGCAGUUCCGGGUGUAGCUCCCUCCCAGCGGUCUGGGAUUGGCUGCCUGGCCGGAGUCACGGCGGAGGAGGCGGGGCCCGGGUAUCUAAGCCAGGGAAGCGGCACUAGGCUCCCGAACAGCCCUGCACAUCCCAGCUCUGCAACCCCGCUCCCCGCCUGCCCAGGGAUGAGAAAGCGAGCCGAGCCUGGGCCCCGGGAACAUGACGGCUUUGGUGCGGCUCCGCUGGACCGGGACUGCCGCCUGAAGCGCCUCAGGAUCGGGGGGAGCAAGGGGACCCAGGGCCAUUCUAACCAGGACUGCGACACCAAGGGCAUGAAGCGACUCAGCAGGUAGGUACCGGGGCAGGUGACCGCACACCUACACAACAUAGAUCGCUGUAUUUAUUAUUCUUUGUUAUGGAUUAUUUGUGGGAGAUGCAGGCUAUUAGGGUAAAUGGUAACAGUGCAACAAGGGAUAUAGAAUGGAGUGAUAGAAUUUGGAAUGUAGAGGUGAGGAUGCAAUAAGAAAUGCGUUUGGAAUACAGAGAUGGGGAUAUAGAAUGUCGGGAGGUACAGCAACAUAGGAAUUGUCUAAAUGGCAAAUCCAUAUAUUAUAAAUUUAGCUCAUUUACAAAUCUCUUGCUCUGUGGAAUCUAGUGUGUAUUAUUUGCUUGUGUGUGUGUGUAUAUGUGUAUGUAUGUGUGUAUAUAUAUAUAUUUUUUUUCAUUCUAAUUCUGCAGGGGGGGGGGGGUGUCUGUCUGUCUUAUUAAUCUCCUUCAGAGUACAUGUGUACUGCUAAUACUUUUUUUUUAUUUUUUGCAUUUCGUAACCUUGGCAUUCCAAGUGUCUGGAAACUAAUUUCCCAUCAUGUUCAUUGGACAUCAAAAGAAAUUUAAUCUUCUUUUACCCCCCUCCCCCCAUAUAAAAUCUAGGAUUUCACAUGUUCCAUUUCACCAUGAAUACUACUUUUUAUAGAUGAAAUUAACUAACUAUAAAUGACAAGUGAUGAUGAGUAGAAUCCUGAUGGUAACUAGUGUCUAUGUAAAAGAUAAUUGCUGGCUUUGCAUAUAUUUUGUGAAAGUUCUGUUAAGCAGUCUGUAAUACUCGUAUAUAGUUACUAUGCAAUAUGUUUUGGAGGAAAUAAAAAGCGACCUCGUGAAAUUGAUAAAAUGUCCUGACACACAUGAAUUGGACGGUUGUGCUUAUUAUGCAAUUGCUCUUGAACCUUUUAAACUAGAAGUAGCUUAAUAAACCACAUUUACACCACACAAGUAGAUAAUCCUAAUGCAAGCCUUACUGGGCAUCAUACAUUUGGAGUACUACUGUCAGAUGUGACUUGUAAAUACUUUGCUGUUGUAUGGAACUAGGGAUUUUUCAUGAGUAAACUGGGUAACCCAUUUUGCUUGUGCUUAUUUUUGGUUUAGUGUACUAUACAUCCUCAUUUCUCAAGUAUUACAUUUAACCCUUUUUGUAAGUGGUCUCACAAAAAACUGUUUUGUCACUCAAGCUGCCUCAGCAGUUUACUUUAGGAAAGCGAAAUGGACUGAGCCUGCUGAUUAGGAUUUACGAUGAAAAGAAUUCUGACACUAGCUAUUUCACUUUUUGGCAAGAAUUUCUGCCAAACGUCUGAACUGUAAGUUUACUUUUAAUUGUGUAGUUUUCAUCAGUUCUUUCGGUUUCUAUAGAGUUUAUUGCUGUAUGUAGGUAGUACCUUGAAAUACGAAAUUCUGCCCUUUAGGGUUCCACAAAUUUUGGCUUAUGUGGAAUCCAUAAACUUUCACGGUGACCCAGUUUUGGACAGUUUAACAGAUAAAAUGACUUUAUGGAGCCAAUUUGCAGAUUAGUCCUCUGCUUAUAAAUGGCUUUAUCUUGUGUUUAUUUUGCUGAGACAGAUUUAAUUUAGCUCAAAGCCAAAUCUUUAAAUUUGUUUACCAGCAGUACCAUUUGUUGAACUAGUAUAAAAAUCUGUCUAAAAGUUAGGCUGUGUGGAAGCCAUCUCGCAAUAUUUUUUAGUUUUUACUGCCGCCUUAUCCAACAAUGCCAUUGUGAAUCAUUAACCUUUUGAUCAGUGGUGCAAAUGCCUAAAAUGUGUAAAUGUACAUAUAUUUUUAUACAUGUUUGAGAUUGGUUUGGCAUUUUGAAAGCUGGCAAACAAGAAAUCUAAAUUGCAGGUCAUGGGUACUAUUUGAGUGGCACUGCUGGUUUCUGAUAGAAAGGUAAUUUUUAAUUUCUUUAUCAUUUUCAGCUGUCAGUAGUUUAAUCAUUAAUUUCCCUUACCUUAUCUGAUUUAAUGACUGUGUAAUUAAUAAUUCUUACUGCAUUAUUUACUAAAGUGAGUUUCAAAUAAGAGAGAACCAGCAAAAAUAGCAGACUUGGAUGAAUUUUCUAGUUUAGAUAUUUUGCCAUUUAAUGGCAUGUCAUGCCCCAAACUACAUGUGCUCAAUCCAAUGAGCAUAAGAUUUUAUCUAUACAUUAUGCUGACAGUUUUUCUCUCAGGUGUCAAUCACUCCAUUCCAACACUGGCAACAAUGGGUUUACUAAUGGUAUAUUGUGAUUUGUGUGUGUGUGUGUGUGUGUGUGUGUAUAUAUAUAUAUGUGUGUAUAUAUGUAUAUAUAUAUAUGUGUAUAUAUGUAUAUAUGUGUGUGUAUGUAUGUAUAUAUGUGUAUAUAUAUAUAUAUAUAUAUAUAUAUAUAUAUAUAUAUAUAUAUAUAUAUAUAUAUAUGUAUUGUGUAUAAUUUCCUUGCACUCACGCUUUAAUUGUUCCCAACGCCGGGUACAUACGCCAGAGCUCCAAUAGACACAAAUGGCAAAAAGUGGCUGCUCACCGGACUUUUUUUAUUGAUUUUUUUUAUUUUUUUUAUUUUUUCUCUAUCUCUUGCCAACUUCAUUGACCAGAUUUGCUCUGCUUGGGUUUGCGGAGGACCGCCAGGAGGUGGGUGUUAAGUUUACAUUGAAUACACUGGUGUGUGUGUGUGUGUGUGUGUGUGUGUGUGGUGGUUUUUCUUUUUUUUUUUCUCUCUUUAACCCCUUAAGGACACAUGAUGUGUGAAAUGUCAUGAUUCCCUUUUAUUCCAGAAGUUUGGUCCUUAAGAGGUUAAAGUUGAAAUUCACUUUGAAUUCUCACUUUAGUGAAUAAAAUGGUUGGUGUCUGUACACGUGUAUACAUUACCAGUAUGACACUUUGUCAAUAUAUGUGAUCAUUCUUGUAGGAGCACUUCAUGCAGGAGCCCCCCCCUCCCUUUCCCCUUUAGUUAAUUGUAGGGAUACAUAAAAUAUCUUCAAACAAUUAGACUGAGAUAUCUGAACUUCUCUUGCCUGCUGCAGCAUCCAUGGGGAUCAGAGAUCUCAACCAAUCUGAGUCCUCCCAGGGGAUAGAUAGGUCAGCAGUCCCAAGGAGUUCCAUUGAUGAAAAGGCUUAUAGCAGCAGUUUGUGUAAAUUGCUGUAUCUAUAAAUAACAGAAUGACAGAAGGCAGGAGAGCUCCUUAUACUGUACGCUGCGCAAAGAGCACACAUUGUUAUGGAGAUUCUAAUAUCUAACAAUGUUGCAUACGGUAUAAAUGCUACAAAUACUAAUAGAUUUGUAAUAAAUGCUCUGUAUAUUUGUGUGUCUCUUCUGUAUAAAGCUUUUUUUAAACUUUUUUUUUGAAACAUAUACCCUCAUAGUUCCAGGGCUCCAUCAAAUGGGAAAUUUAUUUUCAGUGUACCUCCACUCCCCAAAACCUUCCUUGCAUAUGUUUAGAAAGAAUCAGCCGCUGGAGAGCAGGGGGAUUCUACAAGCUGUCUCUGGUAUUGCAGCAUGCAGAGACAGCCAGAAUCCAACUUACACUGGGGAUGAAUCCAGCAGUUCCAGUUUCCCAUUUACCUCUCCCUGCCGACAGGUGAACAGCAGGGGGAGGGAAAUGGAAAUCUGUUUCAAGUGUUUGUUUGAUAAGUUAUGCAGUUUAGAUAUACCAACACUGCAAAAAAAACGCAUAAUUAAAUGCAUUUGUGUUUUCAUUGGGGGUAUAUCUACUAAACAUUGCCAUUUUGUAUUUGGGCAGGGGAGUGUCUCUUUAAAUCUGACGGAUCUUAUGCUGUAGUGUUGUUGACACCUUGCAAUAUCAUACUCUGUAGUGCAAGAUAUAACACUGUGCACUAAAGAAUUUGAUAAUAUGGACUGUCCACUUGAUAUAACAGGCAGAUCGUAUAAGAUACAUGUGCACUAUUUUUAUUUUUUUUCAUUUAAAAAAAUAAAUAAAAAUCGACUGGGAUUUUUGUGGUCCCUUCAUGACACACUUCAGAAUAGAAAUAGCUGCAAAUGAAAAUGGUACCAGUAUUUGCAUCAAAGAUAGAACAAACAGAGGCUGUAAUUGUAAAGUUUGGCAUGGUUCCAGCAGCAGUAACAGUAGCUCCGCUGAACAGGCUUAUUCGCAGGUAGACGACAUAGCCUUUUGUUUAAAACGGCAAUUUCUUUGUAUACAUAAUUCACUUUCUGUUGUGCUUUGUGCAAGUUCUCUGUUGGGUAUCUGAGCAUUGCAGAGACUGUAGCUCUGCAGGACUUUCUUUGCAGUAGAAGGUGAGUAUGCUGCACUGUAUUCUGGUUUGGUUUUAUUUCAGUGUUACUCAUUAGUUAACCGUCAUUUUUGUCUAAAGAUAUUCAUUAGUCUGGGUGUCAUGUACCUGUCGGUUUAACCAUGCAGCGUAAAACAUUGCUGUUUUGCAGGAAAGGCAAUGUUUAUAUUGCAAGCUUUAAAUGCUUUCAGUGGACUAACUGCCCCUAGAGGCGCUUCCUUUAAAAAAAUGUAUGAUGCUCAUGCACACUAGCUUCCCAAUGCUUUCCAAUUGGUUAAAAUCUUCUCUCUUGAUGAUCUCAGCCAUAAGGGCAGGAUGGCAGUGUGGAGACUGGCACUGCGAGGGAGAAUAGGUAAGUAAACUAGCUCCCUUUUGCACAAGGUGGGGGCUGGGAACAUAAACUCCUAACAAGGCACUUUAGCAUUAGUAUUCCUAACACUAUAGUGUUCCUUUAAGAUGCAUAAUAACUGUUCUGUCUAUUGAUAGAUUUUAUGGUUUUCUUGUGUGAAAAUGAAACCAUGUUUGCUAUGCAAGGAUAAAAAAUAACAGCGAAAGCACCUGCAAAAGGGGUUGAUGGAAAGCACUCUGCUGAACAAGCAGAAAAUAAUUGCACUGUUGAAAUCACCAAAUGUUGUUCACAAACUAAUUUGAAAUUCGACACACAUCCACAUGAUGAGCGCUACAUAAACUAACCUAGCUUGGAUGACUGAGGUUAUGCAUUUGACAGGUGUGUAGCUUUUACCCACUGUGCGGCAUCGCAAUGUGCAAUUUCCAUCCAAUGUUGCUAUUUAUUAUAACAAAAAAAAAAUUAAAAAAAAUGUUUUCUCUCUUCUGCUAUUGAAAGGUAUUAACAUUAUUUGCAGAACCCCAUAGAGGAGGUGUCGCAAACUGGAGCAGACUUUUUCUUUAUUCGUUCUCUUUUUUUUGAAGCCAUUAUGUGUUCAGACAUAAAUCAUGAUGCUAAUCUACAUAUCAAAUGAAAGGGUUACAAGUGUUUUUAUUAGAAGAAUUCUUACUGGCAUGCCUCCCUUUCCAACAAAAAUAAAAGGAGGAAAAGAAAGCCUUGCCAACAGGCCAGUUUCUUCCUGCAACCUAAUCCUUUUUGUCUAAAGGCAGAGGGAUGCCCCACAGGAUGGUUGAGGGUAGACCUUGGGCAGCAGGGAGGGGGUAUGCUGUUGGUGAUGGUUUGAAGAAACCCCAAUUAAGUCAAGUCACUCAAAAGCUAUUUGACUCAGUAAUAAGUAAUAUAACUCUCAGGUUAUCAUAACCACAACAGGGUUCUAAUGGUUGAGUUGACUGCCGUUUUUGAAGCACCAGAUUUGCUCCUAUAUGAUAUAAAUGUGUCCAAAGCAUCUGACAGCCUCCCUGCAUUGCAUAUAAUCCCAAUGAAGUUGCAAAUGACUAUGAAGUCAUUUGAGACAAGUGACUAUGAAGAAUAAUGGAAGGUAUUUCUUAACAUAAACUUAGAUCAAGGCAAAGGACAUCCUGGUAAAUGUUAUGGGCUGUGUGUUUUAAGUAGCUGUGGACAAGAUCUUCAGAUGGAAAUAUGUAAGACUAUGCUAUAGUGGUUAUGGUGCUUGGAGUAUUCCAUUAAGUCAUAAAUUUUGUGUGGCAUUAUGAAAGUAACCCCAUACUAAAGCAUAAACAAAAAUAUUUUAGUCAGCAUGCAUCUCACAAAAAGCCGUACAAGCAGAAAACAUUUGGAAACGAUCAAAUGACAGGUGCAGGAAUACUGGAACCCAGCAUCUCAAAUUAUAGACUCAGUCUGGGUGGAAAAUAGUAAUUACAGUUGGGUACAUUUUAGACGCAUGAGUUUUUUUUUUUUUUUCUUUGUAUUGGGGUCAUUCCAUGUCAGGUAUGCAUACGCAGGCUGCCUUCCUAUUUAUUUUAUUUUCUGUAAGUUGAGUAGUGCUUUCUAACAGUCCAAAAUGAAACCAAAUUGUUGGUAACAGUGCUUUACUAAAUUUUUACGGUAUAAAAUUGUGAAAUAUAUUGUGGUUUAUUUAGUCUGAUUUACGAAGGCUAAUCAAAUAAGAUAUUUAAAUAUACCAAAAAAAAGCAAUGUGCUUCCACCAAACAUGAUAAGCUGUAUUGAUUUUUUUUUUUUUUUUUUUAAGGAAAAUUAAGAUUCUGGCCAAUCCAAAAAUGCCCUCAAACAUUAAUUUAAAAUGAACUUGUAAAAAAGGUUAAUUUGUUUAUCACGGUGAUGAUCUAUUAAGUGCAAAAAAAUUCAAUUUUUAACCGUCCUGUCUAGUGCUGCCAUGUCAUCUGCAGUGUGGAUGUUACGCUUUUAUAACAUCCACCCUGGCUGUCCUUUCAUUUGCAUUGCUUAUGGACACAUAAUGAAACAGUGCACAUCUCCUCCUUGACACUGACACUGCCAGCAUGCUGGUGUCUUAAUGGAGUGACGUGUUCUUAUAGUUCCUAGCCCAGCGCUAGAACCGUUGGCAACCACAAUGCAGGCGUUGCUUUGUGUGGAAGGCUAGAGGGGACUGUAUGUGUGUGGUUGUUUUUUUUCUUCUUCUCUCCCAAUCACUCAGUACUUUGCAUCAGGAGUGCAGACCUUAUUAUUGAUUGACAAGAUCCUCCCACCACCCCUGUGUGUAGAUUUGCUCGUAAUUCUGUUAGCACAAUAUAUAGGUAGAAUUUAAUGCUCUUGUGAAUACCAUGACCGGUACAGGCUUAUUGCUGCCUUGAAGAAAGCAACUGCAUAUAUCUGUAGGAGGAAAAGAAGCACUGGGGUGAAAGAAAACAUUGUUAUAGAUUAGGAGUUGUCCUACCCAACAAUGUGGACUACUGGCUGUAGGCAGCACCCAUUUACUUUCCAUUUCAUUAGAACACUUUUUGCUGCAGUGCAAUCAGUACAGUGGGUCACAUGAUUUUCAUGAUGGAGAGCAUAACUGAAGUUUAAUAAAAAUGGAAUGUAGAUAUUUGAAUAUGUUAAAUAUUUUACCACUGAUAUGGAACUGUUAGUAAGCAGUGAGAAUCAUUACCUGCUGGUCAGUCAGUAUUUUGUCAAUCUUUGUUUAAUUCUGCUUUUUCUGUACAUAGAGAGCUCUCCUGUUUCUUUUAAAAGUGAAAACCAUGUGGUUGUAGUUGUCACAAAUAACCGGUUAUGUUGCUUUGUUCGAGGAAUGAAUAUAAUUUUGAAUAUUCUAUGUUUAUUGACACACUCAUGCUUCCUAAAUGUAAUAUCACCCAACUUUUUUUUUUUUUUUAUAUAAACCCCCCCGUAACCCUAAUCUAUACUCUACAUAAUUGCUCAGAAAGUAUGCAUUUCAUUAGUGGAUAUAAGACCAGGCCUCACAUUUUGUCAGUAGCUGUAAGCAACCCGUGCAGCACAUACAGAUUGUGUAUAUUAUCAAUUGUUGCUGAUUGAAAGAUUACUUCUAUUACCUUUUUGAAUCUAAAACACAAUACAACUUUCAUGCUUGUUUUUAUUAAAGGAUCACUAUAGUGUCAGGAGAACAAACCUGUUUUCCUGACACUGUCAUCCUUGGGGGACCCUUACCCUUAGGGUCCCCCUCCAAUGGCGCUGAAGGGGUUAAAACCCCUCCAAUGGUGCUGAAGGGGUUGAAACCCCCUUCAGCUUACCUUAAUACAGUGUCUGGCUCCCUCGGCGCUGUUGACCUCUCCUGUCCCGCCGACGUCAGCUCGAAAGUGGAGCGCAAUGCGAAUGCGCGGCAAGAGCCCCACACAUAUUAUAACAGUCCAUUGGAAAGCAUUUCUCAGUGCUUUCCUAUGGACGUUCUGCACGCUGGAUGCGAAUUUCGCAUCCAGCCUCUAGCGGCUGUCAGGAAGACGGCCACUAGAGGUUGGAUUAACCCUGCUAUGUAAACAUAGCAGUUUCUCUGAAACUACUAUGUUAACAUCUGAAGGGUUAAAACCUGAGGGACCUGGCACCCAGACCACUUCAUUGAGCUGAAGUGGUCUGGGUGACUAUAGUGUCCCUUUAAAUUGUUAGUCACCGUAACCCCAUAUCCUAAAUGAGUGUUUCAUGAAGAUAAAAUCUUUAUAAAAUACAUUGACCGUGUUGGAAUAUCACUGAAGUUACUACCCAGUCAAUAGAUAUACUAAGACAAAGUAGAGACUGCUUUCAUAGUAUUUUUCUUAUGCUUGACAAAAGGCGCAGUCCCUUCUUGUCACGGUAAAGGGCAAAAGGUUUCUGGCUGUGGAGGGUCUCAUGCGAUCAUCGAUAGCGGUCUGUGUGUAUGACACUGACAAUGGCUACUGGCAGCUGGAGUGCCUGGAGCUGUAGAAAAUGGGGAAGAAGAAGAUGGCUGUAGCCAUGAGGUUCAGGCAUUACCUGCCUUCUGCCACCACACUGCCAGUGAAGCAGUCCCCAUCUGGGCUCUUUGCAAAUUAAGUAAAGACCAGUUACAGACCCUUCAACUCACCCAGUCCAUUUAAUCUUAAUGGGGAUAAUUGCCUGUUUUUCGUAAGUAUUUUUUAUUUUAGAAACUCCAGUGUCAUUGUUUACAUUGCAGGAUUCAAUCCACCUCUUCCUGACAGCUGAUAAAGGCACUUCCGUAAAACUCUAAUCUGGGGGGGGAGGGAGAGCACCAGGGAAGGCACGGGGAAGAGGGGGUCUGCGUCGCCGUGCUCCUAGUACUCCUACUACAUUUUACUCGGCUCUGCUCCCGGGCCCCUGAUGAGCCCGCGCCGGAAGGCCCCUCCUCCAGGUGGCUCACAGACGGGUGCAACGCUACUGUAUUCCGUGGAGUUCGGCUGUGAGGGACUCUAUCGCAAAAAUGUCAUCCACUUUGUCCAUCCAUUGUGAUACGGUAGGGAUGUCCGUCGAUUUUCAUCUGGCGGGCAUUAAGCUUUUGGCAGCAUUGAGGAAGUGAGAGAUUUCUUGUAGCGCGUCAGUGGCAUCUGUGUGUGUGGUUGAGUAGCACGGGUACAGGUUCCGGGGGAUGUCCGCGUCCAGUAUUUCUGUUUGUCAUGGAUCUGUUGCCAGUAGCUUGCUAUCUGGGGGCACGUCCACCAUAUGUACAGGUCCGUUCCCUCUGCGGCUUCGUUGCACCAGCACGUUCCAUUGGGUAUCAGCCCCAUAGCGUGCAGUUUGGUUGGGGUCCUAUACCAGCAAGUCAAGAUUUUAUAGUUAAGUUCUUGCAUUUUGGUGUUGAGUAUCCCUUGGUGAGAGAGGACGUGUAUCUUCUUCCAUUGCUGGUCCGUAAGAGUGACUCCCGUAGCCUGUUCUCUGUUGGAGUGGAAGUGUGCUGGGGUCCCUUGGUCGGACGCGAUGAGCAUUGGGUAAAGUAUCGAGAUUCCACGGGUCAAGUGUUCUCCGCUGGAGCAGUGUGUCCUCAUACUGAGUGAGGUCUUUGUAUAUGAGCUGUCUCUCUUGUAGUGCUGUAUUCGGUGAUAUCGGAACUUUAGGAAACCGGUUUAGCAUGUCUGCAUAUGACUUUAGCUAGUUAUUUGUGCACCACGCUGAGCUUCUCUCCCACUGAAACCCUCAAUAUCUUGCUGCGUUAGUCCGCCCGCUAGGUCGGGGUUGUGUACCACUGGAGUCAGGGGCGUCGGGUUGGUCGUGAGUUGUAGUUUGUAUCGUAUUAUCGACCAUGCUCUAAGUGUUGCCCUGAUUAAAUGGGUGGUCCCUUAGGUCUCGGUCCCGCAUCGGGUUCUGCGUCCACGUUACCAACGGGAUGCGUCUGCCAGUCCACGUCCGCUCCAUGUGCACCCAUUGUUUUUCCGUGUCCGGUACGUGCCAGACUAUAUAAUCCACAGGAGAUGGGUGGCUUGGUAGUAUCCCUGCAUAGAUGGCAAGCCCGUCCCUCCAAGGUGCUUCGGGAGGAUGAGCUGUGUCUUUUUUACUCUUGGGCCCGCUGACCACACGAACUUCAGUAUCGCUGAGCUCAGGGAUCUGAAGGCGGCCUGUGGGAUCGUGAUCCAGGUGGAUUGGAACAAGUACAACAGGCAUGGUAUCUUCCAAACCAUGAUACGCAGAGGCUACCCCAUCAUAGCAUAUCCGCGGAGCAUUUGAAAAAUGGGGAGGAAGUUCUCCUGGUAUUGCCGGGUCAGGUCUUUAGUUAGCCAAAUCCCAAGGUACUUCAAUUGCUGUGGGCACCACUGGAAGGGGAAAUGUGUUUGCAGUUGUUCCACCGUCCCGGUGGUAGGGAUUGGGGGAGGGCCUCCGACUUGUUUGCGUUGUUUCAAAUUUGAGAGCUUCCCAUACUUGUCGAAGGCUGAGAGUAGGUUGGGCAGUGAGGCCAGUGGGUUCCCCACCUAAGAAAAGGAAAUGUGCAUAUGCCGCCACUUUAUGUUCCCCCGUCCCGUCUGACCACCCUGAGAAUUGGUUCCAGAGAGAGGGCAAACAUGAGGGGGGACCGUGGGCACCCUUGGCGCUCCCUCUUUUUUUUUUUUUUUUUAUCAUCUCAAACGCUGGGGAUAUGACUCUUUUGAUACGGAGCUGAGCUCUCGGGGUCUCGUACAGGGCUGCGAUCCACUGAAGUAUAUUGGGUCCGAUUCCCAUCGCCCGCAGCAUAGCUUGUAGGAACUGCCAAUCCACUUGAUCGAACGCCUUCUCGGCGUCGGAGAGGAGAAGGCCUCCCUGCGCAGAAUUCUGUUGUAGUUGCAUGAUGUUGAGAGCCCUGACGGUAUUAUCCUUAGCUUCCCUUCCCGGGAUGAAACCAGUUUGGUCCGGAAGGAUCAGUGUUGGGACCAAUCUGUCUAUACGGGUCGCCAGAUCUUCGUAAACCGUUUAAGGUCGGCAUUAAGCAGAGAUAUAGGCCUGUAGCUGGUGCAUGCAGUAGGAUCUUUGCUUUCUUUUGGUAUUACCGCUAUGGUUGCCAGGAGAGUGUCCUCUGGGAACUGACCGCUUUUCAGAAGCGAGUUCAAGCCCUGCAGUAGUUCCGGCAACAGUAAUCGAUUCGGCUUUGUAUCAAAGGAUGGAAUAAAUUAAUGGGAUUAAUAGUCAUACAGAUCAAGUCCAGAGGGGCUCCCAGUGACUUUAGUAUUUGUGGAAGAUAUUCAUCAAAUAAGUGUUAAAUGGCAUACUAGAAUAUGUUCAUGGUUAGUGUCUUGUAAGGGCAUUUAGUAAUGAUCUUUCCAAUGGUAUUGUAAUAACACUGUUUGCAUCAGAGCAAGUUGAACAGAAUGGUGACAGUAAGGUUAACAUUAGGUUGGUUGCACAUUCUUAGUUUAGUGACCCAUUCUUCCAUUGUAAUCUAGUCUAUAAUAAAGUAAAAUCUGCAAAAUACCUUCAGUAUUCUCUUCCCGUUGUGAAAUGGAUAUCCAUUACAAAUAGCAAGCCAGCAGCACUGCAGGGAAUAAUUUGAGAGCAAUUGUUGGAGUUUUGAGGCAUAUGAUAUCCCUGUUCAAAUCACUGGGGACCCACUGAAAUUUUGGUAUUGCAUUGCUGAAUCAAAAUGUAUGUUUAGGAUGUCUUUUUCAUCAGUCCAGAUGGUUGAUUUUUAUUUUGUGUGUCAUUAAAACUUACAUUAGAAGCGAAGGUCCCCCUCAUAACUAAUGGGUCACAUUCAAUAUUGCUACAAGUCUCUAAACAGGGAAUUUUUUUUGUCAAAAGCAGACAGUCCUUCCAAUAUUUUUGCAGGCUUUAUUUGCAAACCUAAUUCUUCGUACAUCUGAUUUAUUAUCCCAACUGAAUGUAUCCUCUACCCUAUGUUUGCUCUGAAAAAAUAAACACAAAUAUACUCAGAAGGGCAAUCUGUCUAUCUUUUGAUUGUGUGGGAGGGGAGGGGGUGUAUUUGUCAGUUUUCAAAGUUGUUUGUCAAAAGACAAGUCCUGCUGUGGCAUGACAUAUGUAUUGCUGUGGGUGCCCAGACCCGCAGUUACUAUCGACCCAGGCUUCGCAUCACCACAGGCCUCGCUCUUGGUUAUAAAAUGAUCUGAAGGAGAAAGCUGUUAUGAGGGCACAGCGAUUUGUUUAUAACCUUAGGAUGUAGUGCUUUGUUAGAAUAGCCUUAUCUCGUUCUUGUAAUGCCCUUAGCCUGCUGUGAGGACAACUUUACCACAUGCUUUGCUAUCAGCUCCUGUUAACUGUAGACCUGUAAGCACAAAAAAAAAAUCUGUAUAUGCUGCUUAACUCCUAACAAAUGUAUUCUUUAUUGCCGUAAAUCUAACAUACAAUUGAAUUGUACUGUGUAGUUAAGAGAUGAAAAUAAUGUAAAUAUAAACCCAUACCCUGUCAACUGUAUGCAAGCUAAGGCUAAGUAAAAAAAACUGGGAGAAGCGUUGAUGCAAGAAACCCCUCUCUCUGGGUUCAUCCAGGCCCCUGAGACUCCCAUUCUGCAUGUUGUGUUCUAGAGGAAGGAAGGAAAAGGGGGAAGAGGAGCUGACAAUUAUUCUAGAGAUGUUUUAAGAUCUCCCUUAUUUGUGUGUAAAUUGUCAUCCUCCCCUUAAAAAACCCAAAACCUACAGUUUGUACACCCCUGCAGAAUUAAAUUUGUUUAUUUUUGUGCUUGAAGUCUUGAGUAAUUCAUUAGAGGUGUGUGUGUGUGUGUGUGUGUGUGUGUAUACAUAUAUACACACACUCAUUUAUUUUUAUUUUUCUUUGUGUGACACAUGUCAUUUGGUGCUCACUUCACCCAUACACACUUUCAAAUCGUAGACUGGGCACCCCAAUAACCCUUACUAAAUCUGUUACUUAAUACUGUUGGCUUUUACUGCAAUAAAAUACCCCCAUUUGUGUGCUGUGAUGAUCCCCCAAAUACAACAGUUUUAUGGUGGUUUUUGAAAGUUACAGGGACAAAUGUAGGUAGGACUAGCCCAUUUUAGUUUGUACAUAUUGAUAUUUGCCGGACCCUUCUUGCCUUUUGAGACUGUAUGGCUGCCCAGGAAUGAGAAUUGCUCCCAUCGUACCACACAAUUUGCAAAAAAAGUCAGCCCAGUGUAUUCAAAAUUGGGUAUGGAAAUUUAACAAAUCGAUUUUCUGGGCCUAUGUCUCCUUUGAGAGUGUAUUGCGUCACUUUUGUAAGAGAUGGAGGAGUUAGCAUUGCGCUUACUGGUUUUCAUAAUGACUUCUCUGCUCUCGGUACUUUAGACCACAAAUCAGAAUAUGACCCUUUUAUACAUAACCCCAGUUUUACUAUAGUUUUUUGGCAGUGAGCCUUAGUUGGCCUACAUACAGCACGGGGCAUGUUUACUCUCUGCAUUACUGCUGUUUAGAAAAAUAUUAUUUCAAUUGCCCUUUAAAAAAAAAAAAAAAAAAAAAAAGGAAAGUGUGAAACGCGCUGUUAAUGUCUAGUUGAGCAGAGUGUAUAAGGUUAGCUGUGUUUUUACUCGGACUAAGGUGCUGGAACGUUUAAUACAGCUGCUAGUGGGACAUGGAGGGUUCUUAAGACUGACUUCUGACCAUUUCAUAUCAGAAGACCAACGCGUAUAUGUGCCACUUUCUUCAGGGCAGUAUAAUUUCUUUUUUCGCUUACAGCUACUGGCUUAUGUGUAAUUAGAUCACCAGUGCAACUCAGAAAUAAGUGUUAUCGUUUGGAUUGUUUUAUAUUCAAUCAGGUGAUUUGGGAUUAUGCUUUGCAUGAUCUAGUGCCGAGCUUAUUUGCAGUGAGCCCCUUCAGGCAUAGGCAACCUUCGGCUCUCCAGAUGUUUUGGACUACGCCUCCCAUGAUGCUUUGCCAGCAUUGUGGGUGUAAGCAUUAUGGGGGAUGUAGUCCACAACAUCUGGAGUGCCGAAGGUUGCCUAUCCCUGUGCACUAGUAUCUGUUUACAGGAUUAUUAGCUGAUUAAUAAUGCUGAUUAUAUGUGCUGUAUAGAUAAUUGUAAGGUUUUGUCCUGUUACUUACAUAUUUUGUAUAGUCAAGACUUUACAACAGCCACAACUGGCUGAAAUAUUUGUUAGCGUCUGCUUGAUUUUCAAACUAAAAGCCUGCACUUUUGUACACUUUGAGUGCUUGGAUCCUCCAUCUAAGGGCUGGCCACAAAUUGUCCACGGGCCAGUGGGAUUUUAUGCGGCCCACCUGUGGAUUGUGACUUCAACUUAUGCCACAAAGCCAUAUGCCCUGUGGGUUGCGAAAAAAUAAUUGUACACAUACAAGGUGGCAGGGCCGAUGACCUGGGGGUGUGUGGACCGCCCAAUGUGCUGUGUACAUAGACAGGGGUUUCGGGACUAGGCCCUGCCCCCUCGGGUAGAUCCUGCCUCCUCUCUUUAGGCAUGAGAGAGGCAGUGCCUAGUGUUAAACCCACUGCCUAUGUUCACACCACACAGGGCGGUCUGCACCCUCCAGCACAUCAGGUCUGCUGCACAUUGUUGAAAAGCACUUUGCCCCCCCGCCUUGCAUGCUUGCCCACGAUAGCUUGUGAAUCCACUUACAGAAAGGGAAACAAUUUUGGCAUUGCAUUCCAGCACAUAAACCCACACCUAUUUAAGCAGACUUAAUAACUACUCACUUACAGUUGGCUAUUAGAGUGCAGGCUUGGGCCAUUAUCUCCAAAGUGACAGUAACUCUUUACUAAAUAGAUUUUAUCUUGUAUGGCUGCCACGCCUAUACAAGCAGACUUUAUAAGUAAAGUAAUUUACAGGUAUUAGGUAAGGGCAGUGAUGGCUAACCUUGACACCAUAAAUUGUUUCUGGACUACAUUUCCUUUGAUGCUCAGCUAGCUUUUAGACUCUAAAAGUUAGCUGAGCAUCAUGGGAAAGUAUUCCAGUAACAAUUUAUGGUGUCAAGGUUAGCCAUCAAAAUACAGAUCUUCAUUCACCUAUAAAUUCCUUGCAAAUUUACUGUGAUUACAACAAAAAAUAUUGAAAUUAAUAAAGCAACUUUAGUAAACUAAGCAGAACUACUGCAGAGCUCUCAUUAAAAUCAACAGUUGGCAUUUGUAAGACCGUUAAACGGAAUGACGUCAUAAUAAGGUAUUGUAUGUAAUUAUUAUUUAUAAAGCGCCAACGAAUUCCGCAGCGCUGUACAAUAGGUGGACUAACAGACAAGUUGAACACAGAGGGAUUGUUGAGGGCCCUGCUCAAUGAGCUUACAUGCUAGAGGGAGUGGGGUAUAGUGACACAAAGGGUAGGGUAGGGUAGGGAAGAAGGUUGAUAGGAUUCAUUGAGGGCUUAGUGUUUUGUUCUGAGGAAUCCAGUUGCAGGGAGGGAUAUGCUUUCCUGAAGAAAAAGGUUUUCAAAGAUUUUUCUUUUUUAAGGAGUGGAGACUGGGUGACAGUCUUAGAGAGGGGAAGGGCGUUCCAUAUGAUUGGUGCAGCCCUAGAGAACCCUUUAAGGUGGACAUCAGAGGUGGGAGUACAGAGGUUAGACGUAGGUCUCCGGCAGAGUGUAGGGGCCUAGACUGGACAUAUUUGUGUAUUAGGGAGGAUAGAUCAGAGCAGCAUUGUGUAGAGAUUUCUAAGCAAGUAUCAGGAUCUUAAAUUGAGUCAUAUCUUACAGGAAGCCAAUGUAGGGACUGACCGAGGGGGGCAGCAUGGGAGGUGCGGGCGGACAGGAAGACGAGCCUCUCCACCGCGUUCAUUAUAGACUGUAACGGGGCAAGUUGAGAACACGUAAGACCACUGAGAAGCGAAUUACAGUAGUCAAGGCAAGACACGACAGCGGCAUGGACAAGCAUCCUGGCUGUAUCAGGCGUUAAAUAGGGGCGGAUGCGCGCUAUCUUUUUGAGAUAGAAGUGGCAGGAUUUGGCGAUUGGAUAUAAGGCAUGAAGGAGAGGUUGGAGACAAAGCUAACUUUGCAUGCGGCCCUCGGAUUACCGAUUGUUGGACAGCCCUGCUUUAUCUAAUUAUUCAGUUAUCUUGUAGUUCUUAACGCUUUGCACUUUUUAUUUUUCCUCUUUAAGUUAUAAUCUGUACCAGAUUCAAUCCUCUGUUAUUUUAAGUGUACUAGAUAUUUUAGAUGGAUAAAAUCUUUUCUUGAUCAAACAUGGCAGCAUCUACUUUACCCAGAAAUCCCAAACUAAUUUCAGGGAGGUUACUUCACUAGCUACUGGUGCGUGCCCCCUUCCGCCGCUGCCAAUAACCAUAUAUGAUCAAGAACAUUGUUUUAUUUUGACCUGGACACAUUCUGAACUGACUUUUGAAAGUCCCUAAAUCCUGGACUGGUAGAGGGGGUCCUUGAGGACUGGAUUGAGAACCCCUGGGUUAGGAGAGGGCUUUCAAAGGCAGCAGACAAGAGAAAUGCAGGUUUUGUAAGCGAUUUUUACAUUGGGGUACAGAUGGAAGCCUAUGGUUUAAACAAUUUAGGCUGUCAGUUGUUCAAAUCCCCAUUUGCUGCUGAAACACAGGCCUGCAGCAGUUCAUCUGUCUCCAUGGUUGUUUAGUGUGUUUAACCCCUAAGUACAUUAGUAAUUUAGAAUAAAGACUAGUAUAAGUACCUGGGUUAGGUUCUGUCAGUUCCUCCUUCUAGAAGGUGCUAGAACACAUUUAGGAAGUCUUUGGUGAGAAUUUAGGUACGUUUUAUAUAUCCAAUGAAGCAUUUUACAAAAGAGUGCUGGUAAUGGAUAUCCUGGUUGUAUAAAGUCUGCCUGAAUACCACAGUCCUGAAGGCAGCAAAGAGGCCAAUACCCACGGAAAGAGGUUUGCCUGGGUGACUGAUUAAAGUACACACUUAAAUAACAUGCGUUAAAAAGUCCACGCAGACUCUCCCUAUCAAGCAGGGCUUGACAAAUUUGGAAGCAGCUAAAAAUGUUAGGAGCCAGAUAUUUUUACGAACAAAACUUUUAAUUUUCAGCGACCAAAAUAAAAUUCUUAAAGGAAUACUAUAGGCACCAUAACCACUACAGCUUAAUGUAGUGCUUCUGGUGUCUACAUUAAAAAGCCUGCAAGGACUGGCUAUAAACACUGCCAACAUUGCUGGCAAAUCACACCUCUAGUAACAGUCACUAGGUGAUUCCUAGUCCAGUGCUGCACAGUGUGUAGCAAUGACGUUUGGCAUCUGCACGCACUGAAUGUUCCCCAUAGAGAUGCAUUGAUUCAAUGCAUCUCUAUGGGUAGAUGCUGAAUAGUGCAUGUGCAAUAGCUUAGCAUUGCUUUCCUAUAGGCUAAGGUCAUCAAGAUUGACUCUUAGCCAUGGAGGUGGGGCCAGCCAUGGCGAGACCGGCAAGGGGUGGGAAAAAAUUGGUUAAAAAUCAGAGGGAGAAGGACACACUCAAAAAUGUAUCAUUUAAAAAAAUGUGUAUUUUAAUAGAAAUCCACCCAGCCUCCCUACAUUUUGGGAGAGCUGGAGUGGAUUGACUUUCUUUGGGGUCCAGUAGGGCUGCUGUAAUCUCCAUCUCACGCGGUGUUGCGUGAUGGCAGGGCCGGAGUGACCUCAUAUUCUGGCUCCCGGCAUGACCGCGUUCUCCCUCACUGCCUUAACUGACCAGCUCACAAAUCCUAGGCGUCAGGAGAAAACUCCUAGUCUGAGGUUUGUCGAGUCCUGCUAUGAAAGUAUUGAUUUUGUUACCUGUGCCUUUUAGCACAUACACAGGAUUCUUUUUUUCUCUUUCAAUGUAAUAGUAAAAAUAAUCAGUGGAUUUACUUAAUUGAAAUUCUGAAAAGAAUAGUUGAUUGCAGCCCUUCCAGGCUCUGUAUUAUCUUGAGGUAUAGCCUGUGUGUUGGCAGAUUUAGUAUUAAAUGGAACAGUGGUCUUGUAUCUUAUGCCAAGUCUCCUUUUUAUCCUUGUCUCUUAUUUAUUUUAGCACAUUAUGUGUCUGCAGAUACCAUUAUAGGUCCUUUUUAAACUGUUUCAUUAAAACUGAUUUGUGAAAAAUGGGAAACACUACCAAUUUGUGUUGUCGCUAUUGCCAAUUAUAAUAAUUUUGAGAAAUUGACAGUGGUUUACCUUUUUUUUUUUUUUUUAAACUUCCGUAGAAUUAGCCGCUAACCGGCUCACCGCUUCCAUACUGAUAUUGAAAUACUCAAAUUGCUUGGAGAGAAACUUGCAAAAUGCAGAUAUUUCAGAUGGCUCUGUGUAUUGUGCAAAUUUUUAUUAUGGGUUUCACACUACCUACAGUAAUACCCAAUUUGCAAUAAAACUCUAUUAUAUAAUGUGUUAGAGUUUGAGUCCAAAUGCAUGUCUGUUUUGCCUCUUCACUCCUGUAUGCUGCAUCUGAAAUAUGGUAAACAGUACAAAUUGUGGUGUUCAUUCCUCCUAAUGGUUUUACACUAGGAAUAUAUACUAAAGGUUGCAAGGUUUUGCUAGUAUAGUCUCUUUCCUACUUUCCUUCUUUCCUUCUUGGACAAUAACUACUACAGUCAGCUGUCCUGGUUCCCUCAAGGGGAAAUCGCCAAACCAUUUGAGAACAGUUUUAUAACAUACUUUGGGUCCACUGGGCACCUCCUUGUGUACUUCUGGAAGCUCCUGCACUUUUAUGACACGGCCUUCUGGCCUGAUGGGAGGUGCCACCUGGCAGUCCACUGGUAAUUUCUCAGACCUCUCUCAAACGCUUUUGACUACUUACACUGGGAGAACUGCUGUUCCCUCCUUGCACCUUAACCUCUAAAGGAGACAUAGUGGUUAUGGUGCUUGGAGUGUUCCUUUAAUAUAAUCUGAUUUAGUCCAAUAUGUGGCCUUUUUUUUUCAUUAACCUUCUUUUUAUAGUAAACCAUGUCAUUAUGUACAACAAUUUCCAACAGACCCAGCAGAAGAUAAUGUUUAAAGAUCAUUUUUUCCAUGAAGGCUGUAUGAGUCCAAGCCAGAUGAAGUUUGGAUCAGGCAGCAUAGCAGUGAUACUGCAGGGGCAUGAUCUAUACACCCAAACUGCUUUAUGAAGCUAAUGUUUGUGGGUUUAUUUUAUUUUUUUGGUGCCUUUAGUAUCCCUUUAAUGGUUUAUUUAUGUAGAUGCCCUCCGUUUAAAACUUGAACUGCAUGGGAGCAGACUGUUUAUGUGUGUCCCAAAGUAGAAAUACUGUUUUUAAUGGCAUAGUUGUUUUCAGGGCACUCUUCUACUGCCUCAUGACAUUCUGAUUCUCGGUGCCAGGAGGUAGUGUUAUUGUGUCAUUUCCUCCUGGAACACUGCAGGAAUAAACCACUCAGGAGCACAGGUAGCAUUGAAACUUUCUCUGUUACUGCAGUAUGCAGAGAGAGCCCACAAUUUGCUAGACACGAGGAACAAAUUGCUGCAGACACCAGAAUCUCUGCGACUCCUGACUUAGCUUAGAUACUUGGGGGAGGUGACUAUAUAUAAAGCGUGCAUGGCUUCUUGGAGUUUAUUUCUGUUGUUCCCAAACUUCUUAAAAAUGUGCGAUAACAAAUGGUAACCAUUCUGUAAGGUGGUAAUAGUAAAAAAAUAAUUUUUAUUUAAUUCCGACUGGUGUUUUGACCAGACCUGUGCAAGCUUAUUCUUGUCUUACAGACCAGCUCUACAUGUUGUGGACAGAAUAUUAGCUAAAGUAAAAUACCUAUUUACUCUGCAUAACAAUCAGUAUUUUUCAGUGACUACUCAAAAUGGCCGCUGGGAGUCAUCCCCUCCCAUUGUGUAACCAAGAUGGAGCUGGAAUCGGGGGGAGAAUUUCAUGAUAACAGUAACAUGCACACCCAGUAGGAUGUGCAUUGAAUAAACCACCUAACAUCUGACCAAUUAUUGUUGUAUUUUUCUGUUAUCUGUAAUUAUGCAUGUGAUGUAUUUGUGCUUUAUAAGGGGCUCCCCGCCCCCUGAUUAAACAUUCCUGAGUAUUUCAUCAACCAGGAAACAUGUGUCUGGUGUGAUUUACUAUGGAAAGCAUGCAUGCACCAUAACCAAUUUGAAAAGGGGCAGAUACACAAAAAUGAUCAAACACUUGAUUUGAUCCUUAGCUACAGUAAAGGAUUUUCAUUGCAACACUGGUUCAUAUAAAAGAAACAUCUAACUCUGAUAUACAAUGGUUACUGAAAUCAGUCUACCUCGUUGAAAUUUUUACACCGAAAACUCUAUGAAUCUAUUUCAGUUGAGAUCACUGUAUGCAGCAGAUAUUGCAGCCUUUUCAAAGCACGGCCGUUUUGAUUUCUAAACGGUUAUUUGUGCAUCCAAACUCCAGCAUAUCUGUUAACAAAAGGAAGGUCUCUGGGGUGCAUUGAAUACUUAUUUUUAUGCCGUAUAUUUUUAGUUACAGGUUAAUGCAUUCUCUGCAAUGAAGAGAUCCACUGUGUUCUGGAAUAGCACUGCAGCUACUAAGGCAUGAGAUCAAGUCAGCAUUGUGUUUUUCCAGUUCUCCAUAAGCAUUUGUAAACCUGUAUUUAAAUUGCAAUGUUUUUGACAUAUUCAUGUGAAGCAACUUUCAGAAAACUUAGGUCAUGCUGCUGUAUGUAAAACUAAAAUACAAAAUAAGUGUGUGUUUGUUUUUUUUUUUGUUUUUUUAAAACCUGCCUUUUGAUCCAAGGGUAAGCACGAAGUCUAUAGUGUAGGGAAAGUAACUGUGACAGAACAAGUGUUUACUAUUUGAUUCCAUGUCAAAGCUUGAAUUGCUUGUAAGGGUUUGAAACUGAUUUUGUAUUGCAUGAAUACACUCGGGAAGCAUUCUCUGUGGUUGCCUUCACUCUAUAGCAGUUGAAGGUUUCUGUAAACGUUCAUGCUUGCAGUAGGAAAGAGGGUGGUAGAUAUACAGAAGGUGAAUAAAAUAUCCAAUGUUAUAAAAAAAAAAAAAAGUGACUCGGAUAAAUUGUCAUUCGUGUUUUGAAUAAAAUGAAGAGAUGUGAAUUAAUUUCCAUACCACCAUCUGUCACAUUUCUUUUGCUAUAAAGUGUUUCCUGAGCUACUUGGCGUUUUUAUUUAGUCCCUUACGGACUGGUGAGGGUAUCAUAUAGUAUCUGAGUUCUGGGUCCUGUUAUGAUCACAAAUACAGGUUGUUUUGAAAAGAUACAUUGGGGAAAAAAGAUUUAGGAAAAAAUGCUGGUUAUAUGUAAAUGAUCUUGGUACAAUUACUCAGACAUUUAAUGCUGCAAAGUUGUUAUCCAUCAAAUGUUUCAUUUUUAAUUUUUAUUUAUUUUAUUAUUUUUUAGGCGCUAUGGUUUGUGGUCCCGGUUACGAAUGUGCCUAAUCUUCUUGGUUGGAUUGUACAUAGCCAUUCCAUUUUUAGUAAAGAUCUGUCCUGCUAUCCAAACUCAGUUGGUCUUUUUAAAUUUAGGUAAGUGUUCUGAUUUCUUCCAAAUUUGUAAUCCUGUUGUCUCUUUCAGUGUAGAGCCAAGGUUGAUAUAGAACAAAUACCCAAAGGUAAUCUGCAAUACAAUAGUAACAGAGAAAAACAUCUUGUAAGUGUGCCUUUAUAUUAAAAAGUGUCAUUUUAUUAAGAUACUCUGCACUAUUAUUUUCUUUGUUUCCUUCUAUAUUUGCCAUGAUGUUCCACAAAUCCUGAAGUUUCUACAUCUUUCAGAUAUGCUUACAAUCAAUAUUGGUUUGUGAGUGUGACUUAUUAUCAAAUUAUUAACUCACAAUUGUUGUAACAUUAUUGCACUAUGGUUUUUCUGUUACUAUUGUAUUGUAGAUUACCUUUUUGGGUAUUUUUUUUUUCUAUAUUGCUUUGAAGACUGAGAGGAGUCCUUAUCUACAGUACAAGGGUAAUUGUUGUAAAUUUUUUACCUACUGCCCACUGAGUGUGUGUUUUAUUCACUAAUAGUUGUAUCUGUAUACAUUAUAUCUAGAGCCAAGGUUGGCAGACUUAAUUUGAACAAACCAUUGACUAACAUUGAUGGUAGUUGUCCAGUAGAAAGAAAAGAGACCAGUUUGCCUAAAUCUCCACAUAGCCAGUAAUGCGUUAUUUCAUGAACAAGCCAACUGCUCACAUGCAAAAAUGGUCAUCCUACUUGAGUGGUUUAGACAUCUUGUGGUAUGAAGAGGCUGUCAGACGUCCUAGCACUAUAACUGCUAUCUUCCAUAUAUAUCAUGCAUACAUUUAAAGGGGCAAAUAGCCUCUCCAUGUUAGAGUUUGUGUUAGUGCAGGUUUGACUCUCUGAAUGUUUUGGUUGCUAGUACCUGGAUAGCAGGAAAUCCCAGCUGCACAAAACAUUAAAGGGACACUAUAGUCAUCAUAACUUUAGCUUAAGGAUUCAAUUUUAGUGUAUAGAUUAUGUCCCUGCAGUCUCACUGCUCAAAUUUCUGCCAUUCAGACGUUAAAUCACUUGGCUCAUGCAGCCUUAGGCACACCUCCAUGCGUGCGGCUUGCACAGGAUUCCUAAACUCUUCACAUAAAGUAAUCUAAUGUUUAGACUUCCUUUUAUUGCAAAUUAUGUUUAGAAUUUAUCUCCUGCUCUGUAGCUUUCUAGACCCUUCAGGAGCUUCCUGUAUGUAAUUAAAGUUCAAUUUACAGAGCAGCAGACAAAACAAAUAAUUACUUAAGUUACAUCUGAUUGAAAAUGAAACCAUUUUGUUAUCAUGCAAGCUGUCAUUAAGAGCCAGGGGAAUUGUGGCUAGGGCUGCAUAACAAAAGUGAUUUAACGCCUAAAUAGCAUUGAAUUGUGCAAUGAAACUUCACAGGCAUGAUCUAUACACUAAAACUGCUUCAUUAAGCUAAAGUUGUUUUGAUGACUGUAGUGUCCCUUUAAAUAUAGACAAGGCGUUACCACUUUAGUCUCAUUUGCCAAGAAAUUAGUGAGGCUUUCCAUUUAAAGAACAUGAGAUUUUAAUUCGCCAUGGGAAAGUGUUUUGAAGUUUCCCAAGCUCCUGUUUUUUUGUUGUUUUUUUUUUGUUUGUUUUUUUUGCAAUGCUCAUAAACCUUUGCUGCAGAUGGCAGCUGAAUAGUCAAGCCUUCAUGGACCUUUAUACUAAACACUGUACAGAACAUGUGGAAGACCCAGUCUCAACUGCCCUUAAAGCAGAACCACUUAUAAACAAUAUAAAGCCACAAAAAAAAAGACAUCCUUCUGGAAAGUGCUAAAGAAAGAAGUGGUUAUUUAAAAUAAUUUUUGCACUUUACUAUGUAAUGCUGUGGCAUUUGGAAAAUGCUUUCGUAAUGUAACCUAGGGCAUGAACGUAUUACAAAUUGUUACGUCAAACUUUGUACACAAACAAACUUUUUUUUUUGCCACACAUCCCCUUCUAAAAAAAAAAAAUGCACAAUACCUGGUUUAUUAGAAGCUCCAGGGAUUAUGAAGAUAUUUUGAUCAAGCUAUUUGUCUGACUUUCUCAACCUUUUUGUAGGCAAAUUUGUAAAAAUCAUAUGAUAUUGCUUAUCUUUGCAUUCGUGGCUUGUGUAACUUAAUCAUGUGAUCUUUAGAUGUAUUAUAUUCAUCUAGAAACGGAUUUAAGGAAGAUAUGUCUGACUAUGAGACCGUGUCACAUGCUUACAAGGUAAAAGAGGGCUAAAAACAGAACUCACUCUGUGACUGAGCUCAGCAGAAGUUGUACUCCAUAAAACUUCAGACAGAGACUAAAUUUUACUUAGCUUUCCAGUUAAGCAGAUAAAACCAUACAAAAAUAAGUCCUGCAGACAAACUGCUAGUACUCCUGGGCGGCUGUAAUGACUAUCAACCCCAAUACAUACAAUAAAAACCAAAGAAAAGCGUCACUUGCUCACUAUCCCAAAUCCCUAUGUAAAUUUAAAUAACUGGAUGUUUUUAGUAGGCCACAAAUGGCAUUUUUUUUUUUUAAACCCCCCUCCCGAUUCUAAUACAUCUAAUAGCCCCACUGGUUGCCCCCAAAUGCCCCUAUACCCCCAUAUUACCUAUAUUUAAUGUUUAUUUUCUGCCCUGACCUAGGUCCUGGGCGCCACCAUCUUUGUGUGGGUAGAUGAAAUCCCUGCCCAAAUUAGAUAGCGCUGUGAAAUUCUCGCACAUGCAAAGUUCGGCAUUCGGACGGGAAUUUUGACCAAUUAUUCUUCAGAAAUACCGAAUGUCUGUUCAUUUGUUCGUUGGUUUAUUUUAAGGAGGGAGCUGCCAGCUUAAUAUGUAAAAAUAGAAGCGUCAGGGAGCUAUGCUCCCCGCCCCUUCCUAACCCUCCACAUGUCCUCCCUCACUCUAUAGGGGUUAAUAUGACCCCCCAUAAUAGCAUAAGGGAGAUUCAAAUCUUCUGAAUGCCCCUACUAGCUAUGCUGCGAGUAGGGGCAUGUCACCUAAACAGUGAGCAGCUGGUGGCUGCUCACUGUUGUGAACCCCCAUCUAUUAACUAGCCCCUCCCCACCUAUCAACUAGCAGAGGGUACAUAGUGUCCUCUCCGAACUGCCACCUAUGCACUGAAUGACAAUGACUGGGGGACCUAUUGUCCCCCGCCCCGGGCCCCAACCCAUGGGUGUCGGGUGGGGGCUCUACAUGAAAUUGGGGGGGGGCGACCUAUUGUGCCCACCCAUGGUCGGCAGGUGGGGGCCCUAAAUGGCAAUGGGGGGACCUAUUGUCCUAUUGACCUAUUGUCCUUCCCCCAGCCUCCACCCAUGAGCGGUGGGUAAGGGCUCUAAAUGGGGGUGGGGGGGGCGGGAAACCUGGGGAGGAUGACUAGGGGUUCCCAAGCCCCUUGUUUGCCCACCCUCCCCCAAAAAAUACAUUUCUACCUACCCCCACCCCCACCCUAAAAAUAGUGAGGGGUGACACAAUAAAACCAAGUCCCUGUAAAUAAAAAAUACUUACCAUUUUAAGUCUUCUCUCUUCAUCCCCAAAAAAGGCCAAAUUAUAAACCAUAAAGCCCGUCGAAUGUAUAAAAUAUAUAAGACCCGAGCGCCCAAAAAAAAAUACUCUAAAAAAAAAAAAAGAAAAUCCGUUAUUUGUUGGAUUCCUGACUAGGGGCUUGGGGACCUAUGUCUCACCCCAUUGUCACCAGUGAUAUAACUAGUAGGGGCAGGAUAAUAUUAAGUUAAGUAAUUAAAAUUAAUAAGUAAUUUUUACUUGGUAUUAGUAAACUAGCCUUUUGGUAGAUAGCUCCCUAAUACUGUGGAAAUUAGGGACCUAUUUACUAAACGGUUGUAAGAUGCAGCUGCAGCACGAAUAGGAUCGGAAUUUUUCAUUCAAAUGAAAUUCCGAUACGAACAAACUAGCGAAUGCCAUUCUAACACUAAUGAACAAACUGUUAAUUCUGUUAGGGCGGAAUUCGGUAUUUUUGCCAGCAUCCUAUCUGUAUGACCGGAUGCUGGGGACUAGUGAAAGGAAGCAUUGCGAGAUCAGGUGAAAAUUGUGGGGAAAUGUCUUUGACCGCGAGAAGUGGGUUAAAGCUGGUCAAGCGUAGGAAACCUCCAUAUGUUUUAAAAAAAAAAAAAAAACUAGAGCAGACAGAAAGAAAGGGGGGAAAAAAAAGAACAGAUCCUGGGAGAGAAGAGGAAUUGAUUAAAGAAAGGUAAAUUCAGCUUGACAGUGCUGCUAUGAGUGUAAACGCAGUUCCCUGAUAACCCAGAACACUCUGUUCCCUUUUCCUCACUUGGCAGUUUCUGCCUUUAAUUCUGACCUCCCUCUCCCAGGUGCUUUCAUCUCCCUCAUUUGCCCGUAAUGCUUAAUAGUAAAACCGUAAGAUGUGGUCUCUGAAAAGCCCAUGAGUGAUUGUCCUCAAAGGCUUUGCAUCACAGCUUUCUAUCUUUCAUUGAAGGGCACAUAAUAAAUCUUAUUUAUCUGAUGAAAAAUAGUUCACGCAGGUCCUAAAAUUUCCAGUCCCUUGCUACUACCCAAUCCUUUAAAAGUUACUUGUCACGGCAAGCCUGGAGAGUGUAUGUCACACUUACCAGAGCUAAAUUUUUCCUUGCCGGAGUUACAUAUUCAUUCACCAAUGGUUAGCGGCAAGAAGAAAUUUUAAAGAUUUGGUAUGUUUGUAUACUCCUCUUUUUUUUUUUUAUUUUUUUUUUUUACUUAUUGUGUACCGUCUACACCUUUCAUAGAUCUACAUGCACAGCUUCUUCUCUAUGCUAUAUGUUUUUUUUAUUUAUUUAUUUUUUUCAGUGCGGUUUCCCUAUUUUAUUGAUCUUAAGAGGCCUCAGGAUCAAGGUUUGAAUCAUACCUGUAACUUUUACCUGCAGCCAGAGGAGGAUGUAACUAUUGGUGUCUGGUAAGUGCUGUGUUGUAUUGAUCCUCCCUUAAAGGAACACUCCAGCUUUAAAACGAAAUACUUUUAUGUAUAACCUUUAGGUGUAAAAAAUAAAAUAAAAAGCUAAAUCCGUUACGAGUCUUUUUAAAGGAACACUUUAGUCCUUUACAUAGUUUCAAUGUUGCAAAAUAAUUGUUUUUCCUCACAGAUUAUAAACUUUUUAUUACAGAUAAAUAUAAAGCAAUGUUUGUUCUUUGUUUGCUUUGUGAAUUUCUUUCACAUAGAUGGUUGUUAUGGGGUAAGAGUCUCUCCCAGGCACCUCCAGUCAUGCCCCCUUCUGAUCCAUCUAAAAUUGAGGUUUCCCAUCUGCAAUACACUGUGCAUGUAAAGCAACGUUUAUUAUUAUAAUAGUUAGUACAUUUUCCUCCUGAAAGCUGUUUGACAAUGAGCUCCAAAACCAUAAUAAUGUGUACUUUAUGUACUGCUGCACAUGUGAAUAAUAGUUAAUUCAACAAAUGCCAUGCCAUAUAGCACGUUGAGCUAACAGAUGCAUUUUUAUUAGAACCCUCUGAACGCGGUUAUAUUGUGUGUUUUCUCUCCUAUAAGAUAAGCAGAAUGCACAUACAUUAGAAUGGUCUACCUUCCAUCCUGAAGCCCAGCUGUUGGCUCAUUGGGACAUAUGCUGCACUUUGUAUUUUAAGUUGUUAGAUUUAAAUCUUCUACAUCUAUUUAUUUAUGUGUAGAAGAUUUAAAUCUAAGUAUUUGGUGGAGUUUGUUUUUUCUGCUAUUAUCCUGUUGGCUGUAUGUAUCUGUUUGCAAUGGGUGUGUAUAUAUAGUCAUUUCAAAAUUUGGCAGAAGCUAGUAGUACUUGUUAUUCCUAGCCAAUUCUCCCAGUUCUUACGGUUUCCAACAGUAGCUUGCACCCAAAUCUCUAAUGAACAAUACACUUUUUUGUUUGUUUUUUUGGGGGGGGGUUUCUUUUUAAUAUGCUUUUUGUAUUUUUAGGCACACCCUUCCUGCAGUUUUAUGGAAAGAUGCUCAGGGAAAGGACCUGGCAUGGUAUGAAGACGUAAUGUCCACUAACUAUCCUGUAAUUCUCUAUCUACAUGGAAAUGCAGGCACCCGGUAAGAUUUCUUAGUAUGUGAGUGACUAAUGGGGGCUUAAGUAUUGUUCAGACUUUCGUUUUAGGCUGACACAAGUCCUUAAGACGUUGUGCCUUAUGCAUCACAUGAUCCUGAAAGACUGAAUAUUGCCAUCCAUAACAACAUGCAUAACAAAGACAGUCCUGGGGCAUAUCUCAAAAUAUAUGAUGUAGUUUUGUUAAAACAGUUUUUUUUUUGUUUGUCUGUUUGUUUUUUAAAUAAACAAGUCAGUUAGUGGUAUAAUCAUCAUUUUAAAUUUAAUGCCAAAACCUUUCCCCUCUCUCUGCAAAUCUACUCUUCCCUUAGUUCAUCUUCUCAUGUCACAACAAACUAUUCAGAUUAUUAUAUGAAUCUAAAUACAUGUAAGUUAAGUGUGUAUUUAUAGAAAAAAAAAAUUUUUGUUUUUUUUUUGUUUUGUUUUUCACUCCCCCUAGCAUGUGACAGAUCCUUAGUAAAUUAAUUUAGAAGUGCUCUAGGAGUCCCCUUUUGAAUUUGGUUUGCGGUUCUCAGACUGCUGUAUUUUGCGUGGCUUAUUCCUCCUAUACACCUUUUAAUGUUUUUGUAAGGAUUUCAGUUCUACACUUAUCUUGCUGUAUACUGUAGACAGGACAGGUGUAGCAGUACGUAGUCUCAUCUUUGGAAGUGUAGGAAGAAUCAUUGGGGAGAAGACCAACAUUGGCUGUUAAUUAUAGUUUAUGCAGGCUGAAGGAUCCUUUGAUAUUUGUAAAAUUUCAACAUUGUAAUUCUUCCUUCCUGUCCUCCCCCCUCUCCCCACCCCACAGAGGAGGUGAUCACAGAGUGCAGCUAUACAAGGUAUUUAUUAUGUUUCAUUUUGUUACAAAUGGUCAUCUUUCCACCUUUCCAAAUUAACUAUGUUCUUCUUGAAUAUAUAUCAUGUAGAAAACUAUCCUAGAUAUUUUAUUAAAAUCCUUUAUUAAACCACAUUUUAGUUAAAAAAAAAUAAAUUAAAAAAAAUCCAUUGUCCUAAUGUGUGUUUCUCUACCAUGAUAGAAGGAUAACUGUAUGCUGUCUUCAAAUAUAUGUCAAGAGGAAGUCGUUCCCAUUAUAUUAUUUCUUGGCCUAACUGCAAAGAGAUACCUCACUGCCCAAAUUAAAGAAACAAAUAUACUGUUUACUAGAUAUACACCCAGUGAAAACAGGCAUGAGUUAAUUAUUUUUUUAAUUAUUUUUUUUUUUUUUGUAUUGGGGUUUAUCUAAAAACAGUUUGCAAAAUUGGCAGAUCUCUUUUUUUUGAGCUUUAACAAGCAGUCUUCUAACCUAGCCCAGACUUUCUAUAGCUGUACAAUAAGGAAGUAAUAGGACCAGUUAUCGGACCGCUGGGUGUGUAACAAGGUUAAUUUGUUAAUGGUGCUAAUUUCUAUUGAAAUCUGCAUUUUGUAAAAUGAAGAGACCUAAUCUUCACAUAUUUGCUUUAGUGGUCUGGUGUGCCACUUUAUGUUGAUCUGUUCCAUCUGGAAUGGUGGAAUCUUCUCCUCUAAUAUCAGCUGUGUUUGAACUACAGUGGAACUCCCAUUCUCAGCAACUUCUUUGCAAAACCUGCCUAUUGCUGGAUCUUUAGCUGAUUUGAUUAGCUACUGUCAAAAUGGAGGAAUACUAUGAUAGAUAGAACAUCUUGUUGAUACUACCUAACAUGAAUUCACUAACUCUCAAUUCUUUGUCCACUUUGCAUUUUAGGUCCUCAGUUCAAUGGGUUUUCAUGUUAUUUCGUUUGACUACAGAGGUAAGCACUGAAUUAAGCAUUUACUCUCUACCCUCAUAACCUGAUUUCACUGGUUGUUGUUGGUUGCAUAUUCAGCAAUUGCUAGGUCAUGAAGAAUUAAAAUAGAUGUGUCUUGUGAUUGGGAUAUGAAUUGGUGGCAUAGGCGUGCGCAGCCUAUUGCAUUAGGGUGUGCACCCUAAAGCACAAGCACAUGCCGCAUAUACGUGUGUGUGUGUGUGUAUAUAUAUAUAUAUAUAUAUAUAUAUAUAUAUAUGUGUAUAUACACACAUAUAUACACACAUACACACACUGCUGUGUGUGUGUGUGCUGUGUGAGGGUGCUGUUAGUGUGAUGUGUGUGACGGUGCUGGUAGUGUGCUAUGUGGGUGAGGGUGUUUGUGUGUGCAUGCUUGUGAGGAUGCUGUUAAUGUACUGUGUGUGAGGGUGCUGUUUGUGUGUGUGCGCUUGUGAGGGUGCUGUUAAUGUACUGUGUGUGAGGAUGCUGUUUGUGUUUGAGGGUACUGGUAGUGUGAUGUGUGUGUUUGUUAGGGUCCUGUUUGUGAGGGUACUGUUAGUGUGCUGUGUGUGUGUGUUGGUGCUGUGUAUGUCUGUGGGUGCUGAAUGUGUGUCUGUGGGUGCUGAAUGUGUGUCUGUGGGUGCUGAAUGUGUGUCUGUGGGUGCUGAAUGUGUGUCUGUGGGUGCUGAAUGUGUGUCUGUGUGGGUGCUGAAUGUGUGUCUGUGUGGGUGCUGAAUGUGUGUCUGUGUGGGUGCUGAAUGUGUGUCUGUGUGGGUGCUGAAUGAGUGUCUGUGUGGGUGCUGAAUGAGUGUCUGUGUGGGUGCUGAGUGUCUGUGUGGGUGUCUGUGUGGGUGGGUGGGUGCUGUGUGUGUGUGUGAUUGUGGGGGUGGAGGUGGGGGUACAUUACUUGCUAUCCCCUCUCCCUUCUUACCUUUUGUAGGGAGGGGGGAUCGUGCUGCUGAUUCCAUCCCUGGUGGUCCAGUGGUCCUGUGGGGCUAGAGUUCACUCUCGCGAGAUUUGAGCGUUGCCGUGGCAACGCUCAUAUCUUGCGAAAGGAACCCGGCGGAGCUGCUGGCAAUAGCUCCGCCGGGUCCUCUCCUGCCUCCCUCCCUGCCUGUGGGUCAGUGGGGAGGGAGGCUGAGAGCAGAGCCGGCACUCGGAUAGCGCCGGCUCUGCAUGAGCCGACAGGGGAUAUCCUGAGAUCUCCCCUGCCGGUCUCAAUAUACAUAGGCGUGCCGCGGGAUUAGGGUGUGCCGAGGCACACCCCGUGCGCACGCCUAUGAUUAGUGGGCACAUUUUUUUGUGUAUAUUCUUUUUGGGAAUGCAUACUUAAAAACUCUGGGGGAAAACCUAUGAGCAUUACAUUAGAGGGUUGCGAUUCAACAUUUUCCUUAUUUUUGUUCUUAAAUCUGAUGGUAUAAAAAUGGUGGGCAGGAUUUUUUUACUUGGGGUGGGGGGGGCUGGGGAGGAGUUAAAGCAACACUAUAGUUUUAGGCAUUUGGAACAGCUAUAUUAAGCUAUGGUAGGUCUGUGGCUAGAGUGUCCCUUUAAUGAGGAGAGAGAUUCUAAAUACAGAGUUGAAGAAUAGGCUAUUUAAGUCAACUUGAAUGACAAAACUGUCUAGGUAAAUGACUGUACUUGACACUUUAGUGUGUUCUGUAUCACAUACUGAUUUAAAAAAAAAAAUGCAAGCUUAGAAAUGGUGAAGGCAGCAUUUGGGCCUGGAAUUGCUUUAUCAGAACAUAGUAUGCAUGAUGCAUGGCAUUUCCUGAAACAAGGCUACUGGCAAGACUUGAAGGAGUGUGUUGGCACCUAUCAUCUAGUGUAAAGUAAGAAAGCAAUCAUAGUUGGUCAUUUGUUAUGGCCCAAAAAUAUUCUGGAAUACUCCUAAUAUGGUUGAAAGUGGAGCUCCUAGAAUAAUCAUUUGUGUUUUUCCUAGGAAUAAGUCAGUAGUGGGAACAAUCCUUCUGUUGAAAUUGGGAAGCACUAGUUGAAUGUAACCAUGCCUAAAUACACACAAACUGCUCUGCCAGAUCAAAUUGAGCCUCCUUUAACGGAGUCAUUUUUGUCAUUAAAGUUUCCCCAAGUUGGAUAAGGACAGUGGUGGGCAUUGUCAGAUUGUUGCAGUGUCAUUGGAAAAAAAUAUAAGUAGGAAGUGGGGAGGCCAGCAAGUAAAUAUUUCAGAUAAGGGACAACUUGGCUAUGUGUGCUCAUUUCUGAGUGUGCCUUACCAGCUACUCGCAGAACAGUAAAGUCCUUAUCUCCAAAAUAGUCCCCUGGUCUGUUGCAGGCUCUUCUAACACAGUGAAAUGCUACAGCUUUUAAGCGUUUUUCAUUCGCCUGUCUCUCCCUGUGCCACUUGCCAUGAAGGGUAAGAAGCUUUGUUAGCAGCAUUAAACUAGAUGGACUUAAGGAGUUGUGAAAGGGGAGCAGGGGAGAUUAUUUACCUAGACUCUGUAUUUCUGAGCGAGUAGGGGCUUGGAGCAGCCUAUUAAAGUGCAAGUAAUGGGUUCAGAGACAUAGUAAUCAGUCUUCAUUCACUGGCUUGCAGUAGUCCCUCUUCCUGAGGUUCCUGUAAAAAUGGCUUAUUCUGGCCUCUUGGGUAAAUGUAAUUUUUAUUUGCAAAGAAUUGGAUAUGUUUUAACUUUGUGUACCUGGGGACCUUCAGGCACUGUAGAUUAUUCCUGGUUUCAAGGAUGUUUUCGAACAUUAUCUAAAAUAAUAUAUGUGUUCUCGCCUCCUGCUCGUCCUCAGUUGUUGGCUUGAAUUGGCAAGCAUAUUAUUUAAUUACAUUCUGCAAAUUGAAUGCCAGGAGACAAACAAAAAUGUUAUUUUAGUAUUGCAUUUUGGCUUACAUCCAACAUUUUUACUGUGUCUCUCUGCAUAGGCUCCCAGUGCCUUAUGGUUCCAUUUGGCAGUGAUCUGUAGUUUGACCUUGACUAAUAUGACUUCUCGUAAUGUAAAUAGAACUUGGUGAAUAAGAAAGGUAUAAAUACCUAAGGAGUGUCUUUAUGGUUUGUGUUGUUCCCCUCCUUAUGUGUGUGCUGGUGUCAAAAUAUCAGCAGACUUUGUUUCCCUGUGCUUCUUUUCAACAAUUAACGUAUUUUUUAAAAUUCAAUUAAUAACCAAGUACAACCGCUAAAAAGGGGGCAAACUGAACCCAUCUAUAAUGGGUAUAAGAGGGGAAAAAUGCAUCAUGUCUAAAAUAACAAAACAAUGUAUAGAGGAUGCCUCUAGUUCUACAACAUCUGGGGAUCUGCCUUCUGGACACCCCUGAGAUAGGUGAACUGUUAGUUUCUCUGUGGAGAGGCUGUACAGAUAUUACUGUGCAGAUAUUGUGAGGACGGUGCAGAAGGUCUUUCCAGUAUUUAAUUCACAUGGCUGUAAAAGAAGAUGCCCUUUUCUGAAAUGAAGAAUUAAAAUCCAAUGUAUGGUUACUCCACAAACGAGGAAUUUAGGGAAUUUCAAAAUUAGACCAAGUAGCCAAGGUGGAAAAAAUAGUUCACUAAAUUUCCAGUUUAUCACAUAGCCCAGUUUAUCGAUGGGUGGGCAGGCAAUGAUAUCCACUAAUGUUUAAUGACUAGCUUUCUACUGUGCAUGUGUAGCCAGCGUUGUCACAUGAUCUUGCAGUGUGCACGUUGGCACAUUGCGAUGUGUACUACUACAAAUUUCACGCGAAUGCCAGAAUCGCUUUAUCCGAAAUAGGAUAGGAAUCUUGCCUGCCAACAGAAUUUUAUGUUGAGCAUUUGAAAAGCUUGCAAUGGUGGGGUAAAUUUUAUGCUAAGUAGCAAUUAUUCCACACCAGCCACAUUGUAUACAUUGCAGACUAAAACAUUGUGUACAUAACUCCAUCUUUCUGCAGUCACAAACACUGGAGCUAGUCAUAAAGGAAUUUUUGUAAGAAAGAAAAUCUAAAAUCCUUCUAUCGUCUACUCUAGCUUGGUCAAUGCAGUUGGCUUUUAACCCAUAUAUUUAGCCAGCAUAUUGGCAGUAAGCAAUUUUGUAUGCAUAGUAUAAGAUAGAAACAAAAACUAUUUCCCUUUUUAAAAUUUCUUAUGUUCUCCUUCAUAACCCCUUGACCUAGUUAUUGUUCUGUAUCCCGUUUAUUGCAUGUGUGAGUGUUGAUCUUGCUAAUCGUUCUGCAUUGGAUGCUUUGCUGAAUCUGCAGUAUUGCUGGUGUAUGAAAGAGAUGAUCUCAGUGCAGUACUGAGUCACCCGAAAUGAAUAUUCCCUCCGUUCUCUGCAUGGCUUCCUCUAUGCUGAGAACAAUUGAGAGUUCUAAACCUGAAACGCAUGGUGCCUGAUGUGAGGUCCAUUUUUUCAACUGCACUAGUUUGCCAGAUUGAUUUAUUUGGUACAAGGAAAGGACAUAGUUCUGCUUUUAGCAUCUUGUGACACACAACACUCUGGCAAACAUAGUAUGGAUCAAUAGGUAUUGUUUGUGCUUUGAUGUGCUUUGUAAAGUCGAUAAUGAAAAGUGCAGGCUGUAAAGACUGAGGAAUUUUGGUCUUUAUUACACUGAGCAUUUGUUUUAAAAACAAAAAAAACAUGGUAUCAUUUAUGAGUACAUUUAUAAUGUCUCACGUUUUGAAAACUUAAAGGGUAACUCCAACCACCAUGACCACUUAAGUGAUUUAAAGUGAUCAUGGUAGUCAGAAUAAGUAUGUGGAGUGCUUCAGCUUUACAUACAGAGAAACCUGCCAUUGUGUACAGGGGCUAGUUAAACUGCUGGCACACAUGACUUAGCCAGCACAGAACUCUUUCACAAUGCUUAAUGCCAGUUCUUUGCAUAAAAUAUUUUUGUCAUCAGCACACAGCAUGCUGGCAAUGACCCUUGCAGUCAUUGUCUGAAAGGAGAAGAUUCUAUCUACCCUCCCUACCUUCCAAUAAAAUGGCUUGUUUAAUAAAAAAAAAAAAAAAAUUCCCCACAGUCGCUUUCUGCACUCUCACCCUUGGUGGCUCGGAUUGUGCGCAUGCACUCUGAGCCAGCAAAACAGUCCAAUCACAGGCUUCUCAAUGUGACUUUUCAAAACACAAAGCUACAGAUUCCUAGAUAAGGGGUUAUUCUUUAAGAUAAGCUGUAAUCUGGUAGACAAUUGCUUUUCUUAAUCACUUACCAGAUGUGCUCAGUAAGUAAAUAUCGUGGUCUUUUCAAGUUGCAACAUUAAUAUAGUUAAUAUAUUUCUUUAUUUCCUAUGCCAGCAGAACAUUUUGGCUGUUUUUGUUGAAAAUCCCUAAAGAGUGCAGUACUUUGUCUAAUCACAAUAUGACAAACAUUUCUUUACAGCAGCUCCCUCUAACCUGAACCAACACUACAGCUACUAGUAAAACUCAAAAUAUUUAUAAUUCUUUUAUUUUCGGUUCUAUGGGACUUUUUUUGUGCUUUUUGUUUUUUUUAUUUAUAUAUAUAUUUUUUUUGUGGUGGUGUUUUUUAUUUUUUUUACUUUUUUUUUUAUUUUAUUUUUUUACUUCUGCUGAUUUUAGAACACAGGUGAAGUUGCAAGUGAUCAGUUUGAAGUUUUCUGGAAUUUAGAUGUAAAACAUUAAUGACUUUUUUUUGUUGUUUGUUUCAGGCUGGGGUGAUUCUGUGGGAUCACCAUCAGAAAGUGGCAUGACUUAUGACGCCCUCCAUGUCUUCGAUUGGAUAAAAGCUCGAAGUGGGGACAACCCAGUCUAUAUAUGGGGACACUCUUUGGGCACUGGGUAAGGAUCUAGUACAGACUUUGUGUGACUCUUUAGUCUGUAAUUACAGUGCUUUGCGUUUGUUUGAACCACAAACCAUUGCAGUAAGAAUAAUAUGCAGUUAAAUCAGGUGAAGUAUAUUAUUUACCAACAUACCCAACCACAGUGUCUAUUGCAUCCCAAAUACAUUUUGAUUUACAGUCAGAUUGAGUUGUUUUUGCAUUUUCAACAGAUUUUUUAGCAUUUCAUUUUAUCAAGAAUGAUUGAGAUGUGAUAAGGAAAUCUUUACAAAAGUUUCUUGCAGAUCUGUACAGGAGCCUUUACUCUUCUCCAGCAGCUAUAAUACCAGUGCAGUGUUCUUAUUAAAUUUAAUAGGCGAAAGGCUGACCGUAUUGUUCAGAUACAAAGGCUAGGAGAAAGUUCCAUUUAGGACACCUUUGUAAUCCGUAUCUCCUCAUAGAGAUGCAUUGAAUCAGUGCAUCACUAUGGGUAAUGUUCAGCGCCUCCAUGCAGUUUGUGGAGACUCUAAAUGCCAGUGCUUCACACGCACAUGUGACACGCUGAACAUAUCUAACAUAGGUCCUGCAAACAUUGCAGGAACUAACCCAGGAAGGUAGUGUCUGUCUGAGUGAUUGCCACUGGAGGUGUAACUAGCCAUCAAUGUAAACCCUACAUUUUCUCUGAAAAGGCAGUGUUGACCGUGCACAGGCUGCAGGUACAUGCUAUAAUCACCAGAACUACUACAUUAAGCUGUAGUGGUGACUACUGAUGACUACAGUGUCCCUUUUAAACUGGUAUCCUGAUGUGGGUCAACAAUUCUAGCAGGCAACCCAAAUAACCUACACAGAGGUCUUCAGAAAUCAUAGGAUGUAAGAGCCUUUUGUUGAAAAAAAUAAAUAUAGCCAUAUUUAAAUUGCUGCAAACCUUCUAGAGAAACUAACGUUUCUCUUAAAAUAAAUAUUCAUAAUUUAGUUUGAAGAGACUACCACAGCUAGACUAGUUAAAUAUAAUGCAUAUUCCAAAACAAUUUAAUUAGCACUUUUUAACUUUCUGUCAACUGGUAAUGUUCAAACCUGCAAGCUACACUUCAUUUUAUAUUUAAAAAUGUCAACACUAGAAAUCUCACUGGAAUCUUCUCAUUGAUGUGUGUUAAAUUAUUUAUCUGCGCUUGGAACUGUAGUAAGCCUUUCCGAUUUUAGGAAUACAUAAGAAUGAAGCCUGUGAUUUGCAAUUCAACACCUUUUUAAAAUGCUCCUCUACUCUUCAGAUAAUGUUUUCGUAUGUGAGAAUAAUUCUGCCUUUGACACAGUCUCACCUGCAAAAAUUUGCAGCAUUACAUAGUAUGUUUUUAUGGAUUUUAUUUUAAAUCCAAGUUAGUUCAGUUUGCUUUAGCUACACCCUUUUCUCUGAUAUCCACUAGUUUAUCUGUGAUAAGAAAUGCUUUGGCAAAUAAAGGGUAUAGUUAUUGCUGCAAAAUAAAAAUUUGCAGAGGAAAAAGAUAUCUGAUAUGUACAGAUACAAAAUAUUGCUUAGAUGCAUGCUGCUAGCCAAACUCAUUUAGGUUUUUACAGAAUUUAAAUACAGUUUGCACAUAUCAUUUAAAAAAAAAUAGUAAUAAAAUCUUUAAUGCCAAGCUUGAGCCUGCAGGAUGACCAUCUUUGCAUUGUGAGAAAUCCACUGCUGGUGUUUUAGAAACAAGAAUAGCUGUAAAGAUAACUUGUAAUCUGUUCAAUUGUGUAACAAAUCUACUAGCUCAGAAUGAGGUUGGAUUUUGAUAGCUCUCUGAAACUACCGUGGUCAUCCACACAUUUUUUUUUUUUUGGAGCAGGUGGUAUAGUACUUCGCAAUACUAGACAAAAAUGCACGUUAACGCUUCACAACAUAUUGACAGUAUUGUCUAGAGCAGGCUUCCCCAAACUCAGGCCCUCCAGAUGUUGCUGAACUACAACUCCCAUGAUUCUCAGGCUAUUUAAUAAACUGAAUCAUGGGAGUUGUAGUUCAGCAACAUCUGGAGGGCCAGAGUUUGGGGAAGCCUGCUCUAGACAAUACACCCACUUAUUUUUUUAAAUUGGAGACAAGUAUGGAAAGGGCCUGCUCCCUGGUUUAAUUUGUCAUAACCCUUAACCUGGGGGUCAGUGGGUGGGAAAGAAGUCAAAAGCAACUUAACGUCCUAAGAAAAAAUGCUCUCUUGAGCAAUAUCUAUAAAACACUGAAAAAAUAAUGUUGCGGAGACCGCACCUUCACUUAAAUGUAGACACCUAUGAGAACUUUUGAUAAGGUAAGGACUAGAAAUCCUGUGAUUGGACAUUGACAUAAAUAAAAUCAAAUUAUUAGAAUUUUACAAAUUCGUAUAUUUAAUGUGAAAUAUUACUCAAAUGUAUUGGUGUGCAAUAGGGCAGGAUACAUCUCUAAUUCUUUCCCAUUUUCUUUCAGAGUUGCAACUAAUUUAGUAAGAAGGCUUUGUGAAAGAGGUAACGUGAAUAUUCUUAUGAGAGGUUCUAUUUAUUAAUGUAGAAGACUUAUAUCCAUUAUGCAUGGGUGCAUUUUGCCAUAACUCUCAGCCAACCUAAAGCUGCUGGAUAGUGAUGUCGCGAACCGUUCGCGAACUUGGCGCGAACGGUUUGCAAGUUCGUGAACGGUUCGCGACAUCACUACUGCUGGAAUGUCUGAUUUCAUUUGUGUCUUUCAGAAGGUUUGAGGCAACACAGAUAGCAGAAUUUUUGCUUCCUUUUGUGUGAUCGGCCUCAGGAGAACCAUCCUACCAGUCUAUAUCUGUUGGUAUAGAUUGCACAUUCAAUAUAGGCCUCAAUUUAAUAUUUGUUAGGCAUGUGCAUGGGGAAAAUAUUCGGCUAGGUUCGGCAUUCCGAAAUUCGGGACUUUGUCAAUUCGGCACUUCGCCAUUUUGGGACUUUUCUUGCAGCCACUUGGUAGAUAACUCCCUAAUUUCCACGGUAUUAGGGAGUUAUCUACCAAAAGGCUGAAAGACCUAAAUUGGUCUUUCAGCCAAAUUUACUACUAAUAAGUAAAAAUUACUAUAUUGUGCCCCUACUCGCUAUACUGCGAGUAGGGGUAUGUGGUUGCUCCCCCCCACCACCCUGGGGGCCCUAAAGUUAAAAAAAAGGGGGUAGGACCUAUUGUCCCUCCCCCCCGGCCCCCACCCCCUCAUUUCUGUCAUUACAUGACUGUUGUUGUAAGUGUUGCAAAUGCUUACAGCUGAAUCCUGGCUAUUUUUGUAUACUUUUUAUUUGAAAUUGUAUACAGUGUAACAUUCUUCUUUUUUCACUGGGUAAGUAUAUUAGUACUUGGGCAGUACUGUGCUUCGGAACUUUGACACUUGAGAACUUCGGCACUACUACACUUCGGAAAUUCGGUAAUUUCGGGACUUCGGCAAUUCAGCUAUUCGGACAUUCGGAAGCACCCAAAUGUCCGAAUAACCAGAAUAACCAUUUUAAUUCGGACCUAAACGAAUUGCACAUGUCUAAUAUUUGUGGUUUAAAUUUCCAAAUGACUUAUUUUUGGAUAAACUUUGAAAAAUUUUUUUUUUUUUUUUUUUUUCAUCUCCUUAAAAUGUUGAAAAAUGCAAAUUUGCAAUAUAAUUUUUUUUUUUUUUUUUUUACAAAAUUCUAAUUUUCAUGAUAAAACAUUUAUCGUAAAAAAAUGUUUAAGUAUUAGAAAAACUUAUCUAACUAAAUUUUAAGCAGAUUUUUAUUUUAUUCAUGUCCUGGUUUGAUAUCAUUGGCAUAUGGAGAGGUGAACCUUUUGUUUAGAUGAACCUCACACCCGAUUGUUGGUAAAGCUUAGUGAUAAAAUCUGAAAUGUUAAACUAUUCAAAAAUAGAUUUUUUUUUUUUUUUUUUUGUUUCUUCCUUCUCAGGAUGAAUAUUUGAAAUGCCUUUUAUCUAUCUUGUGCAAACUAAGCAUUCAUCAUAUUUAUCAUAUUCCCAGUGGCUUGGGUGUCCCUAGUACACAUACAUUAACUUUAUUCCUGUUGGCUAAUUCUUCAAUUCACCAUUCAGUGAAUAUUCACUAAACUUUGAAUUGUAGCAAAUUUUAAAAUCAAAACCAUUUAGUCUCCUGGUUAAACUGAGGAUAGAAUAGUCAAGCUGUAAAUAUAGCAGAGUGGGUGAAUUGUUGUCAAACACACACAGUUUUUCAUUAAACUCCAAACUGUAGCAAAUAUAAAAUCUAGAGGUUCUAGUUAAUAACCCUGUAUGCUGUUUUUUUUAUUUUUUAUUUUUUUUUUAAAAGCCCCAAUCUAGGCUCUAGUUAGUGUGUGUGUGUAUGUAUGUAUGUAUGAUUUUUUUUUUUUUAUCAGUCUAAAUUCUGCAAUUUGGGUUUUAUUUUACCAGAAUUCACUGUUUAGGUGAAUCCAGAUGCUCUCUCAAUGUGAGAGUGAAUUUUGAUUUUUGUUGUCAUUUUAAACGCUGGUUGCUAAGGAUUGUAUUGUCCCAGUGAUGUCUUUCUCACACAGUGUCUCCAUGUUACUUUCCGCCCCCACACACUGGGGAAUAUAGUGUUCCAAAUAAUGAUGAAAUGUAACCAUCACUCUUCAGAUCAUAUUUAUUUAUAACUUGUUUUACCAGGAAGGAUACAUUGAGAUUACACUCAUUUUUUAAAGUAUGUCCUGGGCCCACAAACAUUGCAUUGUUAACAAUUGGGCACAAUAUAUAAUACUACAAAAUACAUAUAUACACACACAGAACAGGUAAGAAAUAGUCAUUAUGACAGGUGCAUUCUGUGUUGCCAUAGAUCUCUUAAAGGAUUUUUGAUUGGAUAAAGAUUUGACUGUCUUUGAGGUUAUUCCAUAAUUGCGGUUCUCUUUAGGAAAAUGAGGAUCGAGCCACUUUAUUUUUGUAUUGCGAUAUGCUAAAUAAAGUGCUUGUACUAGAUUGGAGUAUAUAGGUGGUCGGAACAGCUUGGGGAAAGCAUUCUACUCAGGCAGGGUGGGGGUCUCCCAGCUCUUAAACACAAGGUUCUAAAGAUGAAGGUUGCGUCGGUAUUCUAGCGAUAGCCCCUUUAACUCUUUUAACAUGUCACAAUGAUGGCUCAUGUAAUUACAUUAUAGCACAAAGCAGCAGAACGAGUUAGGCAAUAUAGUAAGUUUAUAAAGGUGGUUUUGUGGCACAGGUGCGCACACACACUACAUCCCCAUAAUCAAUGACCGGCAUUAGCAUUUGUUGCACGUUUUGUUUCUGUACAGGGCAUUUUUCAACGUGAAGGCCCAAGGAUAGAUUAGGGACUAGCAACAUACCUCGAUAUUUGAAAGAACUAAGCAGUUUGCUAUUUGAAUUUGUUCUAAUACAUAGAACAUGCCUUCUUUGCAUGUCAAGAGUAUAAUUCAUAUACUAAGGUACAGAUCAAAAAUGAAUUUCCCUGCCUAGCCUGCAAAUAAAGAAACCUAUUUUAGUGUAGCCUGUUACAGAUCCCCCGGGAAUAUUAUUAUAUUCAUCUGUUUAUUGUCCCUAUAACUAAAACAAAGUUUAUAGUUACCUUAUAAAUCGCAUUUUCUAGUUUAUAAAUUGACAUCAACCCUUCAAAUUUUUUAUUUUUUAUUCUUGGUUUCAGAAACCCCUCCUGAUGCACUCAUUCUUGAAUCUCCGUUUACCAACAUCCGUGAAGAGGCAAAAAGUCACCCCUUUUCUGUGGUAAGUACAAAUAUGGAAUCUUUUCCAGAAAAUUUCAGAGAAAUCGUUUAGAACGGAGUACUUCCCAUCCCUCCAGAAGUGUAAACAAUGAGUUUUGUGUCCUGUUGGAAUACAUCAUGUAAGUUGCAUGGGCCAAGAUUGGCAAAAAACAAGGUUGCACUAAGCUCAUUUGACCAUAGCACCCCUCCCCUUUUUGUUCAUGUCCACAUUAUUUUAUGUAACAUACUAGAUCCAGCACACUCACAUGUUCACUAAACAACAAGUCCAAAGCUCACAGAAUGUAAUCGAUUUUUAAAAAGCACUUCACCUAGGCAAAAAUGGAGGUUUAGUUAUUGUAUAUUGUCAUACAUUGCAUAAGCUUUCCCCAACACUAGUGUAGCCUAUUUUUUGGCAGGCCCUAACCUAGCAACAUGCCUGCUCUUAUUAGAUUAAACCACUCACUUGGGGAAAAACUUCCUUCUGCAGUGUAAGGUUAAACAGAGCCCUGGAAUGAGGGACAUGUGACAGGGAGGGUUGCAAAACUGGGGAUUUGGCCUAGGCGUUCAAAUAUAUUUACAUGUGAAACCAAGAGGACAGCACUCCCCUGAAUAUGCAUACAUUAUAAAGGUGCUGCUGGGGCCGCUUCCAGAGCCCUAUUUAACCUUGCACUGGAAAAUAAACCCUGGUGGAAGGUUUUACCAAGUAAGUGGUUUAAUCUCACAAGAACAGACAUUAGGUUUAGGAUAGAACCUGCAAGAAAAUGGCUGGCUUGUGCAAUGUAUGAUCAUGUACUGUAUCUAAACCGCCAUUAUUAUUCCCUAGUUUAGGUGUUUAAAAAAACAAUUAAUUAAAUUCAGUGAGCUUUGGAUUGGCUGUUCAAAUUGUGCGGAAAAUUGUAUUUUGUUUAUAUUGGCCUUAGCAGCACUCUUAUUUUGUAUGCAUAUUCAAGUGACUGCAGUCCUCAUAUGACAUUAUUUUAAUUUGUCGUUAACUUGUUAUUCUCCAUACUUUUUUUUUUUUUUUUUUAUAUAAUUCUUUAUUUUUCUGUGAACGAGGGGUUACAAGCAAACGUUAAGUGCCACAACAGCACGCAUGGAAUAAACACCAGUAUUGACAAUAUGGCACUCGGAUACUGCACAUUUUUCUCUGUAAAUUACGUUGAAAUAAUUCUAAUAUCGUUUUUUGGCAUGUGAUAAAAAGUAUACUAUUUAAGCUGUCGUUAAUAAACCAAUGUUGAGGUCUCUGUGAUUUGUACUAGGUUAAAGAAAGGUCGAGCUAGUAAGUUGUGUUAGGCAGUGUUUACCAGUCUGGGCUAUAUGGGUCAGUGGUGCGUGUAUGUCCGUCUAGUCCUGGCCAGACGGGUUAGGCCCUUGUCUUGUUGUAUGUUGCGCCUGAUUUACCUUGAGAUGCGAGAGGGGUGGGGGAGCGAUGUUGCCAGGGGACUGUCAGUGGGUUCCGGGUCCGUCUCCAUACUUUAUUGUAAAGCGCUGCAGAAUUUGUUGGCUCUAUAAAAUUAUGAUAAUAGGGUACUCCAGUUAUUAUACAUGGAUAUUCUGUAAGUCUCAGAAUAGUGUACACUAUAAAAGUCUUGCCUUGCAGUUAUCAGAGACUGUAAUUAAACAAAACCUGCAGGUCUCCUUUAUGAUAUACAUUGUACUGUAUUAUAUUUUUAUCUUAUACCUUGGAGAUAUUGCUAUGUGCUAAAGUAGGGAUAUGCAAACUUUGGACUACGUUUACUGUAAUGCUGGCAAAGCAUCAGGGAGAUGUAGUUCACAGCAUCUGGAGUGUCAAAGGCUGCCUAACCCUGUGCCAAAGUGUACACUCUGUGCCAUUUGAUCUUUGACUGCCUUGGUGCAUAUUAACACACUGUAGGAGGUUAAUAUGUUUUGGGUUUUUUUUUGCGUUUUUAUUUAGUUUUAUUUUUUUUCAAUAUAUUUUAUCCAUUUAGAUCUACAGGUAUUUCCCAGGCUUUGACUGGUUCUUCCUUGAUACGAUCACGUCAAGUGGUAUAAAGUUUGCCAACGAUGAGAAGUAAGUUUUUUGCAAUGAUCACACAAGUACUUAAAAAUUAUGAAAUUGACCAGUAUUUUUGUAGGUCCGUAAGCUGUAAUUAAUGCCUUGUGGUAUAAAUGUACAUUUUCUAACUUUUAUUAUAUGUGUGUAUAUUUUGCAAAUGCAUGUGUAGUUUUACCUAGAGACAAAAAACCCUUUUUGUUUUUAAAUUGCAUAGAAAAAAAAUACUAAACACUAUAAUACUACUGAGAGUGAGAUAAUCAAAGGGAAAGCUAAUAGAAGGCUAGAAAGCUAGAUGGAACAUUAUACAUAGACAUGUACUGUCUGGGUAUCUCUGUAUUGCAGUUCUGUGUAAUCCAUCAUAGUGACCCUGGCUCUGUGGGAUAGUUAUGGGAUCUCCUUAUUGUGCCAGCUCUGUGUGUUUGUUUGUAUUUUACUCAGCUCUACCUGUUACAUAGAGCUGGGUAGACUACAGAGAUACCCAUGCAUUUUAUAAAUAUUCUUGGGUUGUGCCCAUCUUGUUUUAUUGUAUGAGCAUCUCUGUAUUGUGUGAGCCUCUCUACUGUACAACGGGAAGUCUGGCGCCCUAUUAUCUAACAUCAUUUUGAAUUUUGGCAUUAUUAAACUGUAUUCAAACUUUUAAAGCACUUUUGACCCGGCUUGUUCCCAUGUUCUAAUUGCUGUACUAUAGCAUAUAUUAGAAUACCUUUACUGUCAGUCCACUGGGAUUUCUUGAUCACGUGAUACAUUAGUAAGCUGUGUUCUAUAUAUCCACUUGAAAAUCUUUGUGGCUGUCUGACCUCUCUGUAGCCACUGAGUUUAUCCAAGCUUGGUAAUAAUUUGCUGCUUUACUGAGCUGUUACAAAAUUCUGAUUGCUCCGAUUUCCAUUAAACUUAAUGUAUACCAUUCUUUGUAUUCAAGUGGCAAUUGCAGGUAAUUGUACAUUUUAGACGUAAAUGCUAGAGUAUUUUUUAAACUUGUCUGUUUUUCCAGUUUGGCUCUUUUAGAGUAAAAUUCAUAAUCAUUCUCUUAUUGAUCAAUAGUUUUCCGUGUAAUGAAUAACUCUGGUAGGACUUGGAGCACCUUUACAAAAGACAAUUUUUAUUUUUUUAUUUUUGUUGUUGUUGUGUACCUGAGCUUGAUCUAUGGGUAUCUUAAAUAUACCUUGUUAAAUUUGCUUUGUAUGCAUAUUUUCUGAUACCUUAUUAUUCAAAGAUGAAAGAUUGGGUGGGGGUUUAACCACCACCUAUUUUUCUAAUUUAGUUUUAUAAAUUUAGGGAGUAUCACUAUCCAUUGUAGAAAUAUAUAUAUUAUUUUUUUUUUGCAAAUAGGAAUAGUCUUAACUAUGAUAAAGAAAAGAAUCUAGUUCCCGUGUAGGGGGACAACAAAGGGGGUAACCCUGAAAUUGUAUGUAAAUAUAGGAAACCACAUGUAUUCUUGACACUAUAGUGCUGGAGUGGCUAUUUAGGUCUCUGACCCUCUUCUCUGUUGAGUGAAAGUUACUUGCCUCUUCUCCACCACAACGAUGGCACCGCCUCCAUGGCUGAAUUCAUCAAUUUUAAACUAUCUCAACCAAUCCAAUGCUUUCCCAUAGGAAAGAAUUGAGAGGCUAUUAAGGAAAAUGUUGUGCUCCACUGAUCAACAUCAUCUUCUCGUAGCGAAAGUUCAGCAUCUCCAUGCAGUGCAUUAAUAUUCACAAGCGUUUUCUGGAACAAAUGUAAUGUUUUGAAUCUAUAACUGAAUGUUUUCUGUUUCUGCAGUGUGAAGUACAUAUCAUGCCCUCUGCUCAUUAUGCACGCAGAAGAUGAUCCUGUUAUUCCAUUUCACCUCGGUAGAAAGGUAUUUAACCUUACCAUGUGCACAUGAUAAUUUUUAAAAAGUGACAUGCAGCUUGUGAAAGGGAGGCAUUCACAAAACAAUCUGGCUUUUUUUUUUUCUCUCGUGAAUUAGAAAGUAUUGCUACACCACAAUCAAUCCUCUGCUCUCUUUACGCCCCCACUUGUCUGCUUGUGAACUGAUAGAAAUUGAAUUUGAAUGAUUUUAUAAUCUUGCUUCUUUGCUUUUACAUACAUUUCAGAAUGUCCAUAUGUUGCAGAUUAUGCCCUGUCUUUAGAUUAGUGACACAGAGGUUUCCUCUGUCUCUGAAUUAGGCAUUCUGUUUGGAACAGAUAGCAUUGUCGUGCUGCAAUGAACCGUAUAUCUAGUUUUGCUGUUCUAAGCUCAACUAAGUGUACAUGAAGCUAGUUUCACUUAUGCAAAGUAAAAAAAUAAAUAAAACCUCCCAUGACAACCAUAGGCUCCACAAAGUGCUGUGGGGAUGACCUAUUUAAACCACUGAUGAGGCUUAUUCAAUAAAACACUAAAUGCCAUUGAGUUUCUAUAUGGCUGUUUUAACUUAUUUGACUGGGGGAGGAGAAUUGAGCUGAAUUAAAGUAUCAAAUGCUCCUGCCGCCACUUCAAGAUCUACCAAUGUGUGUGUUAUUACAUUGGCGCUGAUUUUACUGUAAACCCAUUUAAAAUGUUUUUUGCUUGUUAUUCUGAACCUGAGAUUAUACAGAAUCGCCUACCAGUUCCAGUAUUUCUGCAACAGAUUAACAAAUGCUUUAAUAUAAAUUGCACCAUGAAACUCCUUUUCUCUUUAAUUAUUUUUUUCCCCUCUGCAUGCUUUGUAAUGAAGGGAUUAAAUCCAUGUUUUUUCCACAGCUUUACAACAUUGCUGCUCCGGCACGAAAUUUACGGGAUUUUAAAGUUCAGUUUGUUCCCUUCCACAAAGAUCUAGGAUACAGACACAAGUACAUUUUUAGGAGUCCAGAGCUGCGUCAGAUACUGAGGUAAGGAACACAUCAUAAUCACUUAUACUGCUUGUGUCAUGCAUUGACCUCAUAGUCUGCCUCAGUUGCCAUAACUUCUGCAGCAAUUUCUACACCCAACUAUUUUGCAAUGUCAUGUUGUUGGAUCCUGACCAUUUUUAUUACACAAAAUAGACUAUAAUUAUUGUUACAAAUGGAAUUAUUCAUAUUUAAAUGGACACUAAGGCACCCAGGCCAAUUCACCACUCCAUCUCAUUGAAGUGCUCUGGGUUUUCGUGUCCCUGACCCUUGACAUUACAAUGCAGAGUUAAGACUGCCUUUAGUGGCACUUGCAUAAUUUACAUGGAACAUGGUUUAACUCCAUGAAAUGACACUGGGCGUCUACACACUUAGCAUGAGGACAUCCAGCAUCUUGAAUAUCCCCAAAGGAAAGCAUUAAUGCAAUGCUUUCCUAUGGGGGAAGGUCUCAUGCGCGCGGUAAAUGCAUGCACAUUAUGUUCUUCCAUUGCCAUAAUGCAGUGUGAGGAGGAUCCCUAUUUGGUAUGUGAAAGAAAGGACUGGAGGUGGGGAGGUGCAGAUAGAGGCACAUUAUAGUAUUCCUUUAACUGUGGAGUCAAGUCUUCAAUAGUUCAGCAAACUGUGCCCAGACAGUCAGUUAAAUUAAAAACCCUGAAUUUUAAUUAAAUGAAUGAAAGAAAAACACAAUUCACUUAGAAAAGAUAAAGCAUAGCAGCAACAAAGAGAAAAAUAGUGACAUUAUAUUACACAGACAUAAUAAUUUGUAUAUACUCUGUUUGUGUAUUUUACUAGAUGCACAAGUAAUACUUGUUUUCUGGGCAACGCUCCCCAUUCCCUACUCCAGGAACUCACAAAUAGACACUGCUCCCACGCCCACAGAUCAGAAAAGUUUGGGUGCAUUUAAUUACAGAGUGUAAUCGUUCUCCUGGUGUCCAAUGUUUUUGGAAAGAACAUCACUGUGAAAUGACCUAGCCAAUUAAAGUCACUUGGGGUAUUACUAUGUUCUAUCAAUCCAUAAUCACUCACGGAAAAAUAUAUAAAUUUUUUUUUUUUUUUUUUACUAAAAUAGGGUGCACUUGAUGGAUUUCCAAUAAUAAUGAAAUAAGUUUAAUUUAUCAAAUGACCGCAUCCUGAUCGACGUUUCGACUCCUGAGGGUCUUCCACAAGAGAGGAUCCUAAGAGACUCUCCGGGUCGCUUCAUCGAUCGUGACACUGUAAUUUGAUGAAUUAGAUUGAUUUCACUUAUUGAAAAUCCAUUGCAUGCACCCCAUUUUUGUGGAUUAUGCAUACAAUGAAUUCUGAAUUCCCAUAUGUUUUUUUAUUUUUUAUUUUUUUGCUGAGCGGUUAUUUUAAGUAGCCUUGUGAAAUUUAAAGCUGUAUUUUGUGUGUGCCAUUCUUUUUUUGGUCUCGACAGCAGCACCUUUGCUGGGAAAUACAUUUUGCAGGUGUGCCCCUAACUCCCUUUUUUUACCAACCAAUUAUUGCAGUUUAGCACAAAAAAGCAAACCGUAUCAUGGCAUAAAUAUUUGCACGGAAUGGCAAAAGUUGUAUAAAGUAAUGUUUGAAUGUAUUUUAUAUAUUUUUUUCCAUCUUCAGAAUAUCCUUUUUACUCGUAAACCCUCAUGUCCUACAAGUUAGUGCAUUCUGUCAACCUCUUGAAUUUUAGUUUACAGGUGAAAGCCCUAUUCUAGUUCAUAUCUACAAAUGCAAUAAUUUCUGCUGCAAACUCCAAAACCUGUAUAAAUCAUUCAGCCAUCACUACAUGUUAACUACUUGACAGCACAGUAUCCUUCCAUUCCAUAUACCUCUUUCAGAGAGGCAGGUACAGUGUGCCUUCCUUUCACAGAACAAGUAGACGUGGAUGGCUGUGUAACUGCCAAUGUGACAGUCAGGCUUCGCAAGGAAUCCUAAGAUUCUCUAGUCCAAGCCAUUCAGUUUUGUUUUUUUUCUAAAAAAGAAGUUUGAUAAGGCAAGAUUAAGUAUGUUCAUAUGAAAAUUCUAAUGUCACAUGCAGUUUAUAAAGAUCCCUUAGAUGCGUCCUCAAUAUAAUUUUUUUUUUUUGUCCUUCUGCCCAUAUCUACCUGGUUCUCUCUCUCCAAUCAUCAAAUCUUUCAUAUAUAGAAAUGUAAGGGCAGGAAAUUAUAAAACUGUCUGAGCAGGUAACAGGAAAUUAUUGGACUGUAUAAGGCUGUUUAAUAUCAACAAAUAUUGCUGCUCACUGUGAUCAUUCUUUCAUUUCUAAAACUCAGUGCCUUUCCUUGUUUUUUUUUGUUUUUUUUAAAUUAAAAAUAAAAUGUAUUUAUGCAUGCAGGUGAGUAACAAACUAUAAAUACACAAGAUCAGCUUGCAUAAAUCAUUCACACAGUAAAUUACAUGAUGAUAUACCCAGUUUUCCUUAGACUUUGAAAAAGUAGAUGGCUAUGCUAAAAGUUAGAUCCUAAACAUCAUGUAGCUUGCAGAGCCUAGAAGCUGUGAGUAUUCCCAAAGGUGAGACUUCAUAACCCUCAAGUGGGGGGUGGAGUAUUAAUCACAAUGCCUGCUAGAUUAAGUAGUAACAUAGUGAGAAGUAUCAAAUCUAUAUAAGUGAAGUUCCAUUAAGAACUACUGGGAAAGUAGAACAGCCUACUAAACUGUAGACAAAGUAUAAAGACAAACAUUAUGGCUUUAUAAUGGGGACCUUUUCUCAAAAUAAGCAAUUGGAAGAGUGUCCUCAGCCAAGAACAGUUAAACUGCUAGGGAUGAAGACUGGAACAUUGUCCAUGUGCACGCAGAGCGUAUCUCUGAGUUCGAUGCAGCUGGGGUAGAAAUGCCAAGAAUUUGGAGAAAGCUGGUAGCUUCUUCCACAGUGUAGCAUUGUUCCUCCUCCCUCCGCUGUUGACAAAUAAGGACCAAGGUGUUCUCCAUCUAUGUGGACUAGCAGAGUCUCGUAAUUGUUUGGUCACUGCUUUGAAAGAGCAUGCCACUGUAGAGUAGAGCAACAUAGAUGGUUAAAAAUAUAAAGAAUGUUACUCAAAAAUAAAAGUAGUGUGUCCCAUUACUGAAUUCAGGAGCAUUUCUUUGUUGCUGUAUGUUUGAAAGCAUACAAUGACAUCUUGCAGUGCUCAGAAUUGAGUUUGGCGGGUCUGGGUAGUUGGUAGAGCCCUCCCAGUAAAAAGCCCUUAUUUUGCUUGGGUUGCAGAAGCAAAUAGCAUAGACUUCAUAAACUGGAGAAAUUCUCACACCUCAUUGCACUGCCAUGUCUUGUCUACAAGUUGGUCUUUAGUUGUAAGUAAUGAACAGGUUGUGCUGAGCUGUUAAAAUAGAAAUAUAGACUACCCAGGUGCAGUGAAUAUACAACAAAUCAAAAAGGUAAUUACCCCAUUUUUUCAUGGUAUAGUAGGAUUCCUCUUAAUCCUCAUAUAAUCAACAAAAACAAAUAUACCUAAAAAUAUAACCUGGAAAGAAUUUAUAGGGUAAUAAAGUUUAAGUUUAAAAGACCCCCAGCGUUAAAAAUUGCUCUCACAGGAUAGCAGUUUCAAGCUCAUCAAUCAUAGAUGUCACCAGGUUCAGCAAUAUUCAGCAUUCCAAUGAUUUACGUGAAUAUAAAUUAAAGAGACCAUAGUGCAACACUGCUGAAAAGUAAAAAAAUUACAUGCUUUAAUGAUCACACUUACAAAGUGGAAAUGGGUCACAAGCCCAUCAAAUGUGAUCUCCAGUCCAAUUCUGACAAUAUCAGUGGCUGGAACUUACACAAAAGUCUUAGGCUAAAUAAAACAGCAGGAUACAAAUAAAAACUCUAAAGUAAGUAAAAACUGACUCUAUGCGUUUUGUUUAACAUAUAGACUUCUUCAGGAGUACACACAGUGCUAGUAAGUACAUCAAUAAAGUGCUAUAAUAUGUAAAACAGGAGCUGCAUCUUUUAAAUCUCCCUCUUUCGGCAGUUCACCAAUCGCUUCUCGUGUGUUUUUUACUUGUUCCGAUUGCCAUAGUCCAUAUAGAUGACGUCAAUGUAUUCCUGGCACUAGCGAUCCCUUGCGCCCUUCUACCCGGUAAAUAAAAGGGUUAAAAACCCUUUAUUUACUUACCUUAUCUCAGCGCCGAUGUCCAUAGGCGCAGGGUCGCAGCUCUGUCCCGCAGCAAAUGCUGUGCACGCAUUAGACCUCCCCAUAGGAAAGCAUUGAAUCAAUGCUUUCCUAUGUGGAAAAAUCUGACACUGGGGGUCCUCGUGCAGAGCAUAAUCGACCAAAAGUCUGUUUGGAUUCCGGAAGCCCUCUGAGGGCAGACUUAGAGCUGCAAUGUAAACAUUGCAGUUCUUUGGAAUGGCAAUAUUUAGCAUCACAGCACCCAGACCACUUGAAUGAGCUGCAGUGGUCUGGGUGACUACAGUGUCCCUUUAAUCCGGACCUCCUGCACAUCCGUCUUUAAUGAGACCUGUGAGUGUAUCCAGUUUUUUUUUUUAAAGUGAUCAGUUCAGCAGUGAAGAAGGUUUUAAUAUCAGACAUUAAGCUGGCGAUGUCCGUUUUAGUGGCCAAAUUCAGGUUCUGGUCAGGCAUGGCUGGUAUAGAACUCCCAUGAGACCAAGCUAGAACGUCUGACAUGUUUUCACUUUCAUCAUCGGAGGCAGGCAGAGAAUAUGAGAUGUCCUAGCCAGGUCAAAAAUAAGCAGGUAAGUACUUUAAUAAUUGCUCAAAAGCAGGCAAAGGAUCUAGCACUACGCUGGCUAGCUCCACCCCCACCCCCUUAAAAGGAAUGCCUCAAAUGUUUUAUGACUGCAGAGCUGUCUGCUUUCAUUAUUCAUUCACAAGCCUUGUUUAUCUAGCCUCAUUUCUAGCUGUUCUGCUUAGUGUUGGAUUAUUUAAUCCUUGUUGGUAGGAUAGUUGUGAAAACAUUUAGAUGUUAUCUGCCUCAUUCCAGCAUAUAACCAGUCAUGAAUUUAAAAUUCUGGGUUUCAAAUUACAUCAACUUUUUAUAUUUUAAGCAUAGGUUUAUUUUUUUGUUUGUUUUGUACAAUAUUGGUAAAUUGAAUUGGACAUGACAGUGCUGGAGUAACUUGCCAGGAGCAACACAACAUUAAACAAUUUUUAUGUUUUUAUUUCUAGUGUCCCACCUCUACUGGGUAUAGUGCAAAGUAUAAUCACUAUUGACGACCAGUCCAUGCCAAAUUGACACCGUAUCUCCUGCAGUCAAUAGAACUUUUAUACUCCCAUUUACUUGAAAUGUUUAGGUGUGUGAGGACACUAACAUCUACAAAGAUAAAUUGCAACUUGCAACCAUGAAAGGGCAGUUUCUACAGCAUGCAAUUAUAUAUAAUUUUUAGUAGGGAAAUUGUAAACAAAUGUAUACUUUUAUGUUUUUACUUAAAAUUAAAGGGAAUCUGUAGGCACCUAGAUCCCUGCAUCUGGUGUUUUGCUCCUGCACUGUAAAACAUUGUUGUUUUAGAGAUGCAUUCAGGUUUACAUUGCAGGGUCAAAGAUACCUCUAGUGGCUGUCACACAGGCACAUAAAGGCUCAGAGGAGCCAAAACGUUGUCUCCACUUCCUUGUUUCAAAGAAAGACUGCCUUUUAGAAGAAACUUCAGGUGUGCCUGGAUAUUUUUUUUUAUUUUAUUUUUUUAUUUGAUGUCUUCAGGGAUAGGCCCUCCUUUUCUGGAGCAGCAUGCAGGAAGUAUUCCCCCCCACCCCCUGCCAAUCUGGACAACAAUGAAAGGCUGAGAAUGGGUUAACAAAGCACUUCAUGACUGCCAUCUGUGUUGGAUUUUAGUUCUUUUUUUUACUCAUACUAGCUUGUAUAUUAACAUUUAUAUAAUUUUUAUACAUUUUUCUGGUAUGAACUGACCAUUUUCUAUAAUCUAUCUAAUUUUACCUAUUGAGUAAGUGUGUCCUAAAUUUGUUUUUUCCCUUCCACAGGGAAUUUCUUGGUAGUCCAGAACCGCAGCAGUAAUACCACCAGCCUUACGCAGACUACUUUGCUGUCCUUUGGUAUGAAGACCUGUGGACCACCAUGCUUGCUUACACUGAAAAAAACAGAGCUUUGGAUUUGCCACAGCAGCGAAAAUCUUGCUUAAACUUUUCAUUGGGACCUAAUCCAUUCCAGGGUCGUUGAGCUAAAAAAAAAAAGUUAAUGAGAUUUCGAGUAUGUUUUAUCUUUGGACCAUAGUAGUCUACGUACUAGUAGGGGGAAUAAUCUGUACUGUGCAUAUGAUGCAGAGUUGGUAAAAGAACCUGUUUAUCUCCGUGGCAUUUAGAAGAAUCCACCUAAUGGACUUGCUGCUUCUACAAAAAGUAAUGAUCCACCUGGACAGAUCCAGAAGUCUGAUCUGCCUGUUUUAUCUGCUACAGAACAGGUGGCCACCAAAAGGAAAAAAACUCAUGUCUCCUAUCUAUAAUAAUUGUGAGAGCUGCUUUAUUUUGGUGAUUGGGUUUGCACAUGUCAGAUGUCCCAUUAAGAUAUCAUGCAUGCAUUUGGGAUGACAAGUCUCUAAGAGGUUGUUAUUGGCAAAGUCGCUGUCCCAUAUUUGCGUUGCCCAAAGUCAGUUCAUGGGUUUGAAAGCUUUCAAACUUCAAUUUUACUCAAGUAGAUGCCUCUGAAAGGUCAUAUCCAUACAUGUGAGCAUGAAAUCUUAUAAGUUGCACGUUUAUUUAUUGUUAAUAUUGGGGAAAUUUUACUUUUUUUUUUUUUUUUUGUGGGGGGGAGGCAGUUAACGGGAUUUUAAACAGCGGUAAGUUAGGGUGUACUGUACAGUUGAUAAGUGGGGGAUAAUGUAAACAAUGGGUCAAAUCAGAAUUGUAAGGCUUUGGAAGUUGGUUAACAAAAACUGCUUGCAACCAAACACAACCUAUGACAGGUUUUUGUAAAUUGUAGUUUUAAUCUCAACAUGCCACCUUGAUGGCAAUGGCCUCCCACAAAAUGCCAUAUCCUGAAUUAGUACAUUUCACAAGUCUUAAGCAUCUAACAAUAUUCAAUGCCCAUAAUAUUAUCUUUAACGUACAUCAACAUUUUGUAUACAGACCUUGUAUUUGUUUCCUGUGGGUGGAGGGGAACACUCCUACAGCACUGAUGCACUGCACUAUUCUAAACUUAGAGGUCCAAAUGCAGUGUUUAUAUUGACAGUGAGUACUGCAGCUAAUAGCUUAAACUAUGAAGAAAAUGUGUUGCAUACUUUGUACCAAAUGAAUGGACAAAGAAAUGAUUUCUGACUGUUUAAAGUCUCAUAUCAUCCUACGCUGCAAAAAAAACUAAUCCAUCAGAUUUCAUUCUCCCAAGCCUCCCUCUUGCUGCUGUUGAUCCAAAUGUUUUCCAGUUUUUUUUUUUUCCAGAGAGGGGGGAAAAAAGCAAUUGGAUUGGCAAGAUUUUUAUCUUAAGUUAUAUAUUCUACUUUGCUAACACAUAUAGCGCCAUAAUUAAGGCAUGCAUAGAAUCUGAUGGAAUAACCUAUCUAGUGAAUACCUGUAUCUUUUCUUUUCUAAAGAACAGUUUAGCUGCUGUAAGUUGUGGGGGAGGGGAUACCAUCCCUUAAAAAUAUCAAGAUAUUUUGUUCUUUUUAUUGACCCUGUAUGUUUGCGUAAUGUUUUGGGGUCAAAUUUUUUUUUUUUUUUUUCACUCCAUAUUGCACUGCAUAAUCAAGGAUUUAUGAAGAGGCAGAUUUAUUGAUUUAGAUUAAUUUGAAAAUACCAAGACCUGGUGGGUGUUUUUCAAAGUGUAUUAAAAGUGGUCUAAAGUACUAAAAGGGAGGCAAACACCAUGGGAAUCAGUGGGACCAGUAGGUGUAUGCAGUUGGUGACUCCUUCAAUUUAUGGCUUUGACCACCUUUUAGAAAACACUUUGAUAAUCUCUGUUUUUAAUAUGCCCUAAAUUAAAUAAAUGUGUGUGCUAACCUUUUAAACCUGAGUUAGUGUAGAAAGAAAAGCUGUAUGUACAAAUACAGCCACUAAAAAGUAACAAUAAAACCCAUAAUGUUAGACACUCUUAAACUCAUAGUACUGUAUUUACUAAAUAUAAAAUUGUGAUUUUAUUUAUAUUUAAUUUUUUUGAGGGGGAUGUAGUUAUAAGUAGGGCACUAUUCAACAAGUAAAUGAAUGAGAUAUGAAGUCUAUUCUUCUACAUUUGGUAUUCUGUCCAAUGAGUUGCGCAAUUUUACCCUUGGUUUACUUGCGGUUGUUACUGUAUUCUGGUGCCUAUUAGACAGUCACCAUGUCACUUCCAUGUUGUCUUAAUUCUUUAGUUUUUUUUAUUUUAUAUUUCUAUGGCACUUUCAAUUUUUUUUAUCUUUUUAACAGACUGGUUAAUUCUUUUUGUUUUUUUUAUUUUGAGUGUUAGAAUAUUGAUUAAUUGCAUCUCUCUCCCUCCUUCCUAUGUGUACAUUCCGAAAAUCUAACUAAAUUAGAGCAGUAAUUGGUGGAAGACUAGCACAGCCCACAUACGCUAACUUUGCCGUUGUAUUUUGCAAAGGUUGCAGUUCCUCUUAAAGAUCAGUUGAUACAAUAGUUUUGUUCCUCUUAAAUCCUCUUUCAAAUAACUUUUGCACCACAAGUGUUUGUUUUCCUUUUAUUCUGAUUAUCAAUGUCUUUUAGGACAUAAGCGAAUAAAAGGUUAUUUUCUGGACUAAUAAAAUUGUGUCUAGCUCAGUGAGCAUAGACCUUUAUUAUACUUAAUGAUUGUCCUUUCCCAGCUAAAAAAACAUGGUUGCAAUGGUAGGAUUGGAAUCCUUAAGUCUCACCAUGACCAUAUUUUGGUGGUCUGUUGUGGAUCACUCCAAACACCUAGAGUACUUUAGCUUGCUAAAGUGAUUUGUGUGAAGUGUGUCCUUUCUUUCCAUUUUACAGAGAGUGCGUAUUUUAAUAGAAAUCUGGGUGCAGUAAAAUAAUUUAGUGGGGAAUGGAGAUCUGUAUACAGUGGUGAUGUGGAAGGUUGCAGUUGACAUACAUUAUAAUAUCUGGUUAGCCAGUCUGUUUUUAUGUUACUUUCUUGCUGUCAUCGUGUAAUUUUGACAUCCCAAGCAAAGAGGUAAGCAUAUUAUUUGUUUGUGGAACUCUGAAUGAUUGUCACAAAUCAGCGUACUAUAACAAGUGCUGCAAGCAUACACAUUGCUGUGUACUAGACAUGUGAAGAAUGUUAUGUGGGGUUUAAACACAUAACACCGACAAUAAUUAAUACAGACCGUGUCAUACUCUAUACAAAGCAGUGAAAAAGCUUUGAGAUCCUUUUCGAAUCCCAGUAAACUGAUUUGAGGUUACAUUUACUGGUUUGCACUUUGUGAAUUGGUAUAAGUUGGCCUCCAAACUAAAAAAUUUAAUCUUAAUUACUUAAGCUUGCUGGCAGUCCUCUAGCAUUGUUGGCCUACAGCAGUUUAGGCAUUUGCUAAUUAAGGAAGAGAUCUUUUUCACGAGUUUUUAUUUACUUUCUAAUAACCAUUUACAGAGUUAUUUUCAUGAGAUAUAAAGUACCGUACUUGCAUACUUUUAACAAACUGAGAAUAAGCUUAAUCAGUGUUUCAAGAUUAAAUGUGUUCUCCAAAGAACCCUUUGUUUUUAAUUCCGUAUCUAAACCAAUACCUUUUUAUUGCCAAGUAAUUCCUGCUGACCUGACAAAGGCUCUGUUGGAGCUGAAACCUUGUCUUGAUAGAUGACAAAUAAACCGCAUUUAAGCCACUUUAAAGACCAGGUGCGGCACUAAUGUUUCUUGUGUUGCAGCUGCUUGAGAUGUUAUACUUAUGUCACAAAUCUCAUUUGUGCAUCUCUAGUGUACCGGUUUGAUAAAACACAAUCUUUAAAUGAACACUCCAGGCUCACUAACCACUACCGCCUGCUGUAGUGGUUAUGGUGCAACUGCUCAGUCCAGCAAUAAGAUUUUAAAUAGUUUUUAGCAUGCUUUGACAUUUGCAUUGGUUGUGUCCCCUCUAUCUGGUCUUCUCCAGCAAGAGAAUCUAAAGAACAAGGCGGGCCCUGCAGGACUGCGUUCAUUGUCUGAGAGGGUUUACUGAGCAUUGACGUGGACGUGGUGCUUUGCGAGUUCCUUUUAAUGAAUGUUGGCUAACUGCCAUGCCCAUAGGUCAUGUAAAACUCCUUUAACACUCCCAGUAGAAUCUCUAAGAUGUCAGUAUUGCUCAAUACACUAAUGUUAAUGCACUCUCCUGCCAUAGUGUGGUUAAUAAAACCAUUGUUCAUACUAAUUCGGCAGUAGCAUUCACAAGGAUGUUAAACCCUCAGGCAUUUUUAUCUUAAGAUGUUUUUUCACAUUGUUACUGUACAGUCCUGAUAGGUAUUGCUGACUAGAAAAUGUUGACCUUUAGUCUGCACUUUUGUGGUAAAUUUUCUUUCCCAGCUGGCUGUUUAAGUGCAGUGUACCCUGCAUGGUAGAAAAUGUGGAGCACUCGACUCCUACAAUUUACUCCUGCUUCUGUAGCAAGACACUUAAUUGCAUUUUUCCCUUAAAUUUUUUUUAUUUUUUUUUUAAUAGCAGUAAAACAAGGGUUUGAAUAAUCCAUAUUGUAUGUUUAUAUGUUGGAUUAACUCCUCCAGGACCCAAGUUAUACAGAUCCCUUGAAAUGUUUAAUGCUGGCAUGCCUUUGGUCCUGGAGGGGGUUUAGAAGAAGCCUGAACAUGUUCUGUUUUUUUUUUUGUUUUGUUUUUUAAAACACUGUUUUAGGGCUGACAAGUGGGGUGGAAAUUUACCGACCAAGCAUAAAUGUCUUAUACCCAUGUAUAAAUCAAAUAAACCUAACAAUCUCAGCUUGAUAUAUAAGGUUUUUGUUUCUUUUGUGAGUACUUGAUCAAACUAGUUCCAGUUCUAAAGCCCUGUAUAGACAGAAUGGUUUUAAUCCUUGUGUUCCACAGUAGGUAUUAUGUAUAAUACGCCUUAGAUGGGCUUGUUGUAAUGUAUCUCUUGACCUAAAAUGCCAAUAUUGGGUAAUAUGGUCAGAACUUGUAUAAUAUAUCACAAGCAGAACC